UGUGCCUCCUUCUCAUGCUGCUGCUCUUAAAGUGACCGAAUUUCAGACUGCGAUUGGGACAUCUCUGGAUAGCCAAGGAAAGCAGUCGACACGGAAGCAAACUACAGAUUUCACCAACUCUUUUGGGGUGCUAGAAUUCUGAUUUGCUCAACCCAUGUCAGGCAAGGCUGGUGGGAUCCUGGUAACUGCCUCACCAUUUCUUAAUGCUCAUUUUUCAUUCCUGGUCUACUCCCCACAGCUUUCCAAGUCCAUUGUGAUCUCCAUCCACUGUGCUAUCCUCAGUCUUUGGUUCUAUCCCUGUAUCUUUCUUAAAUCUUCUUGUUAGUCCCUAACGCUCCAUCUCCUUAAACUCUGUACUCAUGCCUGUCUCCUGCGCCUAUCCUCACUCAUAUUCAUUCAUCUGUUUGAUCAAAUUUUCUAUACAGUUCCUUUACUUUGCUCUCCAGCUGAUUUGCUGUUCAGCAUUUUAGCUCACUUCAUCCUUCCCUCAAAAUAUUUGAAGAAGCAUACGGACAGGCAAAUGGCAGAAUAAAGAGCUUUGGCAUUUCACCGUGAUCCCCUCUUCUAAUGGGCAUGUGCAACCCUUUAGCCCACGAUCAUACAUUUUCCAGCAGGACCAGAUAUUUUGUUACAAAGGGAUUCAAGACUGAGCACUUCUUAGAAGCACCACCCAUGAAACUUCUACUGGUCCUAGGUAGGUAAUUUUAUUUCAUGAAUGGUUAAGUUGGAUGUAAGAGACAAAACUGGUGGGCAGGGUGUGGAAAUAGAGAAGAGAAAGUUUGGGAGAUCCAUGUGGGACAACCAAAGCACAGUAAUAGAGUGUCCCUGGCAUCUUCAAGUAGGACUGGGAUGGACCAAUGGUCUGAAUCUCAAGUAGUUUCUCAGGUCCAGCUUUGGAAGUUGCUAGAUUUGUCAAAACCACCUUGGCAAAGAAACUCUAAUGUCUGCAGAAGACUGGCAUGCAUAGAAGUUGACGACAAUAAUCCCGUGAGCUCAAAUGAAUUCUGACCUUGAGAAGACAGAAAUGCUAUUGCAUUGGCGGCGGCAGUGGUGAAUGUGAAUAUUAUCCAGUUUGUUAAACCAAGGCCACAUCUCACAGAUGGCCAGAUUCAGAAAUAAUAAUAAGAGGUUUUCUGUAGGGAAGAAGCACAUAAAUAAUGCAUAAUGUAAUAGAGGAAGGGAACAGAAUUAUAUAUUUACAAAGUUGUAUAAUCAUGACCUUUAAAAUGUUUUUGGACAUUAUUAUUCAUAGAAAGCUACUUCUUGUUUUUCCUGCAGUAAUUAAUCUUGGACAUAAAGCACUAAGAUGGCGAUUCAAAUAUUAGAAAGUAAUAUUAGGGUUAGUUAGGAGAGUAUUGUCCAACAACUGCUUACUUUAUGAAGUUUAGGCUGCAAUCCUAAGCACCCUUAAAAGAUAGUAAGCUCCCCUGAAGUUACAGGGAUUUCGUCUGAGCAAAUGGCUUGGUCUGUGUUGUUUGCAUUCUGUUUCCUUUUCCUUUGUGUUAAUGCAUUUAUUUAUUUAUUCAGAAAAUAGAUUUGCCACUCUUCAGGGGGAGAAAGGGAAGCUCAGAGUGGCUUAUGUGAAAUAGUAAUAAAGGUUGCCAUUAUGGGGAAAUGAAUUUAUACUUAAUGUUUUCAAAAGCAAACUUUCAUAAUGCUGAAACCCGUUGCAAUCACCAGACGUAAGGAGAAUUUGAAAAUCGGCCUGGGCUCCAUUAUCACACUCAAGAUGAAGCAAAUAGCUCAGAUAGUCAUACUGUAGCCUUGAAAAACGGGGAAAGUGUUCCGAAAUGAUACUGCUGUUGUGUGUAAAUGUAAUCUUCCAUGAAGUUACAUUGUUGGACUAGGGCUAUUAAAAAGUAAUGUUAAAAUGCUUGUUGCAGGGAGGGGAGGUGUCCUGCAGAUGCACAAUGUUUUUUGUCUCCUCUGUUGUGUUCUUUGGACUAAGAACUAUUUGCCACUUUUGCCCUGUGCAGGGAAACAUGGUAGAGUUAAACACUUAUAGUUUAUUCAAAAAUACCGUGGAGCCUUGUUUGAUGUGCAGUAUUUUUGUGUUUACUGAACGUACUUGAAGGCUGAUGCUUUUAAAGACAAAUCCACAUACUUGAAAGCCUAGAUAUUUGAACUUAAAUCAUUCAUUCAGCAGUUAUAAUUUUGUUUUCAAGCCUUGUUCUACAGGACUCUUUAGCAAUAAGAUUUUUCAACUUAAUGGUUGCCUACAACUGAUUUCAGAACUCAAAGACAAAACUCACAUUUCUUUUAAAUUCCAUUUAGUGUUCAUGUCCACACUGCUGGACAGUAGCUACUCCUCCCAGAACUGUACCAUCCCAUGUGAUGAGCGUGCAAAAUGUGAAGUUCGUAAUGGACGCCAAGGCUGUUUUUGUAGCCCAGGAUUCAGUGGGCCCGGCAUAGAGAAACCAGACAGAAAUGGAUGUUAUGGUAAGCAAGCUAAUAUUCAUGGAGUUCCUUACAAAUCAUUAUUUAUUUUAUUUUAUUGGGUUAUCCUUAGCAAUCUCUUCUUCUGACAACCUUGUCAUUCCAGCAUGAUUUGUAGAUGUAGACACAGGAAGGUCACAUGAUUAUUUUAGACUUUGUUCCUGGAAUUCCUGUAUUUUUGAAUGACUUGUGGAAAACUAAAUUUGUCACCAAAGUAUCUCCCUUUGCUAAUGAGCUCAGGUAGUGAGCGUUGACAGGAUUGGGACCCAGGUGGGACCUGUGAAAGAAAAAAGCCAGGGUGGAAUGAGCAUGCUCUGGGAAACCCUAGGGUUUGCAGAGUAUGAGAAAUAUUUUUAAAUAUAAUUAAGAGAUUAAUGUUCACACACAUACAUAGGUAAAAGGUAAAGGGAUCUCUGACCCUUAGGUCCAGUCGUGGCCGACUCUGGGGUUGCGAUGCUCAUCUCGCUUUAUUGGCUGAGGGAGCCAGCAUAUAGCUUCCGGGUCAUGUGGCCAGCAUGACUAAGCCGCUUCUGGCGAACCAGAGCAGUGCACGGAAACGCCGUUUACCUUCCCACUGGAGCGGUACCUAUUUAUCUACUUGCACUUUGACGUGCUUUCGAACUGCUAGGUGGGCAGGAGCAGGGACCAAGCAACGGGAGCCCACCCCAUCGUGGGGAUUCAAACCACCGACCUUCUGAUCGGCAAGUCCUAGGCUCUGUGGUUUAACCCACAGACACACAAACAAAUCAGUGAGGAAUUAGCAUGCUCAGUGGCCAUGGGGGGGGGUAGAGUCACUUGGAAAUGAAAAGCAGAAAAGAUGGGUUGGGAACGGAAUAGAGUAUUCUGAUGUGGGCUCUGGCUAGCUGGCUGGAUCCCUGAGGCUAAAUGGGGAGGUAGCACCAAAAGUCAUGAGAAGAAGAAAGUGUGGGGAGGGGUGGUUUGCACAGCCUCAAAACUGUUCUUUAAAAAACUAUAACAAAUGAAGCCUGGGAUAGCUCAGUUGGUAGAGACUUUUCACCUCAGAGUCAUGGGUUCAAGCCCCACACUGGGUAAAAGAUUUCUGCAUUGCAGCGGGUGGCCCUUGUGGUCUCUUCCAACUCUGAUUCUAUUUACAGUCAUACCUUGGAAGUCUAACAGAAUCAGUUCCGGAAGUCCAAAACAUUCAGAAACCAACACACAGCUUCUGAUUGGCUGCAGGAAGCUCCUGCAGCCAAUCGGAAGCCACAGAAGCCCCGUUGGACGUUUGGGUUCCAAAAAAUGGAAUACUCAUUUCCGGGUUUGCAGCCUUUGGGAGCCAAAACGUUUGAGUGCCAAGGUGUUCGGGAUCCAAGGUAUGACUGUAUUUUGUAUAAAAUACUGAAAGGCUUGAUUUAUUUCAGUUGAAGAUUGCUUCGGAUAUCCUACCGAGCCAACAUCUCUCUAAAGAAAUGUGGGGCUUUUUCAGUCUUCUAUAACGACUCUCUUAUUUGAUGAAAUUCAAUUGUUGGCAUCAUUUUGAUGCAUCUCCUCUUUCUUUGCUUCUUUUGAAUAGAGCCCCGGAUAGGAGGACUCAGGUUAGGAAGUCAGGAUGGUCUCCGACUGUUGGUGUUGACCCCUCUCUCUUUCCCCUCACUUAAAGCAUUAAUUUUUGAGAGUUUGCCUUCAUGUAGAAUACCUGAGGGGAUUUCACAGGAAGAUCAAAUGCAAUGGAUGAAAGUAGCUCACUUUCUUAGAGGGGUCCCACCAGGUUCUCACUGGAUUUCACCUAAAUAAAAAUGGAAAGUGAAAACUGAUGAGAGAAAAUCCGCAGUGGGGGGUUCCAUUCAUACUUGCUCCACUGUUGUUUCCCUGCCAGAGCAAGCCUAUUCUUUCUAAUCAGACAAAAGUCACACCUUGUUCAAUAAGGCCUGCUCCCAGAAAAGUGCCCAGAGGGUUGCAAGUUUUUCUGUCCAUGACUCCCGAAACCAUAUUGACCCAUUUGUUUUUAAAUGUCAAGUGUUUUAGUUCUUCAGUAUCUGUGAAUAAUAAAUAUACGGGGAGUUACAGGGAUCCAUUCCAGACAUUCAAAUUAAUUGGGAUAGAGCAUGUUGCCCCUACACCCAUUCCUUAUCCAUAAAUACUGAAAUAAUUUCUAUUUUCCAUGAAUACUAAUACUCAACUAUGCAUUCCUAAGCAGACUUUUGCAUGGACAAAAGAAAAGAGCCCCAAGGUGGACAAAAUGGCCCUCCCAAAACACAAUGAAUCAUAGAAUUGUAGAGUUGGAAGGGACCCUGAGGAUCAUCUAUUCCAACCCCCUGCAGUGCAGGAAUAUGCAGCUGUCCUGUACGGGGAUCAAACCUGCAAUCAGGACCAUAUUCUAACCAACUGAGCUAUCCAGACAUGACAGGAUCAAGGACAGAACAAUAAAUCACCUAACUGUAUUAAUCCAUCCCCUUGGGCCAAGUUUAGUCAACAAACACAUGAAAUAAAAAUUAUGGAAAGAUAAUUGAGUUUUAGGUUGCCUGUGUAUUCAUAGCUUCUAGAAAUCUGAUAGUGACAAAGGCAUGGGGGGGGGAAUAUUACACAAAAUGAUGCUGUUUCUAGUCAGCGUCAUAGUCAGUCUAAUCUCUGUUUAUAACGGAAAAGGAGAGGACAAUGACUAUAUUUGUGUGAUAGCCUACAUGGCUGACUGGAAUGGAUUUUAUUGGAAUGGAGUUACCCUGAAAGCAAUUUUUCCUAUCAUGUUCCUGUCAUUGAGAAACGAAAAGAAAAGAGCCCAUCAAGUGAUGAGUCUUUAAUUUUCAUGUGAUCACAUGAAUUUGUUACUACUCCAAAUCCCUUAUUUUCACCACUGUGUGAAAGGAAAAGGGGGCGUCUUCUGUCACACAGCAAAAUAACUAACGCGAGCCAAAUACAUGCUGAAUUAUUCCAUGAAACCAGGAAUGACUGAGCUGUGCCCCUCAGAGAUUAUGGGAGUUGUAGAGCAUUGAAAUCUGAAGCUCCUGGAUUGUGGGAAGUUUCAAACUAACAUUAACAAAUGUGAUACAUUACACACACACACACACACACACACACACACACAAUGUGUUUUUUCCUCAAAAAAAUGUUUAGGGGUACUGUCAUUUUGAUUCAAGAAAAUCAACAUUUUAUAGUUCAAAUCGGGGGAAAUAAAUACAGUAAAUGAACAAAAGUACAAAGAUUCACAAAAUGCGUACCUCCCAGAACAAAGCACUGCAUGCACACACACACGCACUGCUACUAUAAAAUUUAAGCAUACAAAACCUGGCCUUUGAAAUUUGCUGCCUCUGGGCAAAUGGACACCUCUGGUCAUUUCAAACCCUCUGCCUUGCCCAAGCCUGGCAUGACGGGGGUUGGGAUUGCUCUGGUAGUAGGUAGUGACUGGAGAAAAAGCCCUUUCAGUGGUGGCUGUGGGUACUUUCCCAAGGUUACGUGCUUUUAGGUGCUAGCUAGAGAUUGUUUCAUUCUUCUCACACUACUUUAAAGGAUGAAUUAUUUGCACUUACGGGAGUAAAUCCCAUUGAACUGUUUCUGUUUGCCUAGCCUUUUUUAUUUUGGAUAUGUUGUGUUUUUUGUUGUUUGGUCACUGCUUUAUUGUGGUUUAUGGUCAAGAACAUCUUCACUGGCUUUGGCAAGGUGAAUCGUCUCCUGCAUUAGAGAACUCCAGGACACCAUUUUAAAUUUCCCCACAGUACCCCAUAGUGAGUUAUAUAGGUUGGUGGCUCCCAGGGCCAGCAUCAGUGGUGGUCCCUGCCAGAGUUCAUAAGCCCCAGCAGCUGCCCAAGCUUUCUGGGUGAAGGUGGGUAAGAUAGUAGGAAAUUUCUUUAAAUGGUUUUUACUGAAAAUUUUUCAGGAAUUCCGGAGCCCCAUUCGCAUCUAGAGGUAAACGUAACUAGCAAUGGCGCGUCUGCGCAUACGCACGUCGCUUUUCGCCACUUCUGCACAUGCGCAUGACGUCAUUUUGAGCGUCUGCGCAUGCGCAAGUGGCGAAACCCAGAAGUAACGCGCUCCGUUACUUCCGGGUUGCCAAGGAGCACAACUCGAACGCGCUCAACUCGAAGCAUAUUUAACCCGAGGUAUGACUGUAUAGUGUCUCUGUUUUCAAUUCAUACUCUUUUCUACAGGUUGGUUACAUUUGGUGAGAGACAUUGUUAUCAUAGGCAUUGUGAGUUUGUGGAGGGAGAGGUGGAGGAAAGAAGGGGGUAAUGUUAUUUCCUCUUUUUGCAUAGUGCAUGUGUGAAGUUUUGUGUCAGCAUCACGUGGAUGGGUUCUUUAUUCAUUCGUUGGUUUUCAUCGGUGGUGCAGGAAAUAUUCUUGGGAAGCAAAAAAAGGACAUUUUUUGAAGGCAGUGGAUCGCACAACUCAGCUAAUCUUCUUUGUAGUCUUCUAAGAACAUAUUUACCAUCUGCUUUUAAUUGGAUAAGAUCUUAAAAGGAUUAAAAGAUAGUCAGGUUAGUUAUUAGCUUGAAGCUAAAAUAAGUGGAGCAAUGCUGUGACUUAAUGAUAUGUUAGAUCUUGGAGUGUGAGUAUUUCUCCUCUACUUUUUUCCUAGGAAGGGCUUCUGGAGAUAAAUGCCUGUUCCUCUUCAAUUUAUAAUGUUUGCUUGCUAGUACAACAGUCCUUCUGUUAUCAUCAAUGCAGAUUCUCUUUCAUGUACGUAUAUAAGCCGCAGCUCGCCAAAUGACACACACAGUGCAGGCAAGUUAGUUAGAUAGGUGGCAACGCUCACUGUUGCUGUCAUUAGCAGCAAUUUAACAAUUUUGCACCUGUUCAGUAAUAGCUGGCUUUUAAUGAUAUCCUUAAUGAUGUUAUUUAAAUACCUCCCUUCUCCACUCUUAACUCUGGAGCUUUGUGUUGAUAUAAUCAAGGAAGCUGUAGUAGCUAUUGGUUUCAGAAGUAACAUUCAACCUUUUUUAAACAAAGGAUCUGUAUGAUUUUUUUGAAAGCAAAAAGAGGUUGAACCGACAGUUGUCAGUUUAAUUCAUUCAAUGUGUAUACUGCUAUGAAACUGUUCUUAACUCUUUAAAGAGACAGUGAUUCAAUAACGCAAUCUGUCCUCUCCAGAUUGUCCAUGAAAUGGACUUUGUCGAGUAGGAUAACUCAAGCAGGGAAUGGGAUCUAAAGAUCAAUGUGUUGUGUCCCAUGUUAAUCUCAUUCAGAGCAGAUUCAGUGAAAUGAAAGGGCAUGACUAACAUAGGCCCAUUCAUUGCAAUGAGUCUCCUCUGAGUAGAGAUGGAAGGAUCUGUCUUUUUUGUUUCUCCGAGAGUCUCAUUUUUCCGAUCUUAAGAACAGAUCUCAACAUUUUUGCAGCUAAUAGCAAAUUUUAUUUUAAAAAUUCUUGUGCAAGUUCUGCAGCACCAUGCUGCAAAUUUUUAAAAAGCAUUUUUAAUAAGGCAGUUAUCAAAAAUAUAAAAAGAGCAGAUGAAGCCAAAGACACCAGCAAAGGUCACAUCUAAACAAAUGUUGUAAGAUGAGCCAUGAAUAAAUAUAUCCUAAUCUUAUUGUUACUCUUUUCAUGUGGUGAUUGCUAAAGUUGCCAAAUGCACCAGGGAGCUAUGGGUGAGUUUUCAGGAUGGAAAGACUCCUGUUCAAUGCUCUAGAAAGCCAACACUGCUCACAAUAUUGGGAUAAAUCAGGGGUGGAAAACCUUUGUCCUUCCAGACGUUGUUGGACUACAACUCUCAUAAUCCAUUGCCACUGGCAGUGCUGAUUGGGGUUUAUGGGAUUCGGAGUCCAACAUAAUCUGGAGGGCCACAGGUUCCCCAUCUCUGUCACACAUAGUGGGGAAAACAAAGCCACCCAAAUCUCAUAGGUGCACAUUUUUAAGAGGAUUGCUGUGGAUAAUGUGUGUGUUCAUGUGUGUGCUAAAAGCAUGAAGAAAGCUGAUGGUGAUGUUGGAUGUGAAAGAGGAUGGUAAGGAGUCAGAUGACGAAUUCAGAUUAGAAGACUGAGCCGCUUCUUUAAAUUGCAAUUAUAGCUUUAGGUAUGAAUAUAAACCACAUCUAAAUUACAGAGAAAUGGAACUUCCGUGCAGCAGAUAACCCAGAUCCAGAAAAAUAAUUCAGACUCGACUGAAUAACAGUAGGUGACAAAGAAGCCAAUUGAAAUGCAAUGUUUGGGAAUUUCCCCUCCUAUAUUAGGGAUAAAACGGGCUGACAUACUUGCAGCUUUCCGGUACUGUUGUAUAGUUUUACUGCUGGCUGCCUGAUGACUGCUGACUGCCAAUUUGCUGUUUCGCUGGCACAAUAUUGAAGUAAACAGCAUGAUCACAGUGUUUACUUUAACUUUCUAAAAUAUGGCAGGACAAUGAAGCUGAGCUGUUUGUUCUGCACAGGCCGGCAGGCAGGAAGGGGAAGAGACAGUAGCAACAAGAAUCCCUUGUAAACGUCAGUCGCAAUUUACACUCUGAGAGAUGAAUCAAUCUCCACACUAGCAGCUCAUCCAGCUAUCGUGAGGCUGCAUAGUGCCAUAUGAAGUUGGGGCUCUGAAAAGCCAUCGUGUGUCUCCUUUCCAACUGCACAGCAAUUAUAUUUGCCAGAGUUUUUGAAGUAAUUGUACAGCCCGUGUAUAUGUAACCACAGCUGUUCUGCUGCAAUGAUUUCCCAGACACAGCAAAGAUAUUUUGAAAAGCACAGGCUGCACAUAAUACAUGAAAACUCAGAACUCCCCCCCCCCAUUCCAAAUACCAAUCAAGUCAGUUUAUCUAACUCUGUUGUUGUUUAGUCGUUUAGUCGUGUCCGACUCUUCGUGACCCCAUGGACCAGAGCACGCCAGGUACUCUUAUCUUCCACUGCCUCCCGCAGUUUGGUCAAACUCAUGCUGGUAGCUUUGAGAACACAAUGCAACCAUCUCGUCCUCUGUCGUCCCCUUCUGCUUGUGUCCUCAAUCUUUCCCAGCAUCAGGGUCUUUUCCAGGGAGUCUUCUCUUCUCAUGAGGUGGCCAAAGUAUUGGAGCCUCAGCUUCAGGAUCUGUCCUUCCAGUGAGCACUCAGGGCUGAUUUCCUUAAGAAUGGAUAGGUUUGAUCUUCUUGCAGUCCAUGGGACUCUCAAGAGUCUCCUCCAUCACCAUAAUUCAAAAGCAUCAAUUCUUCAGCGAUCAGCCUUCUUUAUGGUCCAGCUCUCACUUCCAUACAUCACUACUGGGAAAACCAUAGCUCUGACUAUACAGGCCUUUGUUGGCAAGGUGAUAUCGCUACUUUUUAAGAUGCUGUCUAGGUUUAUCAUUGCUUUUCUCCCAAGAAGCAGCCGUCUUUAAAAUUUGUGACUGCUGUUAGUUAAUAUCUAACUUUAAGAUCUCUCAAAACUCAGCACUGGGUUUAGGGCAGCGUGGGCAGUUCCCACGUACAGGGUGCCUAGCCAUGGAAGCACAAAAGUAGUAGGAAUAAUAAUAAUUAUUAUCAUCAUCAUCAUCAUCAUUAUUACUAUUACUAUACAGGUACCUACGGAAAAGAUCCAUUAAAAAGCAACUGCACCCAAAUGAAUUACAGAAAUAAGAAAUAUUUAGGAGGGAAGCCACAAAAUUUUGUCCUCACUCAUAUGCCAUAUUACCAAAGUCCGCCCCUGCAAAACUUAAUGUGUUAACUGAUUCCACUGGAAGACAAUGUGUUUUCAGCAGCUAUUAAAAUAGUGCUCUUCAAAUUCCUGAAGGACUGUUGCCUUGUAAAAAGGCAAAGACUUGUUCUCUCCUACUCCAGAAGGUAGGGCUAUAUAUAAUGGGCCCUAAGUUAUAGGAAGGUCGAUUUCAAUUGAGCAUUAGGAUAAAUUUAUUGACAGUUUACACUACAGUGUAACCAAUUAGUUGUAGGGGUGAUGGCUUUGCCGUAGCUGGAACUUCAAAAAGCUGGACCUCUUUGCCCUAGCUUAGAUCUUCAAACAGAGAUGGAUAGCCAACUGUUGGGGGCGCUCUGCAUUGAGGAGGAUGGCCUACAAGACCCCACCCAACACUAUGAUCACAUAUACACCAUAUAUUUUAAGCACCCGGCUUCCCCCAAAUAAUCCUAGGAACUGUAGUCUGUUAAGUGUGCUGAGAGUUGUGGGGCAAACUAUAGUUUACAGAAUUCUUUGGGGGCAUGCCAUGUAUUGCAUGGAUGUGAUCUAUGUCAAAGUUAUAUAUUUAAUGUACAUAAAAUGUAUAUUUGAAUUCAUUGUAUUUGGAAUGCUCUAAAGAGGUUACCUUUAAAAAGUUUCACUCUGGCAGAAGCUGAUCUGAAUUAAGCUAGCUGAUGACUCAUCACUGGAAACAGGAGCAGCAGAGCUCUCACAGAAGGAAGCUGAAACUUGAGAAGUCAGUGUGUGCUUGUUGGUGAUGGCUAGUUUUGCAGACAAGCUCUUCAAUGCUGAACAAGCUUGGACUGCAACAAAAUGGAGAAUGGAAGAAGCUGAGAGCAAAAAAAGAACAACACAUAAACAUGAAAGAGAUUCAAGCAGAUACUUUGCUUUUGUCCCUGGCAUAACUAUUUUGAGUAUUAGGACCCAACUGAAUCAAUAAAAAAUAAGUAUUUCAAUAAGUUGACUAGUUAUGAUAGAAAAUAGUAGGAUUCAAAUAUUUUUGUUCUUUAAUUUGUAUGUGUAACCAGAACUCAGUGAUAUACAUACCAAGUAUAUUUUCUUAGAGCACAUAAAGAAUAUGUUCUAAGAUCUUGAAGGAUCUAAAGAUUGUAAGGUAAGAAAGCAUUCUCUUUCUGCAUGACUUCCCUGGGAGAGCCUCUACCACUCGGUGUAGAUGAUGCUAAGGCAGAAGGACCACACUGGUGUGACUCAGUAUCAAGCAGCUCUUAAUAUCGUCUUUCUAUGAUAUGUCUAGUCUUUCUCUUAUGAGAAACAUGUGGGCUGAAUGUCUAACCUAGCUCACAUCACCUUAGCCUGAGGUUACAAGCUGGUUCCUGCAAAGUCUGGCCCGAGGCAUAGCUCCACAGCAUGGAACUGUAAAAGCAUUCCGAAAGCUAGUGAUUAUGGAGGCUCUUCACACUAAUUCUCUUCUCAACCUGAGUUCAGACAGACUCUUGUAAGGGUUCCCUGCAUGCUUGGAAUUUUAUCAGCAUCUACAAAAAGAGUUACAGUUGAGAAGGCGGCCCUCAAUAGGUCAAUUAGAACAUUCCCUUCUUGGAACACAAAAAGGGGACAAUUUGAUUUUAUAGCAGUCUUCUGAUUUUGACUCAAUAACUGCUUACCAGUGAAGGAACACACAGCAAAGUGGUUUAUUAAAUAUGAGGCAAUAAGUCCUGCAAGAUAACCAAGUGAUACAAAGACUGACUCUCCCUUUCUUUCUUUCUUUCUUUCUCUCUCUCUCUCUCUCUCUCUCUCUCUGUGUGUGUGUGUGUGUUUAUUUUACUUUUUUAAAACCACGUCUUCAGGAAGUUUAGUAGCAAUGGUUCUUUUAGAUAACAUUGAAAUAAAAACAGAGUCCUGAACUACAUAAAGGCCUCUUAUGAUUUUUAUCAUAAUAAAACACAGGAUUACCAAAGUGCAGUAGUCAUUCCCACUCUCUUUCGCUUAAUUAAACAGCCUGGCUAAGCCACAGCUCUGAGUUUCAGAAAAGCAAAUUCUUAAGGUUUGGAGCGAGUUACUUUGUCCCAAGUUCUUCUAGUUCUCAUAGUUCUUAACCCAGGAAAUGUUUUCAAGACGAGGCCUAGAGAUGAGGAAGAAAUUCAAUUCAGUUUGCAUAAAGACAUAUACUAAAGAUUGCAUUAAAAUGCAUAUAUAUAUAUGGUAAGAACAUACAAUGCAUUUUUGUAUCAUGAAAAAACAGCUUAGUGAAAAUAUACGUUAAGCAAAAUCGCAUACAGAAUUUUGUAUAUUUGGAGAGAUUUGCACUAAAAUGCUGGUUGAUUUUCAACUUUUUUAGACAACUUUUUAAAACAAAUGGCACAAACUGACGUGGAAAUGUAGUGAACAGAGGGGAAUCAUAAUUGACAGGGCCACUUAUCCCUAAGAAGAGCACAGGAGUACCCCUUCAGGUUUAAGAAUUUGGGUGAUCUUUACUUUCGCAGAAUAGGUAGAACAAUCCAGUUUCCCUCAUAGGAAACUAGAUAGGCUGAAAAAGUCAAGUUUAUUUUUUGCACUCACAUUAUUUAUGAAGGGAAGCUUGCACAAAAUUAGAAGCCAAUGAUAACUGCACAGUGAAAGUUGGUUCAUUAGCCUUGCAACACAAAGGAAAAACAAGGUGUGUGAGUUGGGAACCUCAGGCCUGGGAGCUGAAUGAAGCCCCCCAAGCCUCUCCAUCUGACCUGGGGUAUUUGCCUCAGACCACACUCCCUUCCCAAUCACUUCUUCUACUGGCCUGGCUUCACACCCUCUUUGAAUGUUUCUGCUUGGCUGGAAUGUGUCCUUGAAAUUGGCUCCACUUUUUUGUGGUGAUGGGUUGCGGUCAGGCCUCCUGGCCACCCCACUCAGCGGGCGGGACAGCAUCCCGCGUCAUGCUGUGGGAGACCGCCGCCACACCAUGUAGCCAGGUGGCCAAUCAGGUCGCUUCAGGGGCGUGGCCGGGGCCGAUUUAAGCUGUGGCGUGACUCUGAGGCUUCCCUUUCAGCCUCGCGCAUUAACAAUAACUUAAAAUUCUGUGUCCUUGUGUCUUUAUUCUCCUGGGGGUGGCUUGGGGGCCUUGAUACGCAAUUCUAAUAUUGCCUCUUGCUUCCAGAUAGAUGACAGUCAGUGUAGAAACUAGUCUACUGAAUAAAAGGUAUCAUGUGGAUUUAUGAUUCUGCCCACUUUUGUCUCUGCCCCACACACUUCUGGCAUGUGAAAAGUUUUCCAUCUGAGAAAGUGGCCCUCAGGAUGAAAAAAGCUUUCCAUAUUACUUAUCCAAUACUGAAGCUUAUUCUUGAAGAUAUGUUGCUUCUAUUGAACUAAGAAGGAACAAUGCUAAGAAUGGUUGGGUCUGCCUAUUUUUGGCUAUGGCUCCACCUACUGUUGGCCUUCCUCUCUCCUACCCUACCAGUCCCAAUGGACACUAACUACCACUGCCUAAAUGAUAAGCAAUGUCUGAGUACAGGUUGCAAUUUAGACUCAGUAGCCACCAUUAAAUAAAAUAGUUUUAGAUUUGACUUUUAAAAAAUGAAUGACUUGCAAUUUAGGGAAUCCAGGGAUGGGGAAGUAGAUACUUUUCACUACAUCCUCACUUUAGAAAUUAAAUGUUGUUUUUGAAUGUUAAUUUUCAGAUGUCUUCGUUCCUCACACCUACCCCUUGCCAAUUACUACAAACAUUUCUGCUUUCUUCAAUUUAUUUUUUAAAAAAUAUUUAUUACUUUUCCGACACACAAAGAAAUAAAAAAUUUAAACACACAAAACAAUAAAAAAAUACAAUACAACACAAAAACACUACAUAACACAUUAAAACCAACAAAACAAAACAAAAACAGUUUAAAAAACAUCAAACAAUUUCCAUAUCUUAUCUUUCAUUCACUUAUUUCAGUGACCUCCUCACACCUCCCUUUUUGUAUUCCACUUCUGUUGAUUGUUUCAGCAAUUCCUUUCCAUCUUCCUCUACUUUCUAUCCUUUAAUUAUCUUAACAAUUUCUAACCUUAUUUUUCCCUUUAAUACUCUAUUAAUCUAUUUAUACUUAAUUCCUUAUAGCAUUUCUACUAAAGCCAUAUAACUUCAUUCCAACAUUUUUCUAACAUUCAUUAAUUUUACAAUAUUUCUAUAAAUAGUCUUUAAACUUUUUCCAGUCUUCUUCCACCGACUCUUCUCCCUGGUCUCGGAUUCUGCCAGUCAUUUCCACCAAUUCCAUAUAGUCCAUCGACUUCAUCUGCCAUAUCUUAUAUUUUAUUCGAGGCUUCUUGCCCUGCCAAACAAUAUCUUUCUGCCACUUCUUGAAACAGUCCAUCUUAUCCAAAAUUUGCAAUGUUUGAAACAAAAACAACAUCCUUGGCAGCACAUUCAUUUUUAUCACAACAAUUCAGUCUAACAAUGAUAACUUCAAAUUUGUCCAUAUUUGUAGAUCCUUUUUCACUUCAGUCCAACAUUUUUCAUAAUUAUCCUUUAAUAAAUUCACAUUUUAACAGUCAUGUUAACCCCUAAAUAUUUCACUUUCUUAACCAAUGUUAGUCCUGUCUCCUCCUGAAACUUCUCUUUCUCUUUCUCAAAUUCCUGUGUAAAAAAGUCUAUCAAGCUUUCCUUCUCCCAUUCAGGUAAAGCUCUGAUCCUCAAAUUUGUCUGUUUUUCUUUAAGUUCAAUCAUAGCAAGCGUCAGCUUAUGUUCAUCAAGUUGCCUCUGUAGGGCUGGGACUCUCUCUCUAUCCAAUUGUGUUACUUUACAUUCAGUCGCGACGGCUUCCUCCCUGGCUUCCUCCGCAGUCUGCCGUAUCAGAGUAGAUUCCUGUAUCAAUUUCUGGAUAGUUUCUGUAUUGGUGUUCACCUUUUGUCCCAAAUUAUUUAUACUUUCCGUUGCAACAUCCACUUUCUUAUUAAGCUGUUCCAAUGAAUCGUUUAUCUUACCUAAUGCAGCCACUAAAACCUCUUCUGUUGACAUUCCUAUUGGUUUUGCUUGUACUGAUGCAGAGGCAGCAGCAGAGGAAGCAGGAAGGCCUGAUGCUGAACCUCUCCUGGGUUGCUGCCAAGUCCUCCCAGACCUUAAUGUUUUUUCAGCAGUUAGCUGAUCUGUUUUUUCCUUUCCAUUUGCCAUAACGCGUAAAAGAUUCAAGGUCAGUCCCAGAGUCUCACAAUUUUUUAUCUUGCAGUUGGAAAUUCCCCUAGCCCAACUCUUGUAAAACAACCAGUUUCAAAAGCUUCCGCUAAGGGGAAACAGUUUCUAUUUAUGUUAUUUUAUAUUAAUCAAUAAUGUCCUCUUUUAGACACAGUUCAAACAAUCCAAAGUUAGUUUCAGUUUUCAGUUACUUUUACUCCUUUUUAGAAACAGCCGGAGACAGUAGAAACAAUGUAUUUCUCUUAUUUAGCUAGCUGUCAGUGAACAUUCUAAGCGCUGUCAAUGGACAUUCCAAAAGACAUCAGUCCUACUAGCAGCCCGUUUCCAGGGUCAGAGCGGCGGUAUUCUAGCUCUCUUCGCUCUCUCCUGCAGGCAUACACAGUCCACAACUUCCCCCCCUCUUUCCUGCCUCCAAGGGGGGGUUAAAUGUUCUUUACCGAUGAAAAUUUGGUCUUUUACAAAAGGCUUCCCAAGGCUUCAGCUUGCAGCCUCAUUGCUUCAGUCUAUUUACAAAAGGGGGAGGUGGACUUCCUGUAUUGAACCUCCCCGUUUCGAUGCCAAAUUAUACGUUUAAAAAUCCAAUUCUCCCACUUCAGCUCUACUCACAGGUAAUUACUUUAGAGUCAAAUUGUCCACAGGAAAAAGUCAGCACUCUCCGGCAACAGCUAUGCAGCUUCGCUCCGUGGAAGAAGCAGACGAUUCGAAGCACCGUGCCACUCACCCCACGUCGCUCUGGACCCCCGAAACCGGGUUCCCCGCGAGUAGGGGAGGCACAAAGGGUGCCCGCCGAAUCCCACGUUCACAGGCUUCUCCCACCUGUGAUUUUUUAGCAGGUCUCCGCCUUCGCCGUGGCGGCCAGACCCAAAUUCCCACGGGGCAAAUCCCUCCCAAUCAGAGGGAUUCCGCCAUUGCCCGUGGCGCCAACCCGGAAGUCGUGCUUUCUUCAAUUUAACUUAAUGUACUUACAUUGCCACAACAUGAGGGAUUGCACAUUUGCAAUGCCAUAUGAAUCCUGUUAGUCUUGUAGGAUUGGCACAGUUCAUCCACCUACAGGAGAAGCUAGUGUUGCUAAAGCAUUCUUCACCUACAACUGCUUUUUCAGUUUGAGUAUAGAGCGAAGUUGAAAAAGAGUCUUCCCUAAAUUUGCCCUUUUAAGCUGUGGUCCUAAAUACAUUAACUAGGACAGGGAUAGCUACUAUGCUUCCCCCUUCAGAUGUUUUUGGACUCCAAUUCCCAUCAACACCAGUCAACAUGUUCAAUGACCAGGAUUGCUGAGAGCCAUAGAACAACAACAACUGGAUUCUGAAAGGCAUCAGUGCUGACUUCCCCUGAACUAAGAAGUGAGUCAUAUCAAACAUGGUAGGACUUCAAAACACAGGGAUGCUCUGCUCAUUAUUCUGCUGCCAUAGGAGCAUUCUAAAUUGUAUAACAAGACAUGAUACAGAAAAGCCAGUUCCUGCUUCUUUGAAAAGAACCCACAAUUUUCUAUAAUCGUUCUGCUAUUCGUAUAGAUUCAAGCACAUCUCUGUAAUUCAACAUCUUUAACCUUUUGCCAAUUGUUGUUCCAUUUCCGAAGGGAAGUGUCUGUUUUCUACUUCUUGAGUCAAUCAGAUUAAGUUUAAAGAGGAUGUUCUAGGAUUUGCUUAAGAAAUCAUAAAUGUAUUAACCGAACAUCCGGUUUAUCUUGUACCUACCUGAGAAACAUAUUGUUCCAUUGACAAGUAGCAGUGUAAAGAAGAGCCAUUUCAAUGUCCGUACGCAGCAAGUAGUACUAUUUCCCUAGUUUCCAGAUCUGAAAUGAAGUCAAUGGGUGUGUAAGCAGAAGGUGUUGUGCAUGCUCAUUUGAUUGUAUGUGCAAGAAUACAGUUUUCAAAAUAUCUAUGAGCAAUGAACUCAUUCUCCAAAUCCCUAUCCUGCUGCAGCCCAAAUGGCAAAAUUCACCCAGAUGCCAUUUUUACACCUGAAAAUCAGGGCAUGUCAGGAAUUUUCCUGACAUAUGGCAAGCCUAACCAUCCACAUACAAAGAGAAGGCAUCAGCAUACUCAGGGGAACCCUGAUGUUUGCAGAAAUGCAAAAUAAAACAAAAUAAAAAUUGAGAAGGAAAAAAAUAUGGGGGUGUUUAAAAGCCCCAAAAUCCUAAUGAUGACUAAGAAUGCUGAGUGGCUACAGAUUGCUAACUGUUUGUCAGGGAGAGAAAGGGGAAAAUUGAGGGGCAGAAGGAAUGGAGUUGAGUAUUCUCAGAAGAGUGUGCUUGUCUGGAACCCUGAACAGGAGCACUGUUCCACUCUGAAACAUAUUCUUGAAGGUGCCACUUUUUUUUUCAUAAAGCAACUUUUGAUCUUCAAAUAUGACUGCCAGUUUCAAAAGGAGAAUACAGUGGUACCUCGCAAGACAAAAAACUCACUAGACGAAAGGGUUUUUUGUUUUUUGAGCUACUUCGCAAGACGAUUUUCGCUAUGGGCUUGCUUCGUAAGACGGAAACGUCUUGCAAGUUUGUUUCCUUUUUCUUAACACCGUUAAUACAGUUGCGACUUGACUUCGAGGAGCAACUCAUAGAACGUGGUGUGGUAGCCUUUUUUGAGGUUUUUAAAGACUUUGGUGAUUUUUGAAGCUUUUCCAAAACUUUCCCGACACCAUGCUUCGCAAGACGAAAAAAAUCGCAAGACGACAAAACUCGCGGAACGAAUUAAUUUCGUCUUGCGAGGCACCACUGUAUAAAUUUCUUAGCUAGCUGUACUCCACACUAUACCACCCGAAGGCAUUUUUCAAACCUGGAUGCACUAGGUUCUUAUGCUUUAAACAAUGAUCUAACACAGUGUUAUUGGGCUACUGUACAGAGUACCACCACCUCUUUCUUUGAUGCUCAUGGUAGUCACUUUGUGCUGGCUCCCACAUUACAUUUAUCAAGGUAUGUGUACCAGCACACCAUCCCCCCCCCCAAAAAAGCACAGCCUAUGCAUGAGAGGUAAUUGGAGUUUGCCCAAAACUUUUCCUAACUAAUCCACUUAAUGGCACUCCUUUUUCUUGUUUUGAGAUGGGGCUUGAUUUGGGGUUAUGCAUAGACUCUUCUUCUAAAAGCUCAUUUCCAAGACCCUUUCUCUUUGCCACAUCCUCUAGCCAUCUCCCACUACAGCUUGAACAUGCCACCUAUCAGAACUUUGGAGCAUUAUAGCCUAUGGUUUGAAAAGACAAUACACAACUUGUGGAGUAGGCAGUGUCUAAUACAAACUGAUUCUGUGGCAAUGGUAGCUGCAAUAACGGGUUCUAUGUAUACUGGAAGGUCAAAGGAAACAAUAGAUGUUUGGAACAAAUUUGUUCUUUCACCUUGAACUCUUCUCAUAGUGUGGGAAGGAAACUGCUGGUUUUGUUUUGCUUGGAGGAUGAGGAAACUUAAUAAUCUGCCUUCGUUGUUGAAAAGUGGGAUCUUAUGGGAAUUACUUCAGUUGCAUGAUAGCCUAUGUAAGAGUUUGGAGUAUUCAUGUCAUCACUUACGAUAAACAUAGAAGAACAGAAACUCGGGGCUGUAAUUAUUUUCAAUAGAUUCAGUACAGAUUUCCUUAUAUUGAUAUUAACGAAAAUACACAACCCUCUACUGCAUCCAGAAUGCUUUCCUUAUUUCUUAAUGGAUUGAGUCAUGCAACCAUUGAGUUAAAAGGGUCUAAAAACUACCUCAUCUUUUCAUUGUGAAAGGGCAGCAGGUCUAUCACCUGUCCUCCAUCUCAUCUGUCCUCAUCCACCCUGGCUUAGCUCUGUCCUUAAAUUCGGUUUAUCCUGGCUAUAGUUUCCUCCUCGGGAAGACUAACUGUCAUGAAUAAGGUUUAUUGUGGCCAUGCUGCUUUCAGUUUGGUCACAUUUACCCCCACCCCCUCUGUAUGGCAAUAGCAAGAGAAUAAUUGGCUGUAACUUGUUUGAUCCUCUCAUUUUUUUGAGUACUUUAGUUGACUCUUUUUGAUGGCCACUGUAGAUCCCUGCAGACUUCUGGAAAGAGAUGCAAACAGUGGCUUGUUUGAUUUACGCAAGGUUUUAAUUAAUUAUAUGGUUUUAAAAACACCUUUGCCUCCUCCAUGUGUGUCGUUUCACCACUGUGGAGAUGAUUAAUGGGUUCUUUUCUUUUUAUGCUUGGAGUGGGUGUAAUGUUGUCUGAAUUUGGUGUAGGGCAUAGAUCACAUGAAGACAGCAUACACACAGCUUGCACACACACAAAAAUUUGUACACAGAUAGUUCAUGGAGGUCAAGGAUGGAGCACGCUAUCCCAAGCCCCGUCCACUCAUUGAUUGCAUCAGGACUUUAGCCCUCUCUACAGGACUAUAUCCAUUGCAAGAUACAUAUGGUCAGUCUUUAAACAGCCUGUUAAAAACAAUGAAACUCAAGCUUAAAUCCACGUGUACAGAACAGUUUUGUACAAGCCAAACUGAGAACUCAAUUCUUUUUGUUAUGAUUUAAUGUUGCACAUUUGUUACCUAGACACAAAGAUCUUGUUUUUGCAAGAAGGAAAAUGAAACUUGGCCCCAAAACACACACCACAAUAAAUGGCUAUUUUCUCCCAAACAGUUGAAUCCAAUCUUUGCUUAUUUUAAAGGCAGCCAUGUAAUGGGUGCUGCAAUUUGAAAGAAUAGCUCGAGUGGCUAUGCAGCGGUUUUGAUGCUUUAUUCAUAAUGAAGGCUGUUCACAUGGCCAGCCAUCUAAACAAGUUAUUUUGAGAGUGGACAUAAGCUUCAGCAGUGACUAGCAUAUAUCUUUAUUUAAUAUAUGUUUCUUGCAAAGAGCCUAGAUUUCUUUGGAAAGAAAAUGUGUCUCAUACCAGCUUUGCUCAGAGAAGGGAAGAGGAAUGACUCAGACAGCAAGGUCACAUUGUUGCUCGCUCAAAAAAGUAGCAAGGGGAAGAUUAUUUCUGAAAUCACAUCCUGGACACUUAAGUGGAAGAACAGAUGCUUUGCUAUUCCACUGGCCCUGGCACAUAACACUCAUACAAAAAGGACAAUUGUGGUGACAUUGAUCUAUUCAAAAAGGAGUUCACCAAAACAGAAUAAUAUAGCCUAGGUAAUGUAACCUCUGAUUACCUAUAGCUCCUUCAAUUCACUUCUAUUACUAAUGAUAUUCAUAGUACUUUUUAAUGUGCAGUGUUUUGCAGCUUUGGAGGGAGAGCUGCGUCUCAGUGGUAGAACAUCUGCUAUGAACACAGGUUCCAGUAUCAACCCCCCAAAAUAUCCAGAUAGAGCUGAGAGAAAGCCCUGUCUGAAAUCUGGAGUGCUACUACAAGUCAGUAUAGACAAUAUUGAGAUAGAUGGACGAAUGGCCUGACUCAGCAUUAGACAGCUUCCUAUGUUAUGUCAAAGGUCCCGAUUUCUUUACUGCUAAGCACUGGACACUUUGGCUAUGGUAACAUCUGGACCAUGACUAGAGAUUCAGUGCACAUUUAAAGCCGAACAUAUCCAAUUCAGAUUUUCUGAAACAAUAUGUGAACCAAAACACAGCCAUCCUUCAAAACCCUCUUCUGUUUUGACUGUCUUGGCCAGCUUGGCUUGCCAGUUUUGUGUUCUUCUGCUUAUAGAUUUGUCUGCACUUUUAGUGCUGUUUAUUUGUUUGGUGAGUGAUAUUGCUGGUGUAUCUUUUUUUAAAAAAUGGAUUAUUGUGUUUUGUUUUUUUAAUUUUGUCAUACUGAUGAUUUUUCUUUUUAUGGCCAGCAGCCUUGAGCAAUAUUCCACUGGAAAGAUAGGAUACAAAUAUUCUUAACAAAUAAAACUUAAUAGUGAUGUUAUUUCCUUUGCUCUCAAGGUGCAUUCAGAUGCAGUCUUUGGUGUUCGUAGGAUGACAUACUGAAGUGAUCCUUUAGGUAUCUAUAUGGAGAAAAUCUAGAGGGGCAAUGCAUAUAAUGUCAGCAUAGACAACUAAGGAUCUCAUUAUUCUAGCAGGACAAUCCUCACACAUCUCAUGCAAGAGGUCAUCAAUUGAAAUUGGUAUCCAUCUCUCCAUUAUUCUGAUGGGAAUAAAUGAGUGAUCAACACUGGCUAUGCAUAUUUAGCUUUAUAUUUAACAUGCCAAAUGUACUUUCCAGGGAGAUUUUUAUUUAGUACUGAACUUGGGAUACCUAGCUACAGUCUAGGUAUGAGCAGAUAUACCCUUCAAUUCCAUUAUUUUUCCAUAGAUUCAUUCUAGAUUGAUUUCAUUUAUUAUUAUUUACGACAUUUGUAUCCUGCCCUUCAUCUGAAGUUCACAACAUGAAAAUACAAUGACUUCUCCCCGCUUAAAACGGGGGGCGCCCUUUGCGUGGACACGUGCAGCCCCUAGAUCUGGAGCGGCUCCAACAGCAUAGGCUUGGCUUUGCCUUCCCUCAGGUGGGAUACCUGGAGGUCUCCGCCUACCUCAUGAAAAUACAAAAUGUACAAAACAAAAUACAUACUGGUAAUAAAACAAAACCAAAAACAUCUUAUAACCCACUUUCCACAAAUAUUAGAUGCCCUGCAUUCAGCUUUUCCUCUUUCUGGUAUAUCUUGGACAAUUUCUUAAAAUAAAUUUCAGUGCUUGCGCAUGAACAGCCUCUCAUAGUUUUCAGUUCCCAUCCUUUUCCUGUUACUUAUUAUACCAAUGUGCACAACUACCAAUGCACCCUGAUUGCAAACCAGUGCACAAAAGAAAUCUUCAAUGUGAUUGAAUGAUUACAUCAGUAUUCCUCUUUCUGCAGUGUGUUAACUGAGGCCCAGAUGUGCUUCUGCACAUCAACCACAAGCAAGGGAGAAAAAGACAUAACCAAAAACUGCCACAAAGCUUGCAUGCGCAAAAGACCUGAACAAAACCUGCUAAUGCAUGGGAAACAACUUCAAAAAAUAAUUGCAAAUCAUUCAGAAUCCUAACAACUGGGGAGACAUUCAGAUGAGGAGAAUUUCAGUGUGAUCCAUCUUACAGUACAGAUGUUCAUUACAUGUUUGCUAGAGUCAUGCUCAGUAUAAAAUCAAGGGGGGUUUUUUGUUCCUGGUGCAUCACGAACAUAAUAUUUUAAUGAUUGAAAUUUAGAUAUUUAUCCUUAUUGCAGAGACAAGAGCAAUGUGGUAUAAAUGUUUAAUAUAUAAAGUUUAGUCAAAUACGUGAUAUCGGUUCUGCAGUCUUAUUGCGUAAGCAGUUCAUAGUGCAUGCAGAAAGAAUCUUAUUUCCAUAACAACCACGGUGAAAAUAGGAAAACAAAUAGCUUCAAAUGUGUAUUGACUUGAAAGUCUAUUCACAGGAACACUUUUCAAAGUUAAUAUGACUUUCCAUCUAGAGUAGUCGGAGGCAGGAACGCAGGCAGUAGCUGUUAAGUGAAAAGGAAGCUCAGAUCUAUUUCUUUCUAAAGUGGACAUCAAGUCAAGCUUGGAGAGAUUUUGGGCAGUAAUUGUGAAAUAGUUUUAAUUGACCUGAUUUCUUAUUAUGAUAAGUUUGCCGGUAGUAAGAACUGGCCUCCCACAGUGAACUCCACCCCAGCUUUUUCAAAGCAGAGCCAAACAAUUGUGCAACAUUUUUACCAAGAGUUCAGUCUUCAUAGCAUGAUAGAAGUUUAGCAUAGGACUACAAAAGGGUUACAAAAGCCAUAUCCUGACUGGGGGGUCUCUGUGUGCCCAGUCUAGGAAAUAGAUAUGAAGGGGGUGGAACAUGUAAACUGACACUAUUUAUACAGCUGCGUAGCGUAAAGGAAAGUCUCAUUAGCUGAACAUCGAGUACAUCCUAUUGUAUAAACAGGUAGUUGGCUCAUGCAAGCAUGCCUUGUGCUUACAUUGCCCUGGCAGAUUCAUAUUGUCAUUCCACAUGUCCGUGCAGAAGAGAUUAUGUCCUCUUUUGGCAUGUAUUCUGACCUGCCUUUGGGAAUAAAGUGGCAGAAAUGUAAAUAAAUCUAUAAAUCAGACCAAGGCAAACAAAGCUUGACAGUCAUGUAUCAUAGAAUCAUAGAAUCAUAGAGUUGGAAGAGACCACAAGGGCCAUCGAGUCCAACCCCCUGCCAAGAAGGAAACACCAUCAGAGCACUCCUGACAUAUGGUUGUCAAGCCUCUGCUUAAAGACCUCCAAAGAAGGAGACUCCACCACACUCCUUGGCAGCAAAUUCCACUGUCGAACAGCUCUUACUGUCAGGAAGUUCUUCCUAAUGUUUAGGUGGAAUCUUCUUUCUUGUAGUUUGGAUCCAUUGCUCUGUGUCCGCUUCUCUGGAGCAGCAGAAAACAACCUUUCUCCCUCCUCUAUGUGACAUCCUUUUAUAUAUUUGAACAUGGCUAUCAUAUCACCCCUUAACCUCCUCUUCUCCAGGCUAAACAUGCCCAGCUCCCUUAGCCGUUCCUCAUAAGGCAUCGUUUCCAGGCCUUUGACCAUUUUGGUUGCUCCUCCUCUGGACACGUUCCAGUUUGUCAGUGUCCUUCUUGAACUGUGGUGCCCAGAACUGGACACAGUACUCCAGGUGAGGUCUGACCAGAGAAGAAUACAGUGGCACUAUUACUUCCCUUGAUCUAGAUGCUAUACUCCUAUUGAUGCAUCCCAGAAUUGCAUUGGCUUUUUUAGCUGCCGCGUCACACUGUUGGCUCAUGUCAAGUUUGUGGUCAACCAAGACUCCUAGAUCCUUUUCACAUGUACUGCUCUCAAGCCAGGUGUCACCCAUCUUGUAUUUGUGCCUCUCAUUUUUUUUGCCCAAGUGCAAUACUUUACAUUUCUCCCUGUUAAAAUUCAUCUUGUUUGUUUUGGCCCAGUUCUCUAAUCUGUCAAGGUCGUUUUGAAGUGUGAUCCUGUCCUCUGGGGUGUUAGCCACCCUUCCCAGUUUGGUGUCAUCUGCAAAUUUGAUCAGGAUGCCCUUGAGUCCAUCAUCCAAGUCGUUGAUAAAGAUGUUGAAUAAGACCGGGCCCAAGACAGAACCCUGUGGCACCCCACUAGUCACUCUUCUCCAGGAUGAAGAGGAACCAUUGAUGAGCACCCUUUGGGUCGGUCAGUCAGCCAGUUACAAAUCCACUGAGUGGUAGCAUAGUCAAGACCGCAUUUUACCAGCUUCUUUACAAGAAUAUCAUGGGGCACCUUGUCAAAUGCCUUGCUGAAAUCAAGGUAGGCUACAUCCACUGCGUUCCCGUCAUCUACCAGGCUUGUAAUUCUGUCAAAAAACGAGAUCAGGUUAGUCUGACAUGACUUAUUUUUCAGAAAUCCAUGCUGACUAUUGAUGAUCACAGCAUUCCUUUCUAGGUGCUCACAGACUGUUUGCUUAAUGAUCUGCUCCAGAAUCUUCCCUGGUAUUGAUGUCAGACUGACUGGGCGGUAAUUAUUUGGGUCCUCUCUUUUCCCCUUUUGAAAAUAGGGACAACAUUUGCCCUCCUCCAGUCUGCCGGGACUUCGCCUGUUCUCCAGGAAUUCUCAAAGAUGACUGCCAGUGGUUCUGAGAUCACAUCUGCCAGUUCUUUUAAUACUCUUGGAUGCAGUUCAUCUGGCCCUGGAGACUUGAAUACAUCUAGACUAGCCAAGUAUUCUUGUACUAUCUCCUUAGUUAUUCUGGGCUGUGUUUCUUCUGCUGAAUCAUUUGCUCCAAAUUCUUCAGGUCGGGCAUUGUUUUCUUUAUCGGAGAAGACUGAGGCAAAGAAGGCAUUGAGGAGUUCAGCCCUUUCUGUGUCCCCUGUUUGCAUUUCACCAUCUUCUCCUCUGAGUGACCCCACUGUUUCUUUGUUCUUCCUUUUGCUACGGACAUACCCAUAAAAGCCUUUUUUGUUGCCUUUAACCUCUCUAGCAAGCCUGAGUUCAUUCUGUGCUUUAGCUUUUCUGACUUUGUGUCUACACGUGCUGGCUAUUUGUUUGAAUUUCUCUUUGGUGGUUUGUAGAUUGUCCCAUGAAGUGCAUGACAGCUCCCCUACCCCACAGGUUUAGCAGCCCUGCCCUCCACAAACCAGAGAUUCUACUGAGAUAUUUUACAUGCCUGGAGAACUAUCUUGGGCUUGGUGUAUCUGCCAAAGCUCACAUUCCAUAAAUGGACCACUAAAGACCUUCCCCAAGCGCCUUCUGGGUCUGCUUCUGCACUGUUUCUUUCUCUACGUCUCCCUACCUUUAGGUGAGCCAAACUAGAAGCAGCUGAUCUGGUGGAGUGGAACCACAACCAUAGCUUCCUGGCAGUGGUUUUCUAUGAGGGGUGGAGCAGCAUGGAGGGAGGUGUGCUGCUGGUGGAUUGGCUCCACCAGUGCGCCCACAUAUAACCUUCCCCGGUAUUUUGCUGUCCCCAAAUAUGGGCCUCAGCGCUGCCAGACAAAGGUGCCCCAUGUUUUUUGGCAUGGUGCGAGGCGUAUACUGCUUGAUUGUAGGGGGAAACCUCAAAUGAGAAGCAGCAGGCAGGAGCCACCCACUUGCCUUACCUUCUACUUCUUGGCAAUGGUGUGGACUUGACUCAGAGGGAGACCACAUGAAAGUGCAGUGUCCAGUAGAAAGGAGAGGGGGCUCUACUCAGGGGAGGGGUCCAGUAAGGGUGACUUGUGAUCCAAGGAUUGCACAAAAUCUGGAACUAAUACUAGACCACAAAUUGUGUAGUUCUGGUGCUAAAUAAAUACCACAUAACACCUGCCCCUUAUCAAUCCCAACUUUCUGCCAGUAUUUGCCAUUGCUUUUCUAUUGCCAAGUGGGUCUUACAGCUAUUAUUAAGCAAAAGCACUUUAAUGAGAAAGGGAAAAUAAAUCAGUAGACUUAGAUCUGCUACUAGUAAAGCUUCCUCUGUCACAGGAGAUUCAAUAAUUAAAUAAGUAGGUAAUAUCCUCCUUAUUGAGGAGAUUUAGGAAAUCGUAAGGACAUUAUCUUAUUGCAGUGUUUAACAUCAGUGAAGGGAGAAGAAAAGCAUUAUGGCUGGUUUUAUUGGUUGCAAUACCCAUGGAGCUUUUUCUUAUUUUGAGCAGGAUAGUGCUUAAACAGUUUCUAUGUCUGCCUUUGUUGCGGAGGUUCAUUUCUUUGGUGGUUAAAAUAUACAUGAAACUUGCUAUUAAAAUGGAAGCAGUAAAGAGAAUCCAAAACAUUGUUCUAAAUAUCAUCAUUCCAGUAUUAUUCAUCUAUGCUGUUUUGGUUGUGUUACUUUUUUUUUUUUUAGUACGUAUUUUAAAAUAGUCUCCCUGUUGUUCAGUUACAUUCCAUAUCUGGUAAAUAGCCUCUACCUUAAUGCAAUUUGAUUAUUAAGAGAAAAGGAUAUAUAUUAUCCAUAGUAGCUAAAGAAUAAACUUUAUUCAUUGUUCCAUUCAGCUAAAUUGCAAAAAUACAAUAAACUGUGCACUUUGAGGGGAAUUUAUUGCUUCAUACCCAAGACCACUUGCUUUUAUUCUAGCCUUAAGAAACUAUCCUCUGAUUCCUAGUCCAAUCAUAGGCACACAUCUGAAAAAGUUGGACAUAUCCCUCUCUUUAGAAUGAUACUGUUAUCUUAAAUUUAAAAGGAGUGAUCAAUGUGCGUUAAGGAAAGUACUCCUUUAUAUGUGUGUGUCAUUAUGGGCCUUUUCAGCAUCCUCGAGUGAAUCAUUCAUUGCACAACUGCUGUGUAAAUUAGGUGUCUAGGGCCAUGUGUGCCAAAUCUAGGGAGUCAAGGUAUCUUUGGCCCAUCUAUAUUUGUUGGAAAGGGGCCAGUCCCCUCAACGUUGAGGGGGUGAAGGAGGCCAAGAGCUGAGUUGUGGCACAGCUUUGGUGGCCAGCUCCUCCAGAGUACUUGACCUCCUCCAGACAAUGUGACACACACACACAACAUGUGCCCGGCCCCCUCAAUCAUGGGGACAACUUGUCUGGAGCUGGCAUAUAGUGGCUGUGAUAGUCGUCCUGAAUUUCUUGCGUAUACUCAUCUUCAGAAUAGGGCUGUAUUCACAGCAACUCCCUUUGGGGCCUUUGGCUCCUCAGAGAUAUUUCAGCAGCCUUUCUGAAUUUUUAGCUGUCUUUCUUAAGAAGUAAAUUUCCACCCCCACAGAGCUGCAAUUCCCAGAGUGGCUUAACAACCAAUUCCUCUUCCUAGGGAGCUCUGGGAAUUGCAGCUCUCUGAGGGCAAUAAGGAUCUUAUAAGAACUCCCAGCACACCCAACAAACUACAGUUCCCCUAUUCUUUUGGGGGGGCAUGACUGUUUACAGUGGCAUGAUAUGGCUUUAAAUGUCUAGUGCAGAUGAGGCCUUAGAUUACUUGCAGUCAUUUUAAGAAGACAACAGGAUUUGAUUUGAUUUUACUAAGCAUGCUUCUAGACAUUCAUUUUGAUUUGUUUGCAAAUAUUUUGCUGACAUUGCCUCAAAGCAAGCAUUAUUCCACACCUUCUGGUGCAUUUUAUCGACACUUUCCUUAUAUAGUCCAAUCUUUGGGGGAAGUGGGUUUCUGCCAGAUAUCUCCCAAUCAGCUAUAAUUGUGUAGCCUGGAUUUGCUGGUAUGUGAUUCAGUCCCACCAGAAAAUCAUGACAGUCUGGAAGGGCCCCAAAUGACAACAACGCAGGGGAGAUUUGGGUCUCUGCCACAGAUGACUGCUAUUUGCAUUUCCUUCAGAUUCAAUAGCAUUGCCGUGUAUUCUAAAAAUCUGAAAGUCAGGGCAGUAGGCAAAGGGCAAUCUAUUCACUGGAAGUGGAUGCACUGAAAGAGCUUUAUGAAGCAAAACGUAUUUUCCUUGCAAACUCAUCCUUCUGCAUAUUAAGCAUGAAAGGCCUUGUGCAACCUGUUUCUCUGACAAAGAAAUAGAAGAAAAUAGAGUCAAGAGCUCAAAAGCCAACUUUUUCUGAAAACGCUGCAGCACACACAACAAGCAUUGAAAAUAGCCUCACAUGCUGAUCACCAUGUAUACAACUACUUAGCAUUUGGAUUCCUGCAGUCGUGUUUUGAGCCUCUAGUGGCUGCUGUUAUCAGGGGCCUUGAAAUAGCUGAGAUCCCGCAUGGGAUGCAGUUCUAUAAGUUUAGACUGAGGCAGAGGUCAUUUAUCACAGGGGAGCCAUUUUUCAGCAGCACUCCAGGCUAACUGUAAUGUGUGUUACGUGAGAAUAAAGAAAUUACUGCUUAGCAUGAGAAAAUGUUGCAGGAAACAGGGAGCUGAGAGAGGCAGGAAAUAUUUUAAGUGUUUGCACUUCUGUACAUUUGGUUCCAAAUGGACAAAUUAGUCUGUUUCAGCCUUCUCCAACCUGGUGCCCUCCAGAUGUUUUUGACUACAAAUUCCAUCAGCUGGCUGGGGCUAAUAGGAAUUGAAGUCCAAAACACCUGGAAGGGUACCAGGUUGGAAAAAGCUGGUCUCUUUCCAGGUCAUCAAUGCACGUAUUUAUUCCUGACUCUGUCUUUCAUUGUGGAGGGAUCUUGAAAUUUAUUGGUUGGCUUCUUCUCUGUUAUGGAACUGUCUUGAUUGAAGAUUGACCUGAAUAAAAGUAAAAUCAACUUUAGAAAGUGUUGUGAGAUCUAUCAUUGGAGAGGACUUUUAAGAUCCAGUCUGUCAAUGGUUGGUGGAAUCUCUGACAUGAUGUAGUUUGCUUGGUGCAAUUUUUCUGGAGUUCUUUUGUUGCUCUAAGCCUUUGUGGGGGGAAAGCUUCAAGAAGAGAAAGAGAGAUCGAGAGAGAUGAAGAGCAAUCUCAGUUUACUUAAUACAAUGGUAUGAUCAACUUUGUGUUGAAUUGAGAACUAACAACUGGGUGACACAUUCAAUGACCCACUUCAGCAUAUUAUGAAUCCACAUUAUGUGAAUUAGGGAGUGGUUUACAGAUACAAUAUUUGGAGGACUUGAAGCAGAAAAGUGCAGUUGUGUAAAAAAAGGUCAAUCUUUGUACAUUGGUCAUAAAACCCCAUGAGAAUGGGAAGCAAUGGCAAGCUUAGCAAGUAAUCAUACUUUAUUUGUGUCCACUUCUGACAACCAUUCAUACCACUACAUUUGUCAUUGUCUAAUACUCCUUCCCCUUCUCCUGAAUCAAGUCUACAUUUUGUGAAGUUGCACACACACCCCCCCCGUUUGAAUGCAGCAUAGAUAUCCAGAGAUGGCCAAGUUAAACUUGUCACAUUUCAUGCAACUAUGUAACUUUUAGGUACACAGGAACCUUUUCUGAUAAACAAUGGUAGCAACUCUUGCAAUGCCCCAGGGGCUUAUGAACAUGUUUCUAGCAGGCCUCAAACUUUCUUGUGGGGGGAUAAAUGUGUGUGUUUGGAGUGGGUUAACUACAGGAAAUAACAUGCAGAAUUGGAAUCCAAACAUUGGCUUGCUCAGUACCAACUUUAGCAUGUCAACCAAUUUUUCUCCCCUAUUUUUUUUUUUAAGGAAACAUGUUGAAAAUACACUAUCUUAACUUUCCUUCCCCCUUCCUCAUCCUGAAUGCUCUCUUUUCUUUAGUUUCUAGCUUUAGUUUCUGGAUUACAUGCAUCAUAAGAGAGGCAGCAGCAACAACAGGUUUUACUUUGCAUAGAAGUGCCUGUGGAAACAGUGAUGUUGAAAAAUAUGGUUGACGUGAAAGGGCAAUUUGAUCACGUUACAUCAAUCCUGUUCUAGGUCCUGGAACAAAACAUGAGCUCACACAGGAGGACCCUGUUUCUUCUAGCGAUAGAUGCCUUACAUUUUUAAAAAGAAAAAGAAGACAAUGUUUCCUAUGGGAAGCAGAUAAUCAAAAGUGUUGAUGUUGUCACUUCCACCCACUGGAAUUAAGCUGUUCAAUUAAUUAAGAUCAUCUGUUUAUAUUAUCAGCAAGAGAUUUCACAGUAAUUGUACAAUUAGUAACUGUAAACAUCUCCUACAUAGACUUUUGUGUUCACUAUGUUUGUGUUGUUCAGAUUUAUCUUUUCUUAGUGACAGACUCCUGAUUUUCCCAUUGUUUGAGGCCAUAUUCCUUGGGGAAAUAUGACUUAACACGUCAAGAUCCUCUGCAUUGUUUUAGUGAGUUAUACUAUGUCCCAAAGUACCACAUAAUCCCUGCUCAUAGAGGGACGUCAUGUUCUUUUCUCCACCUAGCCCUCAAACUUUAAAAUGGGAGCAUGGAAAACUAAUGCAAAUGUGCUCUUGGGAAUGCAAUCAUGCAGUCAGUUCAGCUCAUCUGGAUUUCAGAAUGCAGAUAAAAAUACUGCGUUGCUCACUUCCUGCAUCUGACAAACUAGUAUGUCAGGGUAAAAAACUAUGUGAAAACAGUUCUUCCUGAUAUAGUAGCUUUCCACAGGCAGGAAUGGAUUGAGUUGCGUUUUUCCAUGUGGUAGCUUUAAAACAUUUUAUUCCUCAUCCACACCUCAGGCUAUAGUGGUACAGGAGGGUUUAACCAUAUAUGCUGCAAUGUCUCGUCAUCUUGACUUUAACCAGAAUUACCUGAGGGAAAACAAAAGCUUUUCACUUCCUGAAAUAUUCCAAUAUAUUAGUCUCUUCCUGCCAGAAGCGUGUAUCUAUCCCUAAUAACCAACAGCAAUAGUGUGGAGAAAAGAUCACACACAUUUGGGCCCAUGAUGAGUGUCAUCCACACCACAGUGAGCUCCACUUGUGAUCUUAAUGUGGUAUCGAUAGCAUUUAAAUUGGUCUUUAGCACUGCUUGUGGACAGAUCCAUAUUUUUUUCCUAUGAGUAAGAAGAAUACUAUGUACACAAAGAGAGAUCAGCCCAUUGGAAAAUGGUGUAGCUCAGCAGUAGAGCACAUUGCUGGAGCCUUGGUUAGUUCCCUUGGAAUCUCAUGUACCAGAUGGAGGAAAGGCGUUUGACUGAUACCUUGCAAAGUCACUGUAAUCUGGACUAGAUAAUUUAGGGGGGGAAAUGACAUGGUAAACCGGCAUCUGCACAACAGAUGCCUUCUUCUGCCCCAGCUGCAACAAAAUAUGCCUCUCCCAUAUGUCUACAGCCACAGCAGGCACUGUAACUCUCCUACAGUUUGACUUAACCCCUGAAGGCGCACUCUUCCAUCAUCUCCUGAGACAGACAAAUACCAACCAAUUUAGUAUAAGGCGGCUGCUUAUAAUCAUUGCACAUGCAAAAGAGGAAGAAAUUCUCUGCUAUGGAUCUUUAGAACUUAUUGUGACCUCUGCAUAGGUGCUGUUGGCCUGUCUUUCAGAGAUUCCUUAUCCAUUGCACAAAGCAAACAAAUCACUACUAAUAUUAGUUCACGGGGAGUGACAUGGACGCUUUGACAUCACCUGAGUUCUUGUCAGUCCAUUCCACACUCCACCGAAAGAAUCGUAACCUAUUUCUAAAUGUGAUUCAUCCAUGAUACUGACAUGGAAGCUUGUAUGACAAUUCAUCCCCAGCCAGUGUUUGCAAGCAUGAGAUUAAACAAAAAAAAGUGCUGAGCUUAUCAAUUUAUUUCCAAGGUGAUAUUGUAGUAAGAUACAGAUAGAACAGUAAUAAAUUGACUGUUUUGGAAUUCAGGAGGUAUCCAUCAUGUCAGAACAGAAUUUCAAUGGAAAAUUAAAUGGGCUUUCAUACUAUUAUUAUUACACUAGUUGUUUCAUACCGCAGAAAUGGUUUUCUUUAUUAGCUUUCAGUUUUUAUACGAUCUAGCCAGGCAUGUGGAAAUAAGAUACAUACUUGUGAAAGGUGAAUAAUUCAUUGUGAAGAACAAUGAAUGUAGAAGCUAGUUGUUGCCUAUCUCUGCAAUUGCAUUUUUUAUAUAUAUAAAAAAACUGGAUUGGUUUUUUAGAAUUGGGUUUUUAAAAAGUGGCUUGCAUUUCUCAAUUAAAUGUUUUCUCUGAAGGAACUCCUCUCUCCCUCCUUCUCUCUCCCUCUCUUUAUCUACUUCCUCCACUCCACCCCACCCUUGGGAAAGGAACACAGACAAACAAAAUGACUCUACAAUUAUGUCUUGACAGGAAGAAACUGCAACAUAAACCAUGUGCCAUUUUUCUCAAAUAAAAGUAUGAUUAUUACACUGGUUGUCAUUGCCUGCAAACCACAUAAACUGUUCCUGCAUCCAUUCCCAAUUACGUUGUUGAUAGUUCUGGUCCAGUAACGGAAAAGCCCAGAGCUGUAAAAGCAAAGGGGGGGGGGAACACAAUAUAAUUUUAUCUGAUGAGGACAACAACACAUCCGCUAAUAAAAUGCUUGUCAUGGCCAGCCACUGUCUAGGCAAAGAAGCUGGGAACUUGAGGAUGCCCUUGGUGGGUCUGGCAACUUGCAAUUAUCUUGCAACUAGCACUUCUUCGUUGUGAUUGAUGGACAAAAGAAUUUGAAAGAAUCUUUCUCGCUGGAAAAUAUACUGUAACACUCAGAUUAGGAACCGAGAACAGUACUUUUCAGGGAACAAGGAAGGAAAAGGUAUUUGAUUUGUUUAUGCUGCCUUGGGUGUCCUUGCUCUGUAGCUUCUGUGUGUCACAUGUGGGAGCGUAAACAACUUAAUUCUAAGGUUCAUGCGUUGACCUUUUCCUUGCUUUGAUCUAAGUAGUGUCUGAAAUACAGAUGAGAAACCUGAAAUACUGGCAGUACCCUUUCGCAGAGGAAGAGAUUUAAAUGUGAAAGUGCACAAUGACGAAGGCGCCAGUCGCAGUAGGCUUUGAACAGCGUGUAGGAGAAAUGUACAGAAGAAGAAUGAUUAUCUUGUGGGUUAUGAAUAAGGCCUACAACUAAGUAUAGUUUUGGCCUUUGGAUUGUCCUGCUUUCCUGAAGGUAGAAAGUAAGUUUUACCAUAUCACAGCAGAGCAUGGAGCUUUUUGAUCUGCUCUUCUGGGUCAAGAGAUUAAUUCAUGAGAACCCACUCUACAUUCACAUAAUAACUAGAAAUCUUUUGCUGCAGCUAUAUAUCAAAUAAUGAGGUGAUAAAGGGAAAGGAAAUGUAGGUGACACUGUAUUUAAAAAUAUGUGUCAAAUAACAUCUUUAAAAUGUGUUAAUCUAAAAUAUAUGUUGCCUGUUUAAAUCUGACCAAUAGAUACUAGUCAAAAUGGUUAUACAUUUGCUUUAGUGAUGACAUUCUGAGAUUUUAAGUCCAAAGACAAAUUGAUCCAUCUACAAGAAUUUACACUGCUGUGUCUAGGAAAUGAUCUGUUCUGAAUGAGUCUUAGCAAGCAAGCCAAUAGCCAACCAAAGACCAGCUGAAGGGUUGUUAGAAGCAGCGCAAGAGUUGCUUCACAGAUGCAGAAGGAAUCCAUGCAUGGCUGGCCUACAGAGGCAUUUUAUUCUGUUUCUGAUGUUUUGCAUAACUGCACAAAAAAUGGAGGGCUUGUGAGCAACGUGCAAUAAAUACAUUUCCUAUAUUUACUGACAGAAUUUCAGUUCAGACAAAUAUCUGUAUUUUUCCUAUUAAAUCUGGAAAAAAAUAUGUCCUAUGAAACAAUUAAAUUGUGCUUUCUUUGUAGCCUUUUAUGUGCCUUUCUUUGCUGCGUUCUCUGGGGCUCUCCGAGUCAUUUUUAUUGGUAACUGCAGAGCAGGAACAGCUGUGUGCAAUAUGUAGCAGUGUAAAUGGGAUUUCUAUGGGGAUCAUAUAGAAAAGUCUCCCUGAAACAGUUUUCUAGAGAAUUAAUCAAGUAACAUAACCAUCCUUCUUAUGCACAGGCAGGCAAAUGAUUAAGAGAAUUUACUGUAUUUCUAGAUGUGUGAAAAUUUCACAUGUAGAUAUUGUGAUAGAGACUCUCCUCCUGCAAGAGAGGGGAGUGGUUGUGGUCAGGAGCCGGACUCGUAAAAUGAACAUGCCAGGCAAGGAAAAAGUUUUUGAAGAAAAGGAAAAUAGCUGUCCUUUACAGUGAGCCAAAAUGAAGUGGAAAUAUAAACCGUGGGUCAACCUGGACUUUUCAGUAAGGUACUAUAAGCCGUAACCUUUUUUGUUGUUGUUGUUGUUUAAAAGCGGUUUUCUUUAGGGAGCCUGUACUGGCAAGUGAAGCCAAUGACAAGAACCAGGCAAAGGCACACCUUCAAAGGUUCUAAACAUAUAAACGUGCAGUGCUGAGGAAUGGUUCCCUGAUCAGAAACCCUGAAUUGUCCACCCCAAGCCCUGCCUUAUUUCUUUCCCCAAACAUCAAGUGAAGGGGGGGGUGGCUUAGAGAAACCAAGAGGGGUGAGGUUUAAGCGCACAGUCUAUUCCAAGCCCCGGCAGCCUUUAAAAUUUUACAGGGGGCUCCCGAUUUAAGUGGUACCAAUGGAAGGGAUGGCAGGGUAAAGCGUGUUCUCCUUCAUGGAGAGCACGUGUUGUGGUGGGGUCUGCUGAGCCACCCCUCUGUUACCAGGCAGGGUCUCUAAAGAUGGCCUGGGGCAGUGAUUGGUUCACUGGGUUGCUGGGGUAAAAGUUAUGUUGCAAUUUUGGUGGGACGGGAAAGUGUUUAAAUACUCUGCACGCAGCCUGGAGCUUUCUCUUUGCUGCAUGCAACAGAUCAUCCGCCCACCCGCCCUUGAGUAAGGGGUUGUUGCAUUGACCUUGCUAUGCCUGUCAUGGGGUCGUCUGCCGUUGGGGCAGGGGCCUGGUAGGAAUUUUGUCCAUCUGGCUGAUUGGCUGGGCCAUUUGGUUUUUGCCUACUGCGUAGCAAAUCGUCACAACUUGUAAGGUUGCGGUUAGGCAUUGGUUAUAAAUUGGUGGAGGAGGAGUUAGGAUAGGCUGGGCCUGCCCCUCCAUGGUUGCUGCGGAAAGGGAAUUCCGUUAAAGGAAUCCUGGGGCUUGCCAUCUUUUCGUUCAAUCCCUGGAAUGGGACUAGGGCCAGCAAGCCUUCGGGGAGCAUGCGGAUGAGAAUUGAGGGUCUGUGACUCAGCUCCAUUUCUCUCCGACUUGCUUUCCCCCGCACUGUCUUUCGGUGGUGCCCGGAAGUCAGUUCUGUCCCCAGGCGGGGGACAGAUAGUCUUAACCAAUGCCUAAACAACCACUCACGGUUUUGUAUUUAAAUAAAGUUGUGGCCAAAAUUAUGCCAAAAACCUUAAACAAAAAUUAAGUGUGCGUUGUGAGUUAUUUGGGGGGUGGCUUGGGGACCUCGACACGCAAAUUAAACCCACGCUAGAAGAGUAAUAAAUCAAUAAACGGCAGGCACAAACACACGCUGCAAGCACACACACACGCGACUUAAAAUUAGAGAGGAACAGGAAAAGGAACCCUGAGGAUCAUCUAGUCCAACCCCAGCAAUGCAGAAAUAUUCAGCUGUCCCAUACAGGGAUCGAACUUGCAACCUUGGCAUUAUCAGCACCAUGCUCUAACCAACUGAGCUAUCCAGGCUCUCAAGGGCAAUGGAGGGGGAAAACGCACAAGCACCCUGGCCAACAAAUUAAAAUGUAAGGCAAACCCACUCAGUCACCCAGAUCAGCCACGCAAUCGGACAGGCAAGGGCAAUAGAGGGGGAAACGUACAAGCACCCUGGCCAAAAAUUAAAAUAAAACGCACAGCCACCAAGGCAGAGGCAGGGGAAGGAAAGCGAGGAGAUGAAGGAGAAAGAAAGAUGGAGCCACACUCACACUCAGACCUCGCUGGGGGCACGUGCUGGGCAAGGGAACAAGCUGCAGCUUAAUAAAGGUAAUUCGCACUUAGACUGCACAAACAAAUCAAGCACCAGGAGUGGGGGGAAAUAGAAGGUUAAAUGUAGGUUUUUACACGGAAAAGAGGACACAGCAAGGCAAACCUGGAUGCCUGGGUUUUUAAAGGCAGUAAAGCAAUGAGUGCACGCAAGCCUCCUAAAGUUAAAAGGCAAGCCAGAAACCAGGCAGCCUCCACACACACAAACCCCCCGACUCCAAACCUCGUGGCUCUUCCCUGUGAUGACUCUGAUGACUCCUAGCUAAUGACUCGCGACGGUACGACGAAAAGUGAGGCCGGAAGGCUGGUGCCACAGCAAUUUAGGCUGCUAAACACGCCCCCUCGCAGGCACCUGGUUGGGUGCCUGCCCGUGGGUGUGGGCGCCAGCCAGGUUAGUGGUAGGCAGGGGGCUAACGCUCCCUGAUUGAGGCGGAGUCCGGGUCCUCGAACCACAAUACCAGGUUCUAAUAUCACAUUGGGAGCCUACAUGAGUAGAGGGGGCUUCUCACUUCAUACCUUCACCCUUAGACUUUGGAGGCCUCAAAAAUGUGUACGGUUUACAUGCUGCAGGGGGGCAGGGAUUGGCAAUGUGCCCGUGAUUCUCAUACAGUUAGAGGGUUCUGUGUGUGGAGGGGAUGCAGGCCCUUUCCUGCUGGCCCCACCUCCAAUUACACAUACGGUGUCACAUGUGAUAUGCACAUGUUGACUAAAGACCUCUAUCUGCAGAGAGAGAGGCUUCCUUACUUAUAAUAAGCUGAAUGCACAUAAGCCCUCCAUAUAAGGCUCCCCAAUAAUGGAAGGGUCUCAGCUGGAUGUCUAAACCCAAUUUGCUAAACACAAGCCCCCUUAAGUUCUCCCCCACCCCUCAAAAAAAUUAUUACUUAAGAAAAAUGAAUGAAAGAUAAAGAGUAUAAAGAAAUGCCCCCCUUAAGUUAUUAUAUUUUCUAAUUAUAUAUUCAUUGUAUUAAAUACCACUGGAUAAGCUUAUCAGCUAUUUUAAAUGCCAGCCGCAUUAACGUUUGUAUUCGUCCAAUGAUUUGUUUCUUUGUUUCUGUGACUGGUUAGGGCUGAGAACAAUGUUGAUUUCAUGAUUAUUGUGGCUUCCUGAGUUGGGAACAUUUGGUAGGGGAACAUCUCAAAUGUGACAUCCCAUUGUGAGGUCUUGCUCAACAUGUUUUUUUCUGGCGGAGAGCUGUCACUUCUUGUAGCGUACAGAAGUUGCUUCUGCUUUAUACUAAAUCCAUGAAAUUGAUUCUGUAAUCGACACAUACUUCAAAUUACUCUUAGACGUAUGACUGAAAUGAAUGAGGAGUUGUUAGCAAAUGCACUCUGCACUUCUGUGAGACUUAGGCAAACUUUGGAGCUUGAUCCUUGAUUCGUCAACAGUUGGUCACGCGAAGAUGAACUUGUGAACUGACUCCACAGGAAAAGAAUUGGGCUUGCUAUGUGAAACUGUUAUUGUUGAUGUUCGAGAUCUUGACCGGCUCAUUCACACUUGCAAGUCAUUACCUGUGCAUAUCACGCCCCCCUCGGCCACUGCCGAGGCUCACGGGUUCCCGCCAAACUUGCCGAUUCAAAUGUGCCAAUCUGCAGUGGCCUCAGGGGAUGUGGCUUGGUGAGUGUACCUGAGGGAGGCAGGCUUCAUUCAGCGCCACUUGCCAACAAUAAAGCUUCCCUUGCCUUCCUCAUCCAGUCGGCCGGGAGAGCCUCUCCUCCUCAGGGAGGGGAGGAGUUAUGAGCAGGAGCCGUUUCCCGCGUUGGCAGGGGGUGUUCCGCUCCCUGCCCAGCUGCUCUGGCUGCCGCACCACGCCCCCAGGUGGCCAGCGAAUCAGCUAGAGGCUUGGGGUGGGGUUUAGCCACUCAAACACGGCCCGGCAGCAUGUCUCAGCCAUUGUGCUGCUGCUUCUCGUCGGAAAUCGCGAUAUAUGAAUGGACAAGUGAUUCAACAUGCUGACAUCUGGUUCAGUGAAUGGUCUUUAUUUUGUGAUGACAGAGUUCACCUUUCAAACCUCGGGAAUGAUAUUUGGCUGGCCAACAUCAUCAGAAGCCUUAGGGAUUGGUUGCAGCUGUGAGGGUAUUGGCAGCGAGCCUCUUUUGGCUCGGGUGGCGGUUAGGCAUUGGAAUAUGGUUGUGUGUUGGAGGGCAGGGUGUGGCUAUCACCUACCCCUCCAUUUUAUGGGUAUUCUGGUAAAGGAAUCUGGUGGUCAUGGAUCCUGUCCGACGCCCUUGCUGGUGGCUAGGGCCAUGGCACGACCCCCGGUGGCAUCAGGGUGAGCUUUCAGUUGUAUUUGCAUCAACAGGCUCCUCCCACUGGUGGUUAACCCUUGAUAGACUCACCCCUCCCUGAGGGGGUGGAGUCACGCUCUGUUGUUUUAUCCAAUGCCUAAGCCAAUACCUCUCACAUGCUGUAAUCAAUAAAGUUGUGGCCUUUUUUAGCCCAUUAACCUAAUAUACUGUGUCCAUGUGUCUUUCUUAUCCUCAAGUGGGUGGCGGGUCCUUGAAUCACAACAUCACCCACCCUUUCCCAACCCUUCAUUUAAGUUGUAUGCUGCUUUAACCAUGCCCAAUUCCUAUGCCAAGGCUUCCUACAUCUGAAAUCAAUAAAGUUUUGGCCAUUUUAAACCCCAGUCAGUUGUCUUGUCCAGUUAUUUCACUCCCUUUAGCAGUUGGGCGUGCUGGGUGGGGGACUCUGUGGCUGCGCCCGCAAUUUCAGUUUUCAGACCCCAACCAGUAACCCAUUCCCCAAAACCCCAUUUCCAAAUUGUAACACCAGGCUUCACAACAGAAAUAGCAUGAUUGGGAUGAGUAUUUCUCAAGAGGGAAACAAUUUGGUUAGCCACAAAGACCAGUUCAGCCUUACUUAGGAAGUAUCAGAAGAAAAUCUUUCAUUUGUAAUCUUUCAUUUGUACAACAUAAAAAGAGGAAAACACAUUAAAGCGCAACUCAGCUGCAAGCAAAGUAUUCAGUCGGCCAGAUAUCAAGGAAAACUCAAAAAUAAAGAAGAUGAGGAGCUAGAUUAAUCAAGUUAGAUAAUGAGAAAUUAUGGGCAUGAAUCCAUGAGACAGGAGGGAACUGGGCAAAUUAUGUAUCAGCAUGUAUCUUCUUUCCAAUCAAAAUUGGAAAUGUCUUUAUAGGAGCAGCUGGCAGAGAGCAUAGGUGCUGCUUCCUUGGACGGUGUGGGGAGAGGCAGUGGCAAGGUCAGUGCUGUGCAAGCGCAUGGGCUGACGCAAUAUAAAUGUGUGUCCACCAGGGCACCUAUGCAGCCUCCACCUCAUAGUCUCCAUUCCCAGUUCCCACACCAGAAGUAAAUCAGCAGUAAUGUUGCCAUCAAAAAGGGAGCUGUGGUUGAUUUUAACUUUGGUUUGUUAAAACAAGUUCCUAAAUCAUGCUUUGAAAUUGGAUUGCUCGAGUAAAGCAUAGUUCAGACUAACCACAGUGAUUUUGUGUGUGGUUAAGCUCAUAACAGUCUGAUUUUUCCUCUCCAGGUAUUUGAUGUGUUAAAGGAUCCUUUUCCAAUAUAAAAGGAUUCUGUGGGCAAUAAGGAAUUUAUUCCCAAGUGAAUUUUCAAUACAAUGUUCCCAUGCUUCACGAUUUGAGUAAACAUGUCCAUGUUCAUGUCCUGAUACAAAUGAUUACUCUGGUCUUCUACUUUUUUAAAGAGUUAACCUCAUGCUUAUCCAUAUAGAUUUAAAACUUUUAUCCAAGGCACCACCUGAAAGAAAGGUGAGAAUUAAUCCGGGCAUUGCGGCCGUGAACUUGUUUUGUCUUCUGUAUAACUGGAGACUCAGCAUAGCAGCACAAGGGGUAAUAUAUGUCAGACUGCCCACUGUGCUGAGACCUCUACACAAGCUGAGCACAGCAGGGUGAAUGUCGCUGGGAUUUGUUUUACAGGAAGCCUUCAUUUCCUUGCUUUGGAGGGGUUAAGUGAGCCACUUCAACCACUGCUUCCCUUUGGGGGCUACAGUACGUAAAGGCAGCUCCAGUUUUCCCCAGAGGCUAUGCCAGCAGAGAGCCGCUGUCAGAGGAGAACAGCAGGAUGCAAUGAAUCAAUGUAUUCCCCAGCUGCCUUGGCUCUGCUUACUUCCGAGGCAGGGCUGUCCAGUUUCAUGCUGUGAUGGCCCCUCAGUGGCCUCCAGCCUGAAGCUGUCAAAUUCGCCCCCGACAGGUUUUGGCCACAGGGGACCUGGUGUCCAGGUUUAUUCUGGACGGAAUCAGGCUGAAUUUCAUCCUUUUGCCUGAACCGUCUCUCUUGUGGUAGUGGAGGAAAACUGACUAUAGAAACUUUGGACAGAGUCUAUCAAGAACUACUCCAGUAGAAGCUCCAUUUAAGUGAAUGUGGGCAUUCAGUAAAAUGAGUGUAAUGUUUAUUACCUGUUAGCUGAUAACUUGGCUGUAUGGGGUGACAAAUGAAAGAUUGGGCCGUCUCAACAGCAGCCUAACAGAAGAUACAGGCUGUGUUGUGGGUGACUGAAAGCCAGCAGUCCAUCCUCAUCCCCAUACCUCCUCAACAGCAGUUAUGGACCAUGUAUCCCUAUCCUUCCCAGGAUGGCAGUGGCAACAACAGGCCAAUGCCGUGAUGGCAUGAGAGUAGGAAUUGCAAAAGAGGUGGGUCUGGAGACUGAGCAAGUAGCAUUGGUGAGAAAGAAGACUCAAGUCAUCUCUUGUAGAGCUGAGAGUAACCAAGGCUAUGUCCUUGAUUACAUUGCUGACCACUCAGAAUAACAGCCGAGACAGACUGUUUUAAUUAAAAAUGACUUGCAUGAAAAUAUUUCCUCUUAUCUCAGCUGGGUUAGAUCAUGUUUUACUACACAUCUUAAAACUUACUAUGUAAGUAAGUACAUACAAAGUACCUGCUCUAUGUAGAAUACUAACCAUGAGCGCAUUACUUUUCAAUUAUGAUUAAGGGUAAAGGCCAACAAUUUGUUUUAAACAAUUUGGGCUAGAAUACAAGAAAUAGGUUUACAACACUACGCAAAUUAAUCUAUUUUUAGAUUCAUGUAGCUAGGAUUUCUUAGCAUAUUUGUGUAGCUGUAAGUCCCACUAUGUUAACUUGGACUCAUUUUUAGUAAGUAGCCCAGAAUCACAGUGUGUACUAUUAACAACAUAAACAACAACAAUGCUGCCUUUAUCAGACGCAAGAUUUGCCACACCCAUGUGGGGAGCUCACGGGAUGGCACUCACAUGUGGGGAAAAGCCAGUGGAGUCUGGGAGGGCAGCACUGCUUACCUGGCUUCCCAACCCCAAUGAAAUCAAUGGGACUUACUUCUGAGUGGAUAUUUAUAGAAUUGCACUGUAAAUGUUAUUCUAUUUCAAAAAUGUUGGGGGCGGGGUUUGAGUUGAGGAUUGCUCUGCAACAUUUGGAACUGCAAAACCUAAUGCAUAACUAUGGUUUGUAGCCAAUGCUACAUGAGUAGAUUUCUGCUUGCAUAACAUGACUUCCCCUUAUCCUCUUUAUGCAUGCCCCCAAACUCUGCUCUGGAAGGUUUCCCAAAUCUAUGAAGCAGGUGUUGAAUAUAUGUAAGGGGCUGCAGGAGAGAGGAGAGGAAGGCAGUUCCACUAAGCAAUGCUAUAUAGUUGCAAUCAGCACGUUAGUCCAGAGUGCACAGAUAACUUUGGGCCAUAUUGGAAUUCACAAAUAUUGAAUUUUUCAAACAUCUCUAGGGUAUGCAUAACUCAUCUUAUGAUCAUUUAACCCUUUGGAUCAAACCGUCAGAUUACUGCACUGUUUAAACACUUGCCCUUGACAUUUUGGCUUUUGUUUAACCACUCAUGGCCACUCAAUCAAUUUCAUUGGCUUCCACACACAUUUAGAAGAAUAAUUCUUAUAAAUCUAUACAUAUGUCGCCCUUAAGGGCAACCUGUGCACUGUCAACCCUCAGUCAUAUUCUCUGAAGAGCAUCUAACCAUGAUGAAACCAAUGGACUUGACUGCCUUGGCACAGAUUUAGGCUUUUAGUCUACUUAAUAUACAGGUUCAGUGAAUGAAAAAUAGAUAUUCAGCGGUAUGCCAUAUGAUGGCAAACACAUUAUUUAAUAGGGAGUUCUUCAAAUGAUGAAAAAGCUCUAUCCAUGAUAGGUAGCAAGUGCCCAAGCCAUCCCUCGAUAACUUCUGACAUCAUGUAGAAAACUGUAUUUGUAUUAAUCCAUAUGGAUGAUUCAUGAUUUCCUGGCAUUGACACAUUUAAUGGGAACAAGGAGGAUGCAAACAAUACACCAUUGCCAUCAAAUAAAAAUAUGAUGUUAAUAAUUUGCUGUACACUGUUAAAAUUGUAUCUGAAUUCCAUUAGUCCCAUUGAUGCCUUAAGCCCAAUGGCAUUUGACUGUAAUGACUUUACCAUCCCUUUGAAUGGAGGGAGCCAAUCAAUGUGUUCAUGCCUUUUCAUGUGUCUCAGGCAGAGCAUCUGAGCAGCGCAGAACUCCUGAAAGAACAAAAAUGUAGAACUGAUUUGAAAAUAGCUUUUUUCACUAGCAAGUCAAUAUUUACUGAUCAUUGCUUGUCCAGGGAAGUUUUCUUUUUUCCCUAUUUAAAAUAAUAGUAAUAACAACAGCAUUUCAGUUAUAUCUGGACCUUUCACAAAUUUCCAGUGCAUUCCCCAAACAUUGUUUUGCAAUGCUUGAGAGGUAUCUUUGCCGGUGGUUAUUUGGUUGUGCAUAAUUAACCCAGGUAGUAAUGCAACCACAGAAUGAAUGCCUAAUUGCUUUCAAGAAUAUCUGCUCUGGCCAAGAUGAGAAAAACAAACUUGUUUACAAAGGUUCCAAAAUUCCCGAUCUAUAAACCCUGCAGUUUGCUGCUUCCCUCAAACCAUGCAGCAUUCAAUAGCAUUGUAAAUUAUGAUAAAAAAAAUUGAAGAAUAAAUUUAAGCCCUUGGGUCCCAGAAUUGAUUUGUGUUAUGCAUUUCAAGACUUUGAUUUAUUAAGAAGCAUGUUGUUGAUUAAUAUGUUUUGAAUAUAUUGUAAGAAGUGAAGAGGACUAUUUUAGGAUAGAUAUUCACUGUCCUUAUAUAAUUUUUUCAUGCUUUUAAAAAAAUUAAAUUUGGCUUAGAAAGGUCAGAUUUGCUUAUGCCAAUAACAACAAUGGUUAUAAAUGUAAUGUUAAAAAAAAUAUGCUCACACAUCCCAUUCACGGAAUGACUUCUGCUUGCACAAUGGAACAAUUCCUCUCUGUCCUCUCAUGCACCCCAAUUUUUCUCUAGAUUGGAGGAAAAGCCAGAGUAUAUUUAGAGGAGAAAGUAGAGGAAGAGGCAGUUCCAUUGCACAAGCAGAAGUCCUUGUUCAAAUGGGAUUACAUCAGUGGCCACAACCCACUCCUCCUGACUUUAGUACAACCAUUCACACAUGGCUGGUGGAUGCUAAACCUAGGGGCGGUGCCUAGGAAGUCACAUGAGUGGUACCCAGGAGGUCACAUGGGCAGUGCAUGAGAGUUUCCCAUUCUCCUCCUUCGAAAAAGAAACAAUGCACACUUAAACAGUAAAGUUGUAUAAGUACUUAGUACCUAAAGUGCUUUGCCUUACUUAAGAAGGCGUCCCUGCUUUCACAGCUAUUUCUAGGCCAGGAAAACUUGCUUGUGGCCUCUACAUCUUCUGUUUCUCACCCUAUCCUUCUUCUUGUUUGUAAAGAAACAAGAGACACUUAAAAAGCACAAGAGUACAAUUGUUUGCCAUCGAACUACACUGAAAAGUGUCAUACCUUGAUUCCAUAGAUUCCUUAUGUACACAUGCCAUAUGUGACAAUAAGCUUUUCUUUUGCAUAGUGUACAUCUGGAAGAAAAAUAAAUGAUUUCAUUAAAGAAUAAUUUUUAGGGUUAGGAUUAGCAUUUUGUCCCAGUCUUCAGCCUUAAAUAAUUCCCAGAGUUGCUUACAAUAACCAGUAAUAUCCAAAUAAGAGUAGGCAAAGCCUCAUCUAUUGUCCUCCCUGUGGCAUGGCCCUCCAGACGAGAGGGGAAAGGUCUACCAUCUCCUUCUGAACAGCACUAGCUACUAGUUCUUUCUAUGUCAAUUCAAUCAAUGCUUUAGACAUGCAAAUGUGACAGUCGUUUUUUGGCAAGCAAUUUGUCCUAAUGUAAUGCAAUUGUGUAUGAUAAUUUCACUAAUUUAUGCCCUUGUUAUUAUUAUAAUGCACACUUUUACCAAUUUACUCAUUUUUGUAUGCAUUCUUGGUUAGACAGCUGCCUCAUAAAAUUUGGAUAAGUGUGGAUUUCAAGGAUACCUACAUUUAGGGUUAUAUAUUAUUUCAGGAAGUGCAAAUAGCAGAGGUAUAUAUCAAAAUGUAAACCAAACUAAAAAUUUCCACACAUACCAUUUUUAUAGACCUACUUAUUUCCUGUGACAAUAAAUGGGUAUUUGGAGACUGGGGGGAAGGUGGGUGAAUUCUAAUAUUUUGAGGAGGGGGCAGAUAGCUUACGAUGAUGGACAAAGCAGCAGAGGACUACAUUUUGCUCAACCUAAAAUUGCUGCCAUUUCAAGGGGUGGUAGAGUUGAAAUAAAUGGCAGCUUGACAAUGUUUGUUAUUAACACCAGAAUAGUUUAGUAGAAAUGAUACUGCAUUAUAGUAUAUAGAAAAUGGGCAUAAUAAUACUAAUCCACCUUACAGGUUUAAUAUAUAUGAAGCACUUUGAGCACUAUACAAAUGCAAAGUAUUAUUGCUGCCUACAUCCUUUGGUUUAGAAUGUGAGUGUAAAUUAAACUAAAAGGAAGAGAUCAUGAUAAAGCAUAGUUUUAAGGGGGGGAACUGCUUUAACUUUUUCCAGGCACUUGAUUACAGAAAUCCUUUUCUACCCUAUUUAUACAGGGCCUGAGGCUGAUGCUGAAAUAAAUCAAGAGUAAUAUUGCUGGCGCAACUUCAUUGGCUUCCUAGUAUUAAAUAAGAAGGCGCCUCUUAAAGCAUGUCCAUUUAAGUCCAUCAUUCCUGCAGAUGGUCAUUGAGUGCAACUUAAUUCCACAGGAAUUUAGUCAGUCAGGCCCAGUGACUAAACACAAGCCAGCCUUGUAAGGAAACAAUAAAAGGAGCUUGUUUCCUUUUAGAAGAUGGAGGGAAAUGGCAGCACUGGUCUAAAACGAAUUUGUGAACAGGAGUGUGACCACUGUAUAUGAGUCUCCAGUAAAAUCUUUACAAGCAUCUAGUUGAGGGAGUAAUGCCAACACCAUAAUAAAGUUAAUUAGCCAAAACUGUAAAAGUUUUUAAUAGUGAACACCAUAGGAGACAAUUUAUACCACUUGGGAGUUUUCCUUGCACCCCUUGAGGGUUGUAAUAAAAGCAUGUUUUCUACACUGUGCCACUUAUAUCUGAAGUUGAAGGUGGGGGGGGGGGAAGCAUGUUGCAACUUUUAUACUUGAAUCUUAGCAGAGGAGAGGGUUUGGAGGAGGUGGAUACAAUAAUAAGCAGAGGGUUGAAAGAAGCCAUGUAUUCUUGAAAUGAAAUAAAGGCUCACAUUUGCAGUGUUCUUGCUCAUUCACUUAAGAAUUGAAGCCCAUCGUUUUCUUAAACAAAAUGUCAAUUGUCCUUCACAUAAAGAACGAUUAAGAUUCUAUCUUCUACUGUUUGAUAAACCUCUCACAUUCAGUGAGUGACUGAAUGCUUCUCCCUUCAGUCAGCACAGUGCCAGGAAUGGUUCCUUGCUUGAAUAGGCUGACAGAAACUGUCUGUAACAUGACAGUAAAUGGGGAAAACCCGGCACGCAUGUUCUGUAGGCACUUCAAUGCUUCUGUAUAUGCAAGCAGCCUUGAAUAAGCAAGCUGGUAUGAAUGUUGUUGAUUAAUUGUCCCUUGGGCAGCACUUUAAGUUUCUGGACUAAUAUUCAAAGGUGUGCUUCCCCCCUGCCAAAAAAAACCUUAUGGUACCCCAAAACUCCUACCAUGUCCUUUGAUUGCAAUCUGAGGUACACAAAUGAAGGCAAACAAGGCCAAUGAGAAUAUCAGCAGAUUGCUGAAAUAUACAAACUAUUUAGUGAGGGGACUAAGGGGGUGUAACUCAUCUGGAGCAGCCCUUUGGGAAACGGGUACACUAAAUAGCUAAACAUGCACCAAUAAGGUCCAGCCACCAAUUGCUAGAAACAUAUGUAUGUUCCUACAAAAAAGCUAUAUACUUUCAUUCAUUGUCCUCUUGCUAUCUCACCAUGUUGUUGUUUAGUCGUCUUAGUCGUGUUCGACUCUCCGUGACCCCAUGAACCAGAGCAUGCCUUGGAAACUGUCACUUUCUUCUCAAAGCUUCUCCUUUUUUUAUGUCCAUGGAGUUUUCUCAGUAAAAUACUGGAGUGGUUUGCCAGUUCCUUCUCCAGGUGGAUCACAUUUAGUCUAAACUCUUGGCUAUGACCUGUCCGUCUUGGGUGGCUCUGCACAGCAUAACUCAAAACUUCUUGGAGUUAUUCAAGCCCCUUCGCCACAACAAGGCAGUGAUCCAUGAAGGGGUAGCUCACCAUACUCAACUAGCAAAUACCUCCUUUCUGUACCUUGCAUAGUUCUGCUCUCUGAACACGUUCAUCAUCUCUAUUUGUUUCCAGAUUUUGAAUUUAUAAUUUUCCUGAUAAUUCAAUUAUUCCAUCAAAAGAAAUGUGAACUACAGUAUUUUCUUAAAACCUGUUAUAAAAACCAAUGAAUCAUUUACAAAAACACACACACAAAAACCACAAUGAGUAAUGGCAAGCAAAUGAAGGUUGCAGUCCCAUACGCAUGUCAGUGAGACUAAGUUCCACUGAACACAACAGGGCUUACUUCUUUGGAGACGUGUAGGAUUGCAAUGCAAAGAUCUGAAUAUGGAAAAGGGAGGAAAAUUAUAUAUAUCGACAUAGUGUGGGUUCAAAUUAUCUACCUUAGUAUUUAGAGACCUGCAAAUGUGAAAGUUUCAAUUCUAUUUUAUUUUUAAAAGAAGGUGGGGGACUCUUGUUCCUUGGACGUUUUUAAGCAGAGGCUGGAUGGCCAUGUAUGAGCUAGUUGUGAUUCCUGCAUUGCGUUGGGUUGCAGGAGGUUGGACUAGAUGACCCUCGGGAUCCCUUCCAGAUAUACAAUUCUAUGAUUCUUUCUUAAAAAGCUGGCCACUGUGUGGGUUCUCCAUUCUCACUGAUGGCUAUAGAGCAGCUGUAAUAAAAAAUUACAAGUAAUGAGUAUUUGCCAUAAACCCACAAGCAAAUCAAUGUUUAUUGAAGGAUUCUAGUCUGGAUAAAUAUUGAAUCUGUUGUUUAGAAAUGGAUUCAUCCUUUCUUCAAGCAUUUCCAUUAGUAGAAGACAGAGUCCUUUCCACGAUAUAAUUUCCUGGAAUUCUGCAGAAGAGAAAAGAGAUUUGAAUAGAGAGCUUGGGAAUGAUUUGCUUUUGUUUCUUUGCAGAUGACAAUGAAUGUACAAAUGUCACACAACUUUGUGGAGAAAAUGCCAACUGCACAAAUACAGUAGGAAGUUACUACUGCAUGUGCGUACCUGGAUUCCGGUCGAGUAAUCGUAAUACCACCUUUGUGACCAAUGAUGGGACUUCUUGUGUAGGUAAGAUACCAGGAGAUAUGCUUCUCUUGCUGCGUGUUUUCUCUGGUUCGAUAUACACCACCAAAAAUUGUAUGGAACUGUAGAGCUUGAGUCUCUUGUUGCCAGUCAUGAAACUUCUACUUAAACAUUUCACUCUAUUUUCAUUCAGCUUCUGAAUCAUAAACUUGUAAAUCCUGAUAUCCUCCCAUAAACAUGAUUCAGCUAGCCUCAGCAAAACCUUUCUCAGUCAUCCCACAAAGAGCACAGGACAUUUCAAGCAUAAUAGUUCCACAAAUAGUUUUUUCUGCCUUAUCCUUUUUUGUCUACCAUCCACUUGACUGGAUAAGUAAUAAGAAGGAUUUCAACCUCACAUUUCCUACCAUGAAUUGGGGAAAGGGGAGGCCGACCCCAUGGCUGAUGUUCUGAGGAAGUUAAAUGGAGGUUUCAUAGUCACCCAUCAUUGACAUACCCUGUCCUGCUGGAAUUGGAGCUCUAGCAAAGAGAAGGAAAAAGUGGGGUUCGGGUAUCUGAUAAGGUUGCAGCGUAAUAUCACUUACAUUGCCCCAUACCCGGGAUUCACACAAAGCAGUGGGUGUAGCAGCAGGGCCCAUUCCGGAGAGAUGAGCCUUUGGAAAUGGUCCUCCCAGUCCAAGCUUCUCAGAAGAACUGUGUUCACCAAGUUAACUUCAUACGUCUUCAUAUUCACCUACUGUGUCUUCUCACUAGCUGAAGGAUCCAGGAGCCCAGGAGAAGUGCAUUGAAACAAGAAUAUGGGGAGCUGCCUUAUACCAAGUCAAACAAUUGGUCCAUGCAUAUCAGGAUUGUCUACACUGACUGGGUGUGGCUCUCCAGGGUUUGGGGUGAGGUUCUCUCCCAGCCUUACCUUGGGAGGCUGAGGACUGAACCUGGAACCUACAGUAGUGUAUGCAAGGCAGGUGCUUAACACUGAGCUAUGGCUAUGGUGUUUCAAAGGACUCUCCAUUCAUUGCUGUAUCAGGAACAGCUCUGUGCUCUUAUUCAUUAUAGACAUGGAUAUCUGCUACCUUAAAUUAUACUAAAUGGAAAAGCUUGCCAUGAACCCCAUUUGUCUAUUCAAUAUCCUAUCAAGCUCAAACCAUAGUUAGCAAGUAAACUAAACAUAAUAUACUAUAGUCUACCCCUCUACAAUAUGUUACGUACUCUUUGGAAUUUACAUAUCUACUAGAAAAAAUCUACUAGAAAAAUGUAUUCUUUAACCUUUUUAUAGACCCAAUGGAUUCCUCUUUUCUGGAAGAACUAUCUAUAUUGUGUUGUUGUUUUCUUCUGGCAUUUUUUCUCAUGAUGCUGGGCUGCCCCCUCUGGGACUAGGGAAAACAUCAAUAAAUCCACAUUCUCUUGGCAAGUAUAUUAUGCCUGUGUUGAUUGCAGCUUGUUUGAGAUACAUCUCUCACACUUUCUCGUACUGGUUAAUUAAUUCUUCUCAUUGUACACCCAAUAUAAGCUAAAUGCCUGCAUUUUAGUCUAUGGAGGUGACUGUUUAACUUUUUUUUUUUUUUAGAUUACUUCAUACUUCUAUGAAACUCUUUUUUAUUAACACUGUUGACCCGAAUGUCAUAAGCAUUUUGUUCUUGAUUUUGAGAAUGUGAGACCCUGUUGUCCAUAAAUGGGAUUCAUGGCUUGAUAGGAGAUCACACAGAGAAAGUGGCUAUUAUUAUUAUUAUUAUUAUUAUUAUUAUUAUUAGUUGUUGUUGUUGUUGUUUUUGCAUUGACAGGCGGAGACCCCCCCCCAACCCCAGGCGACACCUGGGUGGAAUAAUGACUCAUGACAAUGCGCUAUGGGAUUAAAAUUGGCCACAACUUUAUUAAAAGAUUCAGAUGUAGGGAGACCUUGGCUUAGGCAUUGGGCGUUUCUCCCUCCCAGUCCCCGGCCGGGGAUCUGGGGAACAUCAAGGUUAUCCUAAAGUGUGGGGAUUGGGCUGGCUCUGGAAAACGUAUGUUUAAGCAGAGAGUCCGCCCCCCAUUUCGCUGCAACACAGGGGAGAGCGCUGACAACCUAUCGGUGUACGGCCAAUGACUCCCCUCAAAACAACCACUUUAACGGGGAACCCUGGGAUCGCCACCGUAGAGGGGGCAUGGGUCACCGCUUCACGCCCCCCCCCCCCAUUUAGGGAAGAUAGACUAAAGGAUUCCGCCCAAGGCCCGAAACCGCCAAAGUUGUGAAGUUUUGCUACGGGGAAGGCUACAAGGAAAUUCCUUCCCGGUCCUUUAACAGCAACCAAUGAUGUAGCAGCGCUCAUACACCUGUGAAGAAGAGGUUAACCUGCAAAAUAAGGCAUAACUGAGGGAGGGCAGGGUGGGAGAAGCUCUGGAGUCAAUUGAGGACUCCCAGGUAAGUUCCACCCUCUAUUGUGUGGGUAGGGCAGACCAGCUCCCCUGACAAUGCCUCCCCAGCUGGGAUUGGUUAACUGUCUGAGGUUAGGUGGGAACCUCCAGGUAUCCAGCUUGGGGGGGGCGGGUGAAGCCAGGCAGUAUUUCUGGGGGUCACGUAGGAUCAGGAGGGGCUGUGUGCGACCAUGCAAAAAGCACCCCCCAUUUGAUGUGAGGAGUGGUUGCUGUUGUUGUUGUCGCCCAAAAUUCCCAGGGCAGUUCAAAACAUGAAAUACAAAAUGAGAAUACAAAAUACAUAAUAAAACAAACAAAAACAACCCAAGAAUUCCCCUUCCCACAAACACAUUUAACAAAAAUGUAUCUCUAGACUCAACAAAAAAAAUAGCAGUUUUGAGAAGUACGUAAAGGUAAAAGGUAAAGGACCCCUGGACGGUGAAGUCCAGUCAAAGGCGACUAUGGGGUUGUGGCGCCCAUCUCGCUUUUGAGAAGUGGCAGAAUAUCAGUGGCAGACAAAAUGGACACUGGCAGCACAAUCCUGUGUAUGGUUAAUCCAUUGUGUUCAAUGGGGAUUACUCUGUUUAAGAUUGCCGUUUCAGAUCCUACAUUGAUCUUGUAAUCUUUGACCAUCAGCCAUGGCAGCACUUAAUUGGUUAAGCGUGUGGAAAUGUGAGCAUGCUUGCUUAAAACCCAUCUUCUCCACUUCCACCCUGCAAAAGAUGAUCAGAGCUGUCAGUGGUAGCCACCGGGUUGAGAGAGAAGAGAUUAUUGUGCAACCUGGCAACUUUCUAUUUCACCUUAAACAGUACUGGGCUAACUGCAAUAUUCCUGGACUGCCACAGUAGAUUUAUCUCAUCACCGCCCAAAUUAUCAGCUGCUGCUGCUGCUCCUCAUCCUCUUCUUGGCUAUCACUUUCUGGUUGCUUGUCAGACAGGGCAACCAGGUAGUGGUAUCUACUGCCCUUCCUUUUCUCCCCUAUAUAAUAUGGGCUACAGUGAGGAGCAGAUAAACAAGCAGGGGAAUGGGGAAGACAAAGAGUAGAUCCAGGAGGUUCAUGACAGUGUUCCCCCUGCUGGAUGAUGGGCAUUUUGGCAGAUGGCCAGCAUGCUUGGGCAUCCUUGAAGCUCGCCUUCGAUUGCCAAAGACAAUCCAAUGUAUUUUCUCAUCGGCCUCAACUGGCCAGUCCUUGUGUAAGCAGUUCUUGAACUACACCUUGAGUUUAUUAAAAUUACGAAUUAUAUGUUGGGGUGGGGAAGGAACUUAUAAUAAAUGAUUUAUGGUGGUGAUUAACUUCUUCCUUUUGUGCUUAUAAUUUUGAACUACGCUGAAUUAUGUAUAACUAUCUUUGCACAGUGUUUAUCGCAUUUGGGGAGAAAGUGCUGUUAGUAUUAAUUUAUGCAUUAAUUUUUAAUACUCUAUUUAUAAGUGCACUUCUAAACCUGAUCGAUAUGCAGUAUAUUAUUUUGUCACUCAGCUUAAAAGGCAUUGCGGGCUGUUCCAAGUUUGUCUGUCCCUUGGUAGAAAGCCAUUUAUUUGUAUUUAGGAAUCCAGCUCCCUUUUUUUUUUGCAGCUGACAUGAAGAGAAAAACCCUUGUAAUAAUAAACUGAUCUCCGACUGAUCUAUUCAACCAUUAUGAAAAGGGAUGUUUUGCCACGGUUUCCUUGUACUUGACACUUGCAUUUUUUGACAAGUGAAUCUAUGUUGUAGCAGUGUGUUCUGCAUUAUCCUGCUUAUCAAACUAGUCUUGUUUACAGUUUCCUACUAUGCAGAGGUUACUUGGAGCCUAUUCUUUUAUCAUGUCGAGAGAGGAAAAGGUGAUGCUGCCUGUGGGAAAUUUUAACAAUGGUAUUCCAUGCAGCAUGAUAAAUGGAAUGACAUUGAGCUUUAUAUUGUGCCCCCUAUCCUGGGACAGGUAAAGAGUGCUGGCUGGAGAUCAGGAUUUCAAGUGAGGGCAAGGCUGGGAUUGAAGGGCUUUGAAUCCUUCUCACGCCGCCCUGCCAGCCCUGAGCCACUUUGCGAGGCUGGGAUCAUUCAGUGCUCCCUGUGCACCAGCAUACCAUGCUACACCACUGCAAUAAAUAAAACAUACAAAAGUACCCCCCGAACAUCAGCACAGUGCAUUUCUGUCACACAGGGAAACCACAGCUAGUUCUCGCACAAUCGAGAUUAGGGGCCAAGAUUUCCUGUCAGGUCCAGGUAGGUCCAGGGCCAGAUUAAGGUUUGAUGAGGCCCUAAGCUCCUGAAGGUAAUGGGGCCCUUUAUAUGUCCAGCUGUCCUUUGUCAACAACAAAUUGUCCCGGUUUUUUGUGUUGAAUAUAUGCUAUAUGGUAAUUUAUGGACUUAAUAGGUAUCUAAAGCCAUUUGCACAUAACAAAGUAUGUAUUUUAUCAAAGUAAUUGUUGGACUGAAAUACAAUUAAGAAGUAUAUUAAUAGUGAAAUAAUUAUUAAGCUCUAACUUAAAAUGAUUUUUUAUUCAUAACAAACUUAAUACAGUCAUACCUCAUGUUACGUUUGCUUCAGGUUGAGCGUUUUCAGGUUGCGUCCCACGGUGACCCGGAAGUACCAGAAAGGGUUACUUCCGGGUUUCGCCACUCGUGCAUGCGCACAAAAUGACAUCACUCGCAUGCGCAGAAGCGGCCAAUCACAACCCGAGUGUGCGCAGACGCAGGUUGCGUUCUUUUCAGGUUGCGAACGGGCCUCUGGAAUAGAUCCCGUUCGCAACCAGAGGUACCACUGUAAUGCAAACACAUUUGGCAAUAACAAAAGUUCCUUUAGAAACACAGUUUACAAAGACUCAUAAUCUAGUCUCUAGAAACUUGCUGUAACAUGAAAUAAUAAUAGGUGUAAAUAUAUGAUGCAAACUACUAAUAAUUAUAAAUAGCAGAAUGUAGGUACCCUAUAUAUAGAAAUGAGCAAACCAGUGAUAUCUUAGGGAGCAGGCUAGCAGGCGGGGCCCAGUUCUUACAUCAUAGGAGCCUACACAACACAAAACACUGUUGCUGUAUGUAGGUUUUAUUUUGUCUUUUUUUAUCUUAUAUUUUGGAAAUGUACAUCCAGUUUUUUCCCUUUAAUUUUUUUGGGGGGGCCCAAGAGAGUGGGACCCUAAGCUAUAGCUUGUUUAGCUUAUAUGUAAAUCCGGCACUGUGUAGGUCUACUUUUCAGUCUCACUUGAGCCACACUGCUAUCUCCAUUUUUUGAAAUUUAGCCCUGCUCUCAUUCCCUUGACUUUUAUCCUGCAAGGCACUAUAAUUGCCUAAUUGCCACACAUGUUUCUGUUCCAUUUGAUCAAUAGCUUAGCUUUCUGCUGCUGCUUUUUAAAAAAAAAUAAAUGUAGAUGUGAAAUUUCAAUAUGUGAUUGCUUGCAGCACAUCAAGCUACUACCAACAAAGCGGCAAGGUGUUAGUAUGUAAAACCUUUUUUAAAAUUCAAUUUCUCACAAUAUUUGCAGAUAUAGAUGAGUGCACUGAACCAGUAACUGCUGCCUGUGGAGAUCAUGCGAAAUGUGAAAAUGUGUAUGGAGGAUAUAACUGCUCCUGUAAGGAAGGUUAUCAACCAUCCACAGGAAAAUUACAGUUUAAGCCAAAUGAUGGCACUUCCUGCCAAGGUAAAUGAUAUUAUAGAGCUUUAUGUGUUAUUAUAAAACUAUAUCUUCUGAGAAGCCCACCGGUAACUCUUUAUCUUCAGUUAGAUUAAUCAGCUGGAUAUAAAAAAGUGGCAAGAUGUGAAUACCUGCAUUAUUAUUAUGCUUUUUAAAAGAGGGAGAAAAGACUGAUAGGUGUGUUUGCUGAAAAAUAGAAGUAGCCUGUAAUAUAUUAUAAAAUACAGAACUGAUUUUCUUCUAUUACUUACCAACCAAAGUCCAUUAACCGUUAAGGGGUCAAAUACACUAUAUGACUGUUGCUUUGCUUUUAUCAAUAGAGCCUUAGAGAUAUUCCAGAGUUGUGCUACACUUGAGUAAAGAUUGGGCAAAACAUGUAAACAGAAAUGCUAACUUGGUACGAUGAAAUCACCUUUGCUUAAUCUAGAUUCAUGCACGUGUCUUUUUGGUUCAGAUUGAAUUUUUCAUCCAAGUCGGUUUAAAUACAAGUGGCUUUUAAAAUAAAAAUUUAAAAAUGCAUUGACAAGUAUCAAUGCAUUACAGUGAGUAUGUGGCUGUCACACAUUUAACUGCACCUGCCAUAUCAUGCAGUAUUGCUUACCUCAUGCUGUGGCAUCAUCAUGAUAUACCGUGUUUUCCUCACCCUCACUCCACAAAAUUGGCUGCCACUGAUUGGGGCAGAGAAAUGCAGAAUGUUCUGAUGUCACAGCAUGGAUAGCAUGGAGUUACAGUGCUGUUACCUCAUAGGGUAGCCACACUUGUCGGUUUUGACCAUUCAACAUCUAUCCCUAAAAGGUUCAAGACACCAUACAAUCAAAUUUACAAAACCACAAAAGAGAAAGAAUAAAGCCAGGCAUGUCACUGAUUUUUUUAAGAAGCUUCAUAAUUAAUCAGAUGAGCUCCCAUCUAUUAUUAAAGGUAAAGGGACCCCUGACCAUUAGGUCCAGUCGUGGCCGACUCUGGGGUUGCGGUGCUCAUCUUGCUUUAUUGGCCGAGGGAGCUGGCGUACAGCUUCCGGGUCAUGUGGCCAGCAUGACUAAGCCACUUCUGGCGAAACCAGAGCAGCACACGGAAACACUGCCUUCCCGCCAGAGCAGUACCUAUUUAUCUACUUGCACUUUUGACAUGCUUUCGAACUGCUAGGUUGGCAGGAGCCCAUCUAUUAUUAUAGCUACAUAAAUCUUAACUUUCAUAAAACAUUCCUGAAUAUAUAAGAGCAUUCUUAAAAAUAAAAACAAAAAGUUCGUAAAAGUCACAGCAGUAGCAGCAGCUUAGAAAGGGCAUUCUGCCCUGUGUGUGAGAGGAGGAGAAAUGCAUAUUCUGAGAAGGUAGCUGCUAUCCAUGGCUUUGUAAAUGCUUUUAAAAUAGGAAUGGGUGAUAUUUGUCUAUUUUGAGUCCAAUUCAAUUUUGGGUACAUGCUGAGCAUAUGUGGUUUGGUACAUAUCUCUCCCCAAAGAGAUUACACUGUGUUCAAUCCUGCAUCUCACAGUUAGCUAUGAAUGAAUAUAUGUCGAGCCAUUCACAAUGCUGCAUGCAAAUCCAACCCAAUUUAACAAAAAAAAGUAUCUCUGGCUUUUAAAACAUACCAAAUGGGGAAGUCUGGAGCUUUAGUUAUCAGCCAGACUGAAAUGACUAUAUGCCAAGACCUUAAUAUCCCCUUUUAAUUUCAGCAGCAAUCCCAGCGCCAAAGUGUGAACUGAGCUAUGACUGCAUAGCUGAAAAUAUUAACAGAACCUUAGCCAAAGUAAGUAAGACUCGCAUAUUUAUCUAUUGUCAAAUCUUAUUUUUACUUUCCCUCUGUCCUGAAAUGAUACUGAUAAUAUUUCUGGUACUACAAUCUUAAGAAGAUGGCAGCUGCAAUGGCAUACGUUACUCAGGCUGCGGGGCUGCCUAACAGUUGCGGUGCCAUUACGGCCGCUUAUUGCAGCAUAUCACACCAGCACCAGCCCACCUAUGGUGCCACAACUGCCUCGGGCGGCAGGAUCCACGGGGCAGUAGAUCUGGCAUUGCCCGCUGCUGCUGCCACCGUUGUUCCUGAUGUAGAUCUUCACUUACCCCUUCUUUUCUGGUGGAGAGAGGCACCAUUUUGCCAUUCGUCUCAGGUGCCAAAAUGUCUUGGACCAGCCCUGUAUCUGGGACAGCCUAUAUUAGACACACCUACUUGUACACUGGGUUUUCCAGAUUUAUUUUUACAGCUACCCUAUAUGGUACAGUCUAUAUGGAAAGAUGGGUACCUACACAAGGCUACCCAGUAAGCCAAGUCUGGGGAACCUGUGUGCUUCCAGAUAUUAUUCAACUACAGCUCUCAUCAUUCCUUGGCCAUGCUGGGUGGGUCUGCUAGGAGCUGGAAUGCAGUGACAACGGGAUGAUCGCAGAUUUAAUACCCCUGCAGUAAGCCAUGAAUAGACUGAGACUUGAGCCUUCCAAGUCGACAUCCAAUAUUCUAUUCACUCUCUCAUGUCGGCUCAUCUUGUUAACUAAUGUUGAUUAAUGAAUAUGAAUGUAUAUGAAUUUGACUGUAAAUGUUAGGAAUGUCAUGCCUAAUGAUUUCAACUUUCUUUCAGAUUAGAAAAAUAAAAGAACCCCUGGCUGUAUUACAAGAAAUCAAUCAAAACACUGUAGGGCAAAUUUCACCUGUGGAUGUGAUUUCCUACAUAGAAGCAUUAUCUGUAUCUUCUCCCUUGCUAACCAUCGUGAAUAACACGAUUUCUGACAAUGAAAUGCUCUAUAAUCUAACUCUUAAUGUAAGUGAAUCGAGCCGUGCAGCAGAUUUGAUCUAUUUUUGCAGGGUGGGGAGCACUUAUAAGAUAUAGUACAUAACCUAAAGUACUUUUUUUAUUAUUAAUCUAACAGGAAUUCAUUAAUACUGUGAACAAUUUCGUUCAGAAGGAUAAAACUGCAGCGUGGGAAGCUAUCCCGGAAGUUAACAGAAGAAGAAGCCUCACUAAACUGAUGCAUGCUGCAGAAGAAACCACGGCACUCAUGUCACAGAGCUUUCAAAAGACAACAGAAGUGGAGGUUAAUGCCAGUGAUUUAGGUAUGCAAAAGGGAGCAAAUGAUUUGAAAACUGUUCCCAUUUUCCUUCCAGGACAGACUGUUGAUAUUGGAAGCAAUGUUGUGUGAAUGCCUUGCAGAGGCUGUUGUUGUAGAGACUCAAUUAAGACAUUUGUCUUCACACUACCCUUCUGCCCAGCUCUCUCUGUGUUUGGAAAUCUAAAGGGUCUCUUCACUGUGCCUUCUGCAUGUGUCUUCCAGGAGCUGCAUCAUGGCAUCACAGGAACUCAUAUGAGAUAGGUCAGCAUCAGACACAAAACUGUGACAGAGAGUUUGCAGUUGCCCAUGGCUAGUUAGUGAGUAGUAACCACAGCUGUACCAUGCCAUUGCAGAACUCAGUCUAUUAGCAUACAGAUAAAGGUUAAGGACCCCUGGACGGUUAAGCCCAGUCGAAUUUGACUAUGAGGUAUGGUGCUCAUCUCCGCUUUCAGGCUGAGGGAGCCGGUGUUUGUCCAGCUUCUCCAGGUCAUGUGGCCAGCAUGACUAAACCGCUUCUGGUGCAAUGGGACACCGUGAAGCCUAUUUAUCUACCCACGCUGGUAUGCUUUCGAACUGUUAGGUUGAUGGGAGCUGGAAUAGAGCAACGGGAGCGCACCCCGUUGUGUGGAUUCAAACUGCCGAUCAUGCAAUCAGCAAGCCCAAGACGUUCAGUGGUUUAGACUAUAGUGCCACCUGCAUCCCAGUAGCAUACAUCACCCAGCUUUUCACCUCAAAACGUCAUCAUAAAACUGCAACACUUCAACACAGAAGUGCAUAAGCUGCAGGCUGCCCCAAGAGGAAUUACUUUUUAGGCUCUGAAAUGGCUGCACACCUUUUCCCAGGUGGGUGAGGGUUUCAAAACCUCCCCCCCCCCCCCGUCCUAGCCGCCAUCCCUGGGCGGUCAGAGUUCAUGUUGCCAGCUGGCUACUUGGGAAUUUCUCUGGUUGGCCAGUCUGCUGGGCGUGAUUGCCCACCCAAACCUGAAGUUUAAAUGGGCCAGUCCAAUCAGAGACUCUUAUGGUUGGCCAGGCAUUGUCUGCUUUCAUGCCUGGCCAGCCAGUGAUGCAUAUAAGUCAGCUGUGUGGGACAACCUUGGUAAAAGGACCUUUUUUUAAUGCUCUGCAAAAACAUUUGCUGAUAUUUGGUUUGCUGGAAACUUCAGAUCACAAAUGUGUGUGCUUUCUGUGCUAUAAGUAACAGGCAGUCCAGUUAAGUAAUUCCACCCCAUUAGUCAAAUGCUUGUUUUGCUUUGCUUUUAACUGUCUGAUUGACCUUUCUGCUACCUUAUGGGUGACUGAAGCACUACAUUGAUCAGAGCAAAGCAACAAAAAGGACUCUAUGCCCUCUAAUGUCAUUUUCUUUGUCCAGGGUGGUUCAUAUUAGGUUGCUUUCUUUGGUUUCAGCAACAGACAUCAUUAAAGCGCAGUGCAGCUGUACUCUGUGUAGCUGUAUCUUUGUGUAGUAAUAAUAAAAUAUUCAUUUCUACCUCCAAAUAUUAUAAAACAAAAACUGUUCAAUGGUGCUGUGCUUUUAAAGAUGGCAAUUGAUAUUCCAUUUCAGAAAUGCAUUCUUAAUAAAAAGGUUGUUCCUUUGAAAGUAGUUUCCAUUAUUCUUUAGGAAAUGCAUUGAACGCAAAGCAAAUUAGGGGCUGCAUUUUUCCAAGGAAAGGUACAAAAAUGGAAAUAAAAGAUUUGUGCCUACUAGAACUAAUGAACCCCUGAACAAAUAUGAACCACACAAUGGUGCGUGUGUGCGUGUGUGUGUGCAUGCAUCUUCGCUCUUAAAUUACCUGGCUGGACUUUGUGCUGACAUCUGUAAUAAAUGUUCAGCUGAGUGUAAACCUAAUUGCAGAAGUGUGAGGUUUAGUAGGCUGGGAUGUAAUUGUGAUUUCCAAAGGAGUUUUCCCCCUUUCUUCUUUUCUUUUGCAGCUUUCAAAGUUCUUGCCUUUGAUAUACAGCGCAUGGAGCACAUUCACCAGCAUGUGCAGUUGGGAGGAGAGAUUAUAAAGGUCUCUGCAAAGAAAAAGGAAGCAACUACUUCUAAAGGUUAGGGAGAGAAAUGUGACUAGGGGAAUAAGGCUAUAGAAGUGAAGUUCAGUGGGGUUUUCCAGAAGCCUCCUCCUUUGCAAAAUUCAGGAAAGUAAAUCCUUCAGGAGUGUUUGGGAUAGCCAAUCCCAAUGAUGCAAUUUCAGUGAUUUCUCAAAGGUAUUUCACUAAAGAUGCACCCUUGGCAAGGAUCAAAUGCCUGCUCUUGGAAAUAUUCAAAACAUAUUUGCAAAGCAACAACAAAACAAACCUCUGGAAUAGAUCCAGUUAACUUCCAUGAAUGGACCUGUACACAGAAGGAGCCAAGGCCCAGCAGAUGUUCUCUGCUAGGAAAGUGGGGAGGUGAUUUUCACUCAUUUCCUCCUUCUCCCACCAUCCCCCGAGCCACUUUUUUUUUUCUAGACUGCAAACUUCUCCCAUACUCUUCAGAACAGAUUUUCACUAGCACAGGGUUGGAUCCAGAGUUCACAUGAGCAGAUUUAUUCUCAAAGGCAAAAACAUGGUAGCUCAGUCAGUAGAGCAUGAGACUCUCAGUCUCAUGGUUGUGGGUUCAAGCCUUACAUUGGACAAAAAGAUUCCUGCAUUGAAGAAGGUUGGAAUAGAUGUUCCUCAUGGUCACUUCCAACUCAACGUUUCUAUGACAUCAGAGGAAAGGAGGGGCAGGUUUUGCUAGUUUCCUCCUCCCUGCAGCUUCCUGUUCCUCCUGAAUAUCUGCUCUGGAAGUUUGGGGAAGAGAACAGUGUGGGAGGUGGCACUGGGAGCUGCAGAAGCAAUGGAGGAAAUUGCCAACAGCAACAACAAAAUAUUCCUCCUCAUUUCAGCAGGAGCCUCUGCUGGACUUCAAUGUCUUCUCUGAAUCAAAGGAGCCCUUCCAGUCACAAUAGGGAAAGUUUGGACCCAUCUGCUUAUUUUUGCAUCACAAACGCUCAUUUUUAAUACUGGUGGGUUAUAUUGUCUUGAGAGGCAGACAUUCUUCACUGUCUCUUAACCUUUUCAAUAAUUGUGUUGCAAAAUAAAAAUCCUGUUAUGCAUAUUUCAUGCAAAAUAAAUACAGAUAUCUAUUAUUUGUCAUUUCCUUAUUAUCUUCAGGGUUGUUAGGAAACAAGCUACAACCCACUAAGCACAGUUUGUUUGAUUGAUAGGCACCGUUGCAGUUGUGUUUCUGCGGUACAGCAAUAUUGGCUCUCUCUUCUCAUCAUCGCAGAACUUCUCACUGGAGGAAAAUUCAGAGCAUGGAGAGACAGUAGGGUCAUCAGUUAUAGCUGUCGCAAUUCACUCCACGCCACCUAUGCUGUACCCAGUAGAGAAAAUAACAUUGACUUUAAAACAUGCACAGGUAGGUUUUCUUUCUAAUGAUCACCUGAUUAAAAGUAAGCCUACAAUUAUGUUGUAGCAAGGAGCUACUCUGUUUUCAUUUGGUUGUUCACUCACACCUAUGUCAUUUGCUGAUAUGUGUAUAUAAUAUGAUUAAAGGGGAAAUUACAAUUCUGAUUUCCACUCAGCAAGUGCCAGGGAGGGAGUGUGUUAGCGCUGCAAAGUGUUGAUAGGAAUUGACAAGACUAAUAACUGCAUGUUGGUUCUACUACACAAUUGUCAAUAAUUGGUUAGCGUAAUCCGAAUCUCCUCCUCACCUCUCAACAUUCUCCAUUUACAAGCUGUGCAUCUGUUACAUUUGCCAUGUUUGCCUAGAGAGGCAAAAGCAGAUGAGCAAAAUUUAGCAGGGCACGGAAGUUAAUGGCGCUGGUGCUGCAUCGCACAAACAGGUGACGUGGUGGGCAAUCAGCAGUAGAUUGCUGUAAUCUCCUGUAUGUGGGCUGCCAUUAAAGGCUAUUUGGAAACUUCAGCUGGUACAGCAUGUGGCAGUAUGAAUGCCUGAGGGGGACAAAGAAUCAGAUCACAUCCUGCCUAUUGUUUGCGGGUCCUAUUUAAAGUGUUAAUUAUUACCCUAGAUGGUUUGUAAUCAGGUUUUCCAAAGGGCUACUUACAUCAAUAUGAGAAUGGGAUAUUGGGAUAGCUUGGGUGGUAGAGCAUGAGACUCUUAAUCUUAGGGUUGUGGGUUUGAGCCCCAAGUUGGGCAAGAGAUUCCUUUACUGCAGGGGUGAACCAAAUGGCCCUCACGGUCCCUUCCAACUCUACAGUUCUAUGCUUGAGCUUGAAGAUCAGCUUCUGGGGCUCUGCUCUCUAGCCUGAUGAUCAGAGGUUGCUAGAUUCAAAAGAUGUGGCCUUUCAGAAGCAGCCUCACAUCUGUGGAAUAUCCUCCCCCAGGAGGUAUUUAUAGUCCCACCACCGGAAAAUUCUAAAAAAAACAAUCUUAAAAUCUUUUAUUUCAGUCUGCUUUUCAUUAGCUGCUGUGCUAAGCCUGGAUAGAGCCUGGUACUGAUAAUGCCAAGAGUGCAACUUCAAUACCUGUAUGGCAGAUUGUCCUUCCAAAUCUGCAAUUCUAUUAUUAUUAUUAUUAUUAUUAUUAUUAAAUAAUGUUAUUAUUUAUACCCCGCCCAUCCGGAUGGGUUUCCCCAGCCACUCUAUGAUGAAGUUACUUAUCAUUUUCAGGAGCAUAAUUUGCUGUUUCUUGUACUAUAUUGCUAUUUUUAUUGUGUUUGUAAUUCAUUAACUAUCUUGUAUCUCUUCUUGGGAGGGCACUGGACCUGAAAGGUGACUCAAAAGUCUUUUAAUCCGGGGGGGGGCAGAAAAAGAACAGUUUCACUGAAAAUUUAGAGAAAUUCAUAUAAUUACUUUCUUUCCUCCUGUGCUAAAAGACAUGAUAUUACAUAGUGUAUGAUAGACAGAAGUUGAUAGGAAGUAGAAUGGCAUUAAAUCCUGUGAUUAAAUCCUGACUCAGCCAUAAAUCCCACUCAGUAUUCUUGGCGAAGUAACAAUGUAUUGACCUUGUCUACCUCCCAGGGCUUUUGUGAAUAAGUCAUCACAAUUUUUGGGGGGGAGGGGGAGGCAGUCAAGAUCCAAAUAUAAUAAAUAAAUAAAAAGUAGAAGAUUAAAUGGGUAUGAUUCAGUAUGCACCUUUAGCAGGUAAGCCGAGGAAAGGUUUUUGGUUUUGAUGUUGUUUUGCAGGAGCAUAAGGGCAAUAAUAUGGACGAUGAAAGUCCAGACUAGGCAAGCAGUAUCAUAGCACUUUAAACUGUCAAGACUUACCCUGAAGAAUCCUAGGAAUCCUAGAAUAAUAGAACAGUAGAAUAGGAAAAGGGACUCUGAGGAUCAUUUAAGUCCAACUCCCUGGAAUGCAGGAAUACGCAGCUUUCCCAUACGGGAAUCAAACCUGCAACCUUGCUGCUUUCAGCACCAUGCUCUAACCAACUGAGCUAUCCAGGCUGACCUUAGUAUAGUUGGUUAAAGAGUUCUAAGGCCCCUCAAAGAGCUACAAUUCCCAAAGUGGUUUAACAAUCAAUCCCUCUUCCCAGCAACUCUGGGAAUUGUUAUUCUGCGAGGUAAUUAACGGCCUCCUGCCAACUCUCCACUCCCUUAAUGAACUACUCGAGUCAAUCCACAUCGCCGGGCUCCCCCUACUGGAGGUUAACCCUUACAGACUUCCUGCAAGGAAGUCAGAUAUAGUCUGUUGGUUCCAAUGCCUAUACCAAUAUGGCUCACAUUCUGUAACCAAUAAAGUUGUGGCCUAAAUUUUGCCCAUUAACAUUAACCUAAAAUUCUGUGUCCUAGUGUCUUUAUUCUCCUGGGGGUGGGGGCUUUGACACGCAAGUAGUUAAAACAAAAACAACAAAACAAUGACCUCUCCUCCCACAAAACCCAGAAUCUGAACUGUUCAUAAUUCAGGUUCAGGAGAAACACAGGAAUAAAAACAAAGAAAAUCAGAACAGAAAGAUGAAACAAGAUAGGUAAAAGAAGGUAGACUAAAGAGAGGAAGGAAAACUACACUUGCUUUCUCCUUCUUUUCAAACAUUGCCCCUGAGUUUUAGAAAUCAACAGUCCAAAUAAUUGAUUUUAAAAUGUCUGUACAAUUUAUAUGUUUGCUCCCGUCUGUUUCUAGUGGCCUUAUUUUGACCAGGGCUUGCUAAUUCUUCUCUUUCCAGAGAGUGUAUUUGACUGUACUACAGGCCUUGGACUUUUUGCACCACCUGACCUUCUAGUCUUUGAAAUGGGUUUGUGGAAUAAAGGCAUUGUGAUGAAUUGCCUCUGCUAAUGUAGCAGAUACUUCUUAUUGAGUGGCUUUGUGCCUCUUGCCAUCCAUUAAACAUUUUCCUUCUGUUCCAGACUGUAGACAAAAAAGAUGUUAAGUGUGCAUUUUGGAAUUAUUCAGAAGACACAAUGGAAGGAAACUGGUCUACAGAAGGAUGUGAACGAGCACAUUUCAAUAGCACCCAUACCACAUGCAGAUGCAAUCAUCUUACCCCUUUUGCUGUUUUGAUGUCCUCUAACAACUCUGAAGUUGUAAGUGCUCUUUUUAAAUAUAGUGUUUAUUAAUUUCUUUAGAUAGUUUGUGUGUAGAACCAAUUGGUCUCUGCAGUUAAAUUGUUACUUCCUUCCUCGCUUGGUCUAUCACUUUAUUCUCAUCGUGCAAAUACACAAUGGGAUAAUUCUUUAGUAGCAGUAGAUAUUUUCAUGGUUAGGGUGUCCCUGAACUUUACACUCUGUGUAUAUUCCAUUAUAACAAUGUAAAUGUAAAGGUAAAGGGACCCCUGACCAUUAGGUCCAGUCGCAGAUGACUCUGGGGUUGCGGCGCUCAUCUUGCUUUAUUGGCCGAGGGAGCCGGCGUGCAGUUCAUGUGGCCAGCAUGACUAAGCCACUUCUGGUGAACCAGAGCAGCACACAGAAAUGCCGUUUACCUUCCUGCUGGAGCAGUACCUAUUUAUCGACUUGCACUUCGUGCUUUCUAACUGCUAGGUUGGCAGGAGCAGGGACCGAGCAACAGGAGCUCACCCCGUUGCGGGGAUUCGAACCACCAGCCUUCUGAUCGGCAAGCCCUAGGCUCUGUGGUUUAACCCACAGUGCCACCCACAUCCCUGUAACAAUGUAAUGCACAUGCUAUCUCUUAUAUGGGUGCUAACUACUCUACUCUCCCCCCGUUUAUUAUUUGUUUUUAACUGCCAUUGAGCAUUUUUCAACUCCCGUAAUAUUUAUUAUCUGUAUAUUAUUCAUCCUUAUCAAUAACCCUGAGACUUAAGUCACUAUUAUCUUCAUUUUACAAACAGAAAACGGGGCAGAGAGCCCAUUCACGGUCAAUGAGCAGCUGUAAAAGUACUAUUUAUGCCACUAACAGUCACGGUUUCCCCCAUGAUUCCCAGGCACUGUCGCUUGUUAAAGGUGUUGAGAGUUUUUAGGCGACCCCUGUUCCCCUCAUAGAGGUACCAUUCCCAGAACACUUUAACACUCAAUCUUCCCAGGAAACCCUGGGAAUUGUGAGGGGAAUAGGUGCCUCCUAAUAAUUCUCAGCACCUUUAACAAUCUACAGUUCCAAGGAUUGUUUCAGGGAAACUAGGUUGGUUAAAGUGGCAUAAACUAUGCUUUAAAUGUAAGAUGUGGAUAUGCAAUAGGCCUAUUUUCCCCAGAAGUAAACCUGACUAAAAAAAAAUAAUGUAUGAACAGACAGAACUUCAGACUUUUGUAAACCAUAGUGCUUUUUAUUUAAAGAAAAAGCAAAUGUAGAAUAAUACAAAAAAGUGGAAAUAUUUUAUUGUGGUGGCUGUGUACCCAUUUCCAAUAUGCAGCACUUAGCAUUCAACAAAAAUAACUGCUGUGUAUAAUAACAUUAAUAUUAGACAAGCAUAUAUGGAAUUGUAGCCAUUUGCAUAUAUAGUGAAAUAACAUACCUUCUUCCCUCCUUUUAGAUUUUUUCUUCACUUUUUUAUUUCUAUUUUAUUUUGUUCAGUUGAAAUAUUCUCAGUAAGAAGUUAAAAAAAGAAGUACAUAGCUGAGUAUCAGAUUAAAGGAAGAUCGCCAUAAAAUGGACAUGGGUUCUAAAUACAGGCCAAGCGAUCACAGAGAAAGAGAGAGAGAGUGUGUCAAAACACUUCCCCAAAAAAACCUCACAUUUGAACUAAAAUUGUAAGUUGCUUUUAGCAACUAAGAAGCAGAAUCUGUCAGCAUGAAGAGCCCAGCAUGUGUCAAUGCAAUGUGUUUGUGCUAAUACUCUCAAGUCGGCUAAAUCCUCUGUCCAAAAAUAAAAAGCUCCCUCCCUCGAGUUAUACUUAGACUCCUUCGCAGCUCAUGAGGAGUCCUCAAAUACAAGAGUGUGUUUUGCAUCUGCGGGGUGUUUACUUAAUUUGGGUUUAAAAUAUUAAUCUGAAAGCAAGUGAGGCGCAAGUUACAAGACAAGUCAAGAGUGAAUUGUUUUCGUUUUCUAAAAAUAAAAUUAAAAAAACCCCAGGUUUAUGCUCCAUCUCUUCGAGUGGGAUAAUUUUCAGAGCGCUCCAAAUGAUAUCCAUUACAUUAUUCUGUCAUAAGGUAUUAAUGGGCAGUUAAAUUAAUGACAGCUACUUGGAAAAGAAAUAUGCUGGGCUCUAUGGCUAUUGGUGACAGAUAAUUGCCAGUUCAAUCUGACGAUCUCUACAGUCCCUGAAGAAAUCGAUAUCUAUAUUUAUCCAAGCAUACCAAUGCAAAACCAGAUAACAGCUGGCCUGCACCCCCACUGCACUCCCCAAAACCUGUUCUGGGGUUUCCCCCAAUCCUCCAGAGCAAAUUUAGAAGGCACAGGCAGAGGAGGAGAUAAAUCCUAUCGUCCAAGUUCUAUGAUUUUUCCCUGCACACUUCCUUGUACCAAGUAGUCCCUUAAUAAAAUAAAUUAAAAAUGUGUAAAGCAUUUCAACCAAUAACUUGGCUGGGUAUUUUAACAAGGAGUAUGGAGGGGGGAAAUGAAAUAGAAUCAGAACUCCUUUAUCAAAUGAGGUUUUAAAGAAGCUAUUCUUUAGCCAUUCUCUCCAAUAUGUUAUAUUAUUAUUUCCUCCUCCCAGGAUGACAAGAAUUAUUAUAUUCUCACAAGAAUUACUCAGCUUGGAAUAAUUAUCUCCUUGAUCUGCCUCUCCAUGUGCAUUUUCACUUUCUGGUUCUUCAGCGAAAUUCAAAGUACAAGGACAACAAUUCACAAAAAUCUCUGUUGCAGCCUUUUUCUGGCUGAGUUAAUUUUUCUUGUUGGAAUUAACAUGAACAAUAAUAAGGUACGUGGCCUUUCCUCAUGCCAUUUCAUGUUGGGUAGGAAAGCAAAUGUGUGCUCUAAAGUGCCUUUUUCAGAGGUGCAAGUAGCAUUUCCCAGUUUCCCCGUGAAUGUAGCUGUGGAUAUAAAACACUCAUUUAAGGAUUCCAGGAAAUCCCAUUCAGAAAGUGUAAGCCUCACUGAAGAGAAGGAAGGGUCUUCUGCCAGAGGUCCACUCCGAGAAUGGGAGCCUUAACUAAGACAAAAUGGAAGCAGAUUUUUAACUGAGUUUAAAUUGACCAUGUUCCAAUAAUAUCAGAAGGUGUUAAUGCCAAUUUACUUCGGCAGGGGUUGUCCUGGUCUUGUUUCAGUGUAAAAAGGGGCUGCUUGUAUACAUGCCCAUGUGGAGCAGGGGGUAUAUAUAAGGUUGAACACAUUCUGCGGAAAAUAUAUAUCAUCUGCUUCAUCAGUUUGUGUAUUUCAUGUGAUUGUAGGCACACAGGCAAAAAGAAAUGAGAAUGAGGUCUGAGUUUUAAAAUGAAAUGGGUUUGGUGGUUUCCUGUGUACUUACAGAAAAGUAAUGACAAGGCCUGGGCCAUUUUCCUAUCGAGACAAAUUUCCAGUGGAAGAGGUUUUGCUGGUACUGUACUAUGACAACAUUGUUAACCUGCAUUGCAAGAUAUGGAGUCUUUUAUGUUAUUCACUUACGCUUUUUUCUGUUUUCCCUUCUAGCUAUUCUGUUCAAUCACUGCUGGAUUACUCCAUUACUUCCUCUUAGCUGCCUUCGCGUGGAUGUGUAUCGAAGGCAUUCACCUGUACCUUAUAGUUGUUGGAGUAAUCUACAAUAAAGGAUUCUUACACAAGAAUUUCUAUAUCUUUGGCUACGUGAGCCCAGCAGUGGUGGUUGGCAUUUCUGCCGCACUGGGAUCCAAAUACUACGAAAGAACUGAUGUGUAAUUCAUUGUUUACAUAUUGACUUUAGUUAUAGAUAGUUCUGACAUGACUUCUUCCUGCAUCAGCCCACUGAGAUGUGAUCGCCUAAACAUGUUUCUGAUAGGAAACUAUGUUCACAUAACAGUGAGUUGCCUGCACACUUCUGUGUACAUUAUAUUGGACUGCGACUACCCAUCGAAGAAACGGUUGGCCCAGCCAGCUUUGACGACUAUGGUGGUUAUUUUUCAGAAAGAGAUGUGUGGCCUCUCUGCAACUAUGAAAGGUGUAUGCAAUCUCCUCUUCCCUCAAACAGAUUGAAGCUAAUGCUCACCACCCCUACCAUUUUGUCAAUGCUGUGCACACUGCUAUCAAUCCAGUCUCUGGAUAUUCUGAGGCAGUUCUGAGUACUAGAUGAAGGAAUCUAGCCCCAGACAGCUGCACGUUUGUGCAUGAAAGCCACACCCACCAGGGUAUGAAUGCAUGGACACUUGAUUGCACACAUCUGCUUCUUGGGUUGCAGGGAAUACAUACUGUGAUACUUAUGGAAAUUUUCACUGUUACGUUCUAGACGCAAAGGCAUAUGCCCUGAUCCAGAUGGGGUUUUAUGCUUGUGGUAGCUCAGAUGUGCAACCCAAGCUGCCAUAUCUAUAAGGAGGUGGGCAUAUCAUGUCUGUACAGAAAUGCCUCCUUCCGUGAAAUGAAUGGUCCUCUUUUCCUUCUGUUGAAACCACAACAAAAUGGUUUCCCAGCAUUGAUAAAAGAAUAUCGCAACACUCAGAGGUUGGGGUGGCGUUCAACAUUGUUUUAUGAUGACUACUAUUUUGGAUUUAACAUGAUAUGUUGGGUGAAAAAAAAUAUCCUGCAGGGUCACUAGUCUGGUAAUUCAGACAAUGAGUCUUGUGGCUUCCCUCAGCAAUAGGCUUCCACAAUGAGGAAUACCACAUAUCUAGUGGCCAUAAUGUAAGAACACAAAAUGAGCCCGGUAGACUCAAAGCCUAUCUAAGCUAGCAUUUAGUUCCCUCAGAGGGCAACCUGAUACUUAUGGGAAGCCCACAAGCAGUGCCGGAUUUACAUAUAAGCUAAACAAGCUAGAGCUUAGGGCCCCACUCUCUUGGGGGCCCCUCAAAAACUUAAAGGGAAAAAAAUGCAUAUACAUUUAAAAAAUAUAAGAUAAAAAACAAAUAAAAUAAAACCUACAUACCUAUUAGGUCCAUAAAUUACCAUAUGGCAUAUAUUCAACACACACAAAAACAGUGACAAUUUGUUGUUGACAAAGGACAGCUGUACAUAUAAAGGGCCCCAUUACCUUCAGUAGCUUAGGGCCUCAUCAAACCUAAAUCGGGCCCUGCCCACAAGCAGGGCAUGAACUCAAUAACACUCAAUGACACUCUUCCAUUCAUGUUCUCCAGCAACUGGUACCCAGGGGCAUACUGAUUCAGAUGCUGGAUAUAGUCAUCACAACUAGCAGUCAUUUCCAGUCUUCAGAAACACCUGAUUCCAAAGACAGGCAUGAUUCAUCUGUAAGCAAAUUUGCAAACAUUAUGCACUGUUUACUUUUCAGAUGUUGGCUCAGCACAAAGAACAACUUUAUAUGGAGUUUUAUAGGACCAGCAUGUCUAAUCAUUCUUGUAAGUAUGGUGUUUUUUUAUUAUUGGGGUACAUAAAAUUGAUAAUAAAAGCUGUAUAAUAAUCACUAACCCAUUGCUGUCCCACCUGUGAGUGCUAAUUAUAUGGUAUUUUAGCUGUUUUUAAAUAGCCACGCUAAAAUAUGCUUAUCUAUUACGCGCCCAAGUACUUUGCCUGUCUCACCUAGACAUAUGUUUGAUUAACUAAUAUUUCAUUUGAGGGCCUGUUUCUUUCAACCUGACGGCCUGAGGGAACGGCAUUUUCUGUAGCAAUUCUGGUAUGUAAGAUGUAGCAUCUUUACAUGUCAGUGAUAUCUCUGCAGAACUCAGCAGGAGGGAUACACAGACACUAUGCCAGGAGACAGAUAAUCUGGUAUUUCAAAUGCUGAGUUACUUAAUCUUUUAUCUGUGAUCGGUCAUCUUUGAAGAUUAGGCUGUCAUCUUUAUGAUUUUAUCAUUCGCGUGUACCCUGCCAUCAUCAAGGCUAUUUUAAACAAAAUUGCGACAUCAGAGACAAAAACCCACUAUUUCACAUGGGCAGGGAAGUCAAGAAUUGAUAGCCUCUAUUUCUUCUGGGAAAAAGGAGCCUUUUUAAUUCCUACUGGAAAUGUUUUCAGGUUUGAUCUUUCUGAAACUUUUGGUGUCCCAUUAUAAACAACAGCAGCAAAAAUAUGGUGUGUUUUUUUACAACGACAACACGCUUGAGUGCAUGAAGAUAUUUUCAAAGUGCCGCUAAGUUACACAUGUAAAAAUGGAUUGAGAUCAAGUAAGAAAUGUUAGAAGGCACAGCGAUAGAGCAGAUGCAGUGAGUAGGCAAUUAAGCUGUAGCUUCUGGUCCUUAUUUAUUUGUUAAUAAAAUGUGAUUAAAGUAACACAUAAUACUGUAACUAUCAAUCUAUAAAGCAGUUUGAUAGAUUAGAUAGAUGAUAGAUAGAUCGCUCAAUCGAUAGAUAGAUAGAUACAGUAGAUAGAUAGAUAGAUAGAUAGAUAGAUAGAUAGAGGGCUGUUUCUAAUAGGGAUCUGCCAGUUUCAGUUUCUCUCACUUUCUCAUUUUUCCAAUUUUAAAAACUUCUCCUUUUAACCUUGGUUUUUGGGCCUUAAUUUGAAGAAUUUCAGGUAUUUGUAGCCUGCUUUAGUGAAGUGGGGUCUGUAAGACCUGUCUUUUAUCAGUACAGUUGCAUUGUGAGGUUUUAAUGGUUGGUUGCUAUACUUGCUUCUUACUGUAAUAUUGUUUCAGUAAGAUGCUUUGAGCCACUUUUGUGAGGAAAGCAACUAAUAAAUAAUCAUAAGCGUGAUUGAAUUUACCCACAAUUUGCACUUUUAAAAUAAAAAAAAAUCCCUCAUUAAAAAUCCGUCAACAAUUCAGUGUGAAUUUCUCCUAAUAAACACAAUGUUGUGUAGUUUUUGACUAUCACUGACAUUUUCCCAAGCAAUUCCCCCUAAUAUAAUGCAUAUAAUAUAAUCUGUCAUUUUCACAAAUAUAUGCAUGUCGAAGCACAUAUUUUCCCCAGUAUAUGCAUUUUUGUAGAUAUGGUUGGAUAACUGCACUGCAAAGUUUAGAAAAGUGUGGAUUUUGAAAGAUAUAUGUGUUUCAGUUUGUGUAUUGGUUCAAGAAGUGUGAAUUAAGUAGUUUCUCAUGAAAAGGCAAGCAAAAUAAUGCACACACUCAUCCCUUGUAUCCAAUGGCAUCCCUUACACAGACAGAAGGCUGUCUUUGAUCCGACAAAGGCUUCCAUUAAUGGAAAGGGAAGGGUUUUUCUUACUGAUUUUCUCUCCAUACUUCAGCUCCUCUGUUCCUGUGUUCCUUCAACCUUUCAGAGUGGAUUGUGGUGGGGUCUUCAUCAGGAAAGAAGAAUCAAAUCCUUAUUCCACUAACAGAAGCUUUGGUGAAGCAAUGUGCUGAACACCAUUAGGACCAACCUACAUCCAAGCUCUUUCAGAUUAUAGGAAUUUGUGGCCAAAGGAUAAACUGAUUUUUCCUGAUCCAGAGACCCAUAAGUACUGCCCCACGCAUGCCCAGAUGCCUGGAGUUCAUGUACACAUUCCUGAACACAUUAGCAAUGAUGUUAAUCUGGCAAUCAAAACAUCUUGAAAUAUUCACAAGUAAAUAUGGUUUAGUACCCAAAUGCAAACAAGAAUUUCAGGUUGAGGAAGUGAAAUGCAAUCCAAAAUAUAAUGGCAGCUGUCGCUCAUUGAGAGGCAUUGAGUUAUGGGUAACCCCUGCUUAUAGAUGCCGUAUGGCAACAUUACAAAUUUUGUUAACAUAAAUAUUUGCAGUGUUCUGUUUCAGUAAGCUGCAUUCCAUUUUUAUUUUUAUUUUUUUGCCUGGGUGGAGUGAAGAAGCUAUUUUGAACAAGAUGGCAGGAGUUUUCAGAAAUAGUGCACUAUGUUGUUUUAUGGAACAGGAAUUAGAAGAAUAACUGAAACCACCAGAAUGAAGCUGUACAUGAUUGUGGCUUUCAAGCACUAAUGGGUAGAUAGACUGGAAAGAGAAGUUGCUGAAUUGCAACUUAUUACCAAACUUAAAACCAUGGAGAGACCUGGUCUGAACAGAGACAUUGGAUUCUUAUCUCAUUAUACAUGAUAAAGCUAUUUUAGCCAUCUCACCUCUUGCUUUUUCCUGUAAGACCAAUUGCAGUUGUUAAGCUUGUUCUCCUUCAUGGAGAGUACGUGUUGCGGUGGGGUCUGCUGAGCCACCCCUCUGUUACCAGGCAGGGUCUCUAAAGAUGGCCUGGGGCAGUGAUUGGUUCACUGGGUUGCUGGGGUAAAAGUUAUGUUGCAAUUUUGGUGGGAGGGGUAAAAUGUUUAAAUACUCUGCACGCAGCCUGGAGCUUUCUCUUUGCUAAGUGCAACGGAUCACCCGCCCACCCGCCCUUGAGUAAGGGGUUGUUGCAUUGACCUUGCUAUGCCUGUCAUGGGGUCAUCUGCCGUUGGGGCAGGGGCCUGGUAGGAAUUUUGUCCCAGCUGAUUGGCUGGGCCAUUUGGUUUUUGCCUACUGCGUAGCAAAUCGUCACAACUUGUAAGGUUGCGGUUAGGCAUUGGUUAUAAAUUGGUGGAGGAGGGGUUAGGAUAGGCUGGGCCUGCCCCUCCAUGGUUGCUGUGGAAAGGGAAUUCCGUUAAAGGAAUCCUGGGGCUUGCCAUCUUUUCGUCCAAUCCCUGGAAUGGGACUAGGGCCGGCAAGCCUUCGGGGAGCAUGCGGAUGAGAAUUGAGGGUUUGUGACUCAGCUCCAUUUCUCCCCGACUUGCUUUCCCCCACACUGUCUUUCGGUGGUGCCCGGAAGUCAGUUCUGUCCCCAGGCGGGGGGACAGAUAGUCUUAACCAAUGCCUAAACAACCACUCACGGUUUUGUAUUUAAAUAAAGUUGUGGCCAAAAUUAUGCCAAAAACCUUAAACAAAAAUUAAGUGUGUGUUGUGAGUUAUUUGGGGGGUGGCUUGGGGACCUCGACACGCAAAUGGUUGUCAACAGGUUUACCACACCUAUCAGCCAAUCACCUGUUCCCACCACCCUUCUGAAUAAUACCCCUCCCCACCCAGUGUGGUGUAGUGGUUAAGAGCGGUAGACUCGUAAUCUGGUGAACUGGGUUUUCGUCUCCACUCCUCCACAUGCAGCUGCUGGGUGACCUUGGGCUAGUCACACUUCUUUGGAGUCUCUCAGCCCCACUCACCUCACAGAGUGUUUGUCGUGGGGGAGGAAGGGAAAGGAGAAUGUUAGUCGCUUUGAGACUCCUUCGGGUAGUGAUAAAGUGGGAUACCAAAUCCAAACUCUUCUUCUUCUUCUUCUUCACUCACUAUAUAUCUGGUGACUUCUGUUUCAGUGUAUCUGAAGAAGUGUGCAUGCACACGAAAGCUUAUGCCCAGAACAAACUAAGGUUUUGGGUAGAUGGCAACAAUUUCAUAGCCUUUUCAAAGCAGUCUUUUCUGGACUUCAGCUCUCAAGUAAAACACACACAAAUAUGCCACAGCUUUACUGCUUUCUUAGAAACAUUAUACCUCUAGUGAGCAGGAAAACAUCUCAGCCAAGAUCCAAAAAACUCAUUGGGGUGCACCAAAGGGCUUGGACAAUAGACGUGGGCCUAGUGGGACUUUUCAUCUUACUCCAUUUAGAGGCUGACCACCAUGCCAAAACCCAGCUGUUUUUGAACUAUCUUUCCAUUGCAAAAGAGAAGUGUUGAAGAAACACAAGUCCAAAGUUCUCUUGGGCAGACAGAACUAUUCACACAGUCCUGUGGAUACAGAUCUUUUUGCUAUUGCAAAGGCCUGUGUUGGGGGAGUUUAGUGAGUUAGACUACGCUGCGAUAUUAUUUGAAGGCUGCAUAUAACUUAAUGAGUGCAUGACUGUAGAUUGCAUUGGGUACUUCAGAUACUUCUUUUGAGGCAAAUCUGACAUGUCUUCAUAGAAAAUCCUAGUUCACUUAGGCAUUACUCUAAAAGCACUUGUUCUUCUCUGAGCAUAUCAACAACACCUUUUCCCCUCUAAAAUACGUACUCAUUAAUACCAAUCUGCCAUUAGAAUUCUGAAGUGCAUGCCAUUAGCCUCAUUGAUCAUAUCAAGCAUUUUUUAUUGUUAUUCUCUGGGUAAGUAUACAUGAAAAGGACUGGGUCAGACAUUUGAUAGAUUGAACUACAGGGGAAAAGGAGUGUUUUAAACCUGCAUAAAACAAGCUGCAAGCUAAAGAUAAUUUCCCCAACUUGUUUCUCUUAACAGCCUUUCCAGCACUGCAACCAAUAUAUCUAAGGCUGUGUUUCAGAUUAGAUCAAUGCACACAAGUCAUGUAGGAUGGGGGGGGGUUGCAAUUAUCUAAUUUUAAAACAGAGUAACGAAGGUGGUGCAGGAGAUUGGGAAAUAAAGAAAAGCUGCCAGCAUAAGUAGGCAAGAAUAAUUAUGAUCCAUGGACAAGAAGUGCUAUAAAAUGAUAGGGUGAAAUAAUUAUUAUGUUUAUUUAGGGGUUAACCCAAACCUUUUCCAGCAACAACAGGGCUUGAGAGACAUCACCAUUUUCACAGCCAGUGCAGACAGUGGGAGCAAGGACAAAUACACUUGAAGUUGAACAGACUUCAAGGCUGGUAUGGUGAAGAGGCCUGGAUCAGGCCCAUAGACAUCAUGCAACAGCAGCAAAGGGUCUGAUCCAGCUCUGCCCCCCAAAAUGCCCCAUUUGUGGGUUUCUUAAAUAACUUCCACUGUGGGGGGACUGAAUUUCAUCAGGACCAUACAUAGGGGAAAGGGUUAAACAUGAAACUUUCCCCUGCACACAGUGCUGAUGCCAAGUGCCAACUCUUUAAACUUUUAAAAGUAGACAUGUUACUUGCAAUCAUGCAAUUAAUGUCAUGUCUGUUUUGACCCCUGAAGCGCAUACAUGUCUUACUCAAAAGCAAGUCCCAUUGAGUUCAGUGGGAUUUAUUACUGGUAUCUGUGUCCAGUUUUUCUACAAUAAUUUUUUUAAAAAAAUUAGGCAUACCCUUCACAGAACCUUUAAUCUUUUCUCCCCUCUUUUCCUUCCCCCUCCCAGUAUUUCUUCUUGUUGUUGUUCUUAAAUAUUUUCCAGUGCUGUGUCAAACUAGAGGAAAUAACUAAAGCAUUUGGGCAGGUGUAUUCAUCAGGGAGAUGAUAAUGAGAGAAAUCAGACAGCAAGACAUACCUUUCAUUGUUUGACUGCCAGCUUGUGUGCAAUUUCAGGCAAUUAAUAUGGCAUACAUUUUCGUUUUCCGGCUUAAGCUGUUGCAUUGUUAUCAGCUUAACUCCCUUCCAUCCUGACUGAACAGCACCGAAGCAGCAUUUUCACCCAUCCGUUAGCCAGAAGACAGAAAUCUGUCCUCAUUCAUGCCAGAUUGCACAUCAGAAUUCCAGCUUGUUAAUUCUAACAUUGAUAAUAAGGGUCAUUGGGGAGAAUGAUGCCUAUGCAGCUGCUCCUGAACAUCAGACGUUUUUGAAGGAGCCAUAUCUAAUAUGAUAUUUUUUUAAAGCGAGUAUAUAACUAAAAGAGCAGCAGGAGACAUCUCUCUCCCCACCACCACCAUCCCCGUUUUUCUAAGAUUUGACAUCAGCAUAUAGAUGGUUUCAUCAAUUAUUGAGCGAGAGCCUGAGAAAGUAGAAAAGAUAUGAUUUGGGAGCUUCAUUUUUGAAGUUUUGAAUGUGAAGCACUCAACAGACUCAGAAGUAGUGUGUCAAAAUCUUUAGAAUUAGCUUUCCCUUUCCUGGGUUGUCUCCUUUUUUUGUAGAAACAGAAAGCCACAGAAGGUCUAAUCCAUGAGAAGCUUUGAUACCAGACAGUUUUCAGUAGUCUUCUAUCAGAAGGCGGGGGGGUGGGGUUACAAAAGGGGAUCGUCUCCCUUUGAAUUUGCUUAUAUUCAGAAUAGUUGCUUUUUGAAUUGUUCAGCUAUAGUACAGUUUGUAAAGGAUUGUUUUGAUUGCACUUGCCCCCAAGCAGUUUAACCUUAAUUAUUUUUAUAAUGCUCCCCCCCCCCUUUCUGCACUGUUCUUUGUGGCAGCUUCAUAUUUUUUCAUGCAGGUACAAAAGUGUGUUGUUGCACAUUACAGAAAAGUAAGAAUGGAGCAGAGUAUAAUUGGAGUGCUUUUGCCAAUUAAGAUCUGUAUAAAUUGUAAUAAUAAUAACAGUUGCAAAACGUAUAGGGCAUAAAGAUGCAAAAAAAUUAUAGCUUGCCUCAGUGGCAGGAGCAAUUAAGACUUGGCCUAAGAAUGGACGUCGAAGUAAUUCCUUUGGUCUCGAUGGGAUAUUUACAUUCAUACAUAAUCCACUAACAUCCUAUGCCUAUCAGAAGUCCUACUGAGUUCAAUGGGGCUUACUUCCAGGUAAAUGAAUAUAAAAUCACAGGCUAAUUCAAGCAAAUGUUGGGCAACAUCUAAUUGCAUACUGGGGCAGCGGGUGGCUUCACCAGCUUCUGCAGGUCCCCAAACCAGUCAUUUGAGAUUGCUGGCUACAUCUCCAGUUGCAAACAUGCCACCCACAGUAGCCUUUCUGAAAUCGUUGGGACUGCACAAGGAAAAACAGCAAAAACAACAGCACCUUGUAAGAGCAAGAACUCUUCUUGCUGUGUGAAAAAGAAUGGGGGGGACACACCCCAAUCUAUGAUUAAUUGAUUGGAUGGGUUCCACCGUGACUAUGACUCCAAGUCAACACAGAUCUGUUGCAUAUGCAUUAACAGAUUUUUGUGUACUUUAAAACCCUUAGCACUCAAUUAAAAAUUAUGGUUGGUUAUGCUAACUCUAGAAUUAUUUUACAUAAUAUCAAGCACUAAUAUAUGUACUCGUAAGACAACAUCAGGGCAUUCUCCUGCUCUUUGAAAAACAUUGUGAAGACCUAUCAUCCCAAUGACUAGCAUUUUAACUGUACGAACAAGUGAAGGCUUUCUUCUGGGUUAACGGCGCAUUAUAUGCAAAUGCACAUAUUAGAACCAUGAUAUAAUUCCCCCUUUUCUUUUUCUUUCUUUUUAAAAAGCAGCUUCAGAGCAGGCAAUUGAAAAUGGAGAAGUUGUGCAUUGUGUGAAGAUAAUUUCUUUUCCCACAAACUACCCUUCUGCUCCAAGUCCUGCCUUGCAUCCUCCAAGCUAUGUUUUCCCCUUGCAAGAUUUAAAAACAUACCAGUAUAUUAUAAAGGUGCAUUUGAAAGUGUGCAGGGAGAAAAGCCAUUUUGUGAGGGAAUUUAGGAGGAGGCAAAUGAGACUUACCCAUUUUGAGAAGAGGCAGUAGGAGAUUCUCCAGUUUCUUCCCCAUAACCAAACAAAGUGUUUGCCACCAGUUGAGGUACUGUCAGAGUUUCAGCCAGCAGCUUCACGGCACUGAAAUGACCCACAGAGUGGCCCAAUGCAAUUUACACACAUUGUUCCAAGUGACUUUGCCGGUGGACUUCUGGUAUGGAUAGGAUGGUGUUCUUAGUGAGUCAUGUCUGAAUUUAAAUAUCUCAUUGUUUUUCCCAACAAUGGCCAAGGGAACAAUGUUACAUCAUGACAUUACAUAUCAUCAUUCCCAUUGGGUCUUUUUUAGGACAUUACAGCACUACUGAUUGCAGUUUCACUGCUGCUCGAAGUGAUGGUUAAUGGAGAGAAGCUGGAAGCUUUUUGUCAUUGCUAAAGGAAAUAAACUAUAAAGCAAUGUCAUAUACCUGCCUUUCAUUGAAUGGGCUUCUGUUGGGUUGUUAGUAACUUAAAGCAGAACAUGUCAUGUUUCCCAUCCUGUUCCCAGUCAUAUCUUUAGAAAGCUGCCAUUCAUUUGUUUCAGUGUAAUUAUAUCCCAUCUUAAAGACUAUGGGUAGGUAAAAAUAACAACUAUUUUCUAUCACAAACAUUCACAAUUAUUAUGCAGGCUGAAUGAGAAAACAAAGGAAGGGGAUCAAAAACAUUAGUAAGUAUGCGCUUCCACUAUCCCUGCCUUAAUUUAAUGAAUGCCAGAGACUGCAGAAGAUUAACAGUAACUCUUUUAUUGUCUAAACGUUACUGCACAAGAACCGUAACAAACCCACUAAGGCAGAACAUUGUAGCGCUUCCAUCUUAGUCCAUAUGUCAUUUUCCAUGCCAUACUAUAUAGGGCAUUGCCUAUCUGCUAAAGACCACAUUUCACUUGGGGAAUGCCUACCAGAUUGGGACAGGGGAGAAAUAUGAUCUACAUUUAUAGGUGAAGCUGUUUUUGGAACAAUAGGUGAACCAAAACCCAGUCAUCUUUUCAAAUUCACACUUCUCUGAAUUUUUCAAUACAGUUGUCCAGCAAAAUAAUGUGUACACAAAAAGGAAUAUAUAAGGGUAAAAUCUGCAUGGAAAGGCAUAUGUUUGUGAAAAUAGCAUUCAGAACUGCAUUAUAUAGAGCAAUAUUGCUUUGCAAAGGCGUGUGUCUUAAAAGAUGUCUAUCAGGAGAAAUUCACAGUAAAAAUGCUGCUGAAUUUUCAUGAGAACUUGUUCAAAAUAUUUGAAACUGAUGUGGAAAUGUGGAAUGCUCAACUUACGAGUGGAAAAUGAGAAUAUGAGAGAAAGCAGAAUUGACUGAUUCAGCCAUCCUUAACUACUAGUCAGCCAACUACCAGACAGUGUAUUAUGCCUAUUCUAACACCAUCCUUUCUUCUCCCUCAUUCUUCAAACUGAGGUUUCCAUCAUCAGAAUUUGUCUUCCUCUGCUAAGUGCCACCCAUUACCACAAAAUUAUAGCUGGUGGAUUUAAUUACUCUCCUCACAGCAAUUUAACAUGCUUCUCCCUCCUCCUGCCAACACCAUCAGAUUUCCCAUAACUUACUAUGAAUAGGCAGGAGAAAUUAUUCUCCUUUGAAGCUGAGGUGACAAAGUGAAGCAUUCAUAUAUAUGUACACCAAAAAUUGCUCUAGAAAACUAUUAGAUGCUCGUGGCCUUUCUUUGGAUAAUUCUGCAACAAAAUCUAUGGCUAGGCAAAUCAAAAUUCAGCUCUUCUUCCUGUAUGCCAGCAUAAGGCAAGAAACACAUUCAAAGCCAGCUGUUUAAGCAAACUGCCAACAGAAGAUGAAAUAACUUGUAUUCCUCAGAUGUGUGCUCAAUAUGGAGCUGUCUGGAUGUCUUACAACUCAGUCAUGGAUCCUAAUGCAAAAUCUAACACGCUAGGAUAUCAUAUGGUCUUGUAAUUCUCUCUGAAGGAACUUAGAAUUACAAUGAUUCAUACUUGCUGUUUUUUUCCAUCUGUAAACAGGCACAAAAGUGUUAGUACAUUGUCAGGUUUCUUUGUAUACUGUAGUGUUCAAUAGCUUUUCAUUUAAAAGAUGUUUUACUUUUUUGUUGUUUACACAGAAAGCUGUGGAAUCAGAUAUUGCUAAGAAUAUAAAUAAGCUACAGUAUGGGCAGCUAUGCCUUGUCAAAUACCUUUGGGAUCAAGCAGUUUGAAAUGGUUUCAGGAACAAAUACAAAUCGCUACCCCACAACAGGCUUGGCUGUAGCUGGGGACCACAAGAAUGAUCCAAUAUCCUUUGUACCUGGAAAUAAUCCAGAUUCACGUUCUCAUAACUUGAGAAUCUUGAUUCAGUCCAUUCACUGUUCCUGUAAUGCUACCAGUCCAUCUCUCUCUACGACAGCUAGUAGAAAGAAAAAAUGUUGUGUGUUGAGACCCCGAGACCACCCCCUUGUUGGUGAACAAGGACAUGGAUAUUAGGUUAAUGUUAUUGGGAAAAUUUAGGCCACAACUUCAUUGGUUACAGAAUGUGAGCGGGGUUGGCUUAGACAUUGGAAUUGACCCAACUAUAUAUAACUGCCCGUCACAAUGCAAACCAACUCAAGCUCCCCCUGGUUUCCUGACGGGACCGUGGCAUGGCCCUAGCCCUACCCCGGGCUUCGGACAAGAUCCCCACCCCCAGAUUCCUUUAAUGGAAUACCCUUAAGCUUGGAGAGGCAGGUGAUGGCCACACCUCCCCUCCCCCAUCAUAAGAUCAACCAAUGCCUAACGAUCGAGGAAGUGAGUCAAGAGGAAGCUCUCUGGUUUGCGCCUCAGUUUAAAUGGGGCCCAUCCACCCCACCCCCCACCCCCAGCCAGCAGAUUGGCUGCCUGGCGAAUGACAUGGCCGGGAACCUCCAGAUGAUGUGGGACUUCGUCCCCCGCUCCUGGAGGGGAGUGGGUGGCCACGUGGUCCACCGCAACUCCUCCCCACUGGGAAGUGGAGCGGAUUUGUAGGCUAUCGUAUUAUGUCUGCAUUCCCUCAAAAGCCAAUAAGCCUUUUCUUUCUGAAUCUCCUUCCAGGAAGCAUUCUCACAGUUGGACACUGAAAAUGGGUUUCCCUGAUGUUUGAGAGUAGCCCUACUUUAAUAAGUGUCCUUGGCUCUCAUGGAUAUCUGUGCAAGACAAGCUUCUCAGCUUGUUAACGGAAAGGAUCAUUCCACCACAGCAUUGCCCGUUGAGCUACUAAACAAUACUCAGCCAUACCCCCUCCCCUUAAUUCUUUGGCUAUGCACACACUCCCAUUUAAUCUGCAUCCAAUGUGCUCCCACCAGUGGUUUGGGAAGCAGUGUACACAUGACAUUAGCCACAGUCCACAUCUAUUUUGUCAUUUCCUAUGAAGCACUGCAUUUUGAUGUGUUUGCCCCCAAACCAACUGCAAUGGGAACAGAGAAAAAGAACAAACUUGUUGCACUUAAGCUGGUCAUGUGUUCACAGCCUUUAUCAUGACAUAACCCUUCUCUCUUCUUACCUCUCUCCUUGCUGUGUUUUUUUAUAAAAAAAAUCAUAUGAUGGAUUCAUAUGACCUCAGUUGGUAGAGCAUGAGAUUCUACUAAUCUCAGGGUCAUGGGUUUGAUCCCUAUGUUGUGCAAAAAGAUUCCUGCACUGCAGGCAGUUAGACUAGAUGACUCUUCUGGUCCCUUCCAGCUCUCUGAUUCUCUGAUUCUGUGACCUUUUUUCCAAUAUAGUUUUGUUUUGAGUGUUCCCCAUUUUGGAAAAUGCAGUGGAGAGUUUUGCACUUGAUUUUGAGACCCACACAUAUCUGACCCAUCUAACCAUUUAUAUGUGAUAGAUUCAUUGAAUCCUUUCUCCCAACUCAAAGAGGGGUGGCUUUGGAGGGGAAGUGCAUUUGGGGGGAUGUAGUGGAGAGCUGUGCUACCUUAACAGAAAAAAUAAGGCUAAUUUCAUUGUUGCCCAUUUAGAUUUUGCAUUCACAUUACUGUUGAGGAAAAAGCAUAAGCCUUUUCAUGUUGAUGUAAGAAUGCAAAAAUUGCAGAUUUCAGUCUCCUGCAUAACCUAUCUUUUUACAGCAGCUCAUUAUUUGUUACCACAGAUAAUGAUGUAAAGAGGUAAUGAGAGCUAUGAUACAGGACAUCGAAAUUACAGCAGGGCACAUUUGACCGUGCUUUUGCACAUCUUCCAUCCGUCAUUUAAUGUGUUCUUGAGGAAUACACAUGGUUUCAAUGGGACUUGUGCAGGAGAUCUUUCCAGUGGAUUGUGCCUCAUGGAUCGCAUCUCUGAACCUCCCACUAUUAACAUCAUCCCAUUAUUAACAGCAUUAUUUGGACUCGACAUGUCAUCUCACCCAAUGAAAAAGGAAACAAUAAAUACUAGUAGCCAUUAAUGUUAAACAGUCCUAACCAUGAACAGCACACAAUGAAAGUGAAUGAUUAUACUAGUAGAUCUCUCACAAGCAGAAAAUUACACCAUUAGGACCAGAGUCAUGUGGGUGGCUCUGGGUUGAAAGCUACAUUCUUUUGUAUAUGAGAAGCCAUGUAUUUGUUUAUUUAAUUGUGCAGGAAAGUCCAAGGUUUUUCCUUUGUCAAGCAAUAGGAAUUAUAGUUGGCUCUUGUCCAGAAUCAUCUUGCUUUUAUGAGUGUUCUUGGUGUAUUUAAAACUCAGACGAUAGUUUCCAACUUUAAUUCUCCCUCUAGUACACUUCAACUACUCACCCACUUACAGCAGAUGGUGUAAGACCACAAAAUAAAAACAGGUGGGAAGGGGACCCACCUUUCUAAGAAUAUAUUCAAAACUGUUACUUAAACACUUAAGAACUUUCAAAGGACAUCUGUAAAUUCCAUACGAGCUUAGAAACUUUGAUAAAUAGUGUAUCUCAAGCACCAGGACUUUGGUGUGGCACAAAAUAUGGAGGGGGGGGAUGUGAGCAUUACAAUACUGUCUCCAAAUCUACGGAGAGAUAGCAUCCAUUGUUACAGGAACGUAUCUUGAGAAAGCACUUAAAAUGACAUAAUCACAUUUUCAAAACAGGGAAGCAAAGGAAGAUGCAUGGCAGAAGACAGAAAGAGAGGGAUAGGACAUGGAAAUUAAGGGAGAUGAUGAUAGCUAUGUUUAGCCAAAUGGAGCAAAGAAGAAUUAAACAUACAACAGGAGGCACACUGGGUUAGAUCCAAUGGUGGCCUUCCAUCUGUGGAAGCUCCUACCCAUGAGUCGGGAAGCAAUUUUCUGGAUUCCCAUUUCCUCUGGUAACCUCUCACACUACUUUUCACACUAUGCUGGAGGGAUCCUUACACUAAAAAGUAGAUGGGAGGAUGCAUGGUGAUGGGUAAAUAGGGAAUCAGUGAAAUUCACCUCGUCUCUUCCAUGAGUGGGAACCUGGAAUGACCAUUCCAUGAGCAGAACUACACUCCAAAACCAAUCCAUAAUUAGGACAGAGACGCAUGAAGUUGAAAUUAAAUUCCUCGUUUGCCACUUAGAUGCCACCUAGAUGUCAAAGAGUAUGAGAGCAUUGUCUGGACUAGAUGAUUAAGCUGAUGCCAUUUACAUUAGCUAUCUAGUUUCCUAAAACUUCAUGCAUCCUCCAAGUAUCACCCUUUUGUGUUCCAACUACAUUUUGCCCCACUUAUAAUAAGAGCAUUCCAAACUCACAUUAUGCCAGCUAGAGAUAAAGUGAAUAAUUUCCUCUGUUAUUCACCAGAAUAUGUAUAUUAUAUAAAAGCCUGCAUAUAAUUAUUAUAAAGGUCAAAUUAAUUGUAUAAUUAACUUCAAGAACUGCUGGUUUCAGAAGUAUUAUGUAUAUCAGAAUUUUAAAUAUUGGUGCUAAUAGCAGAUUCCCUCCAAACAGCAUCUUCGGGGUUUGGUGUUAGGAAUGCAGUAUGCAUGGGAAAGGCCUUAGCCCCAUUUUUCUAUCUGCCACAUUCAUAUUGACCUCCACAUUUAUUGUACAUUAGCAAACAUGUAUUUAACAAAGUUAAUAUAUUAAAUGUGUUAAAUGCAUGACAUAAACUUCCUGGCCUGGACUUCUCUUCUUUCGUCUCCCUGCCCCCCACCCCCAAGACUUUCUUCAGGUCUUUUAAGUAGCCCCUGAAAAGAUGGACUGUCUCAGGUAGUUAAUUGUUUCUUCACUAACUACCUAGUAGUUAUUACUAAGCACAAGGGAUUGUGAACUGUUAAGUGUGAUAAUACAUCGUAGAGGUGCUUUGCCCCCUCUUUGGGCAUUAUGCCUGAAUUGGAAACAUCAGUCCAUGUUGGGGGUCACUGUUCCAAACAUCCUUAUGCCUGCCCACUUAGUCUCAGACGUUUUGAUGUUGAACAUAGAAGGUCUGAAGGGGAUUCUAUCCACAUCCACUUGAAGGUGAGUAGAAAUCACCAUACAACCAUGAGCUCUGCUAAACUAGCCUCCCUACUCUGUGGAUACAACCCAAAACUGCAGGUAGAUGCUCCCAUCAGAUCUUCUUUGCUCAACACAGGAAGGUAUGGAAUAGAGAGAUUUUACAGUCUGCACACAGGGAGAUGUUGGAGGCAGGGCUGGCACACAUAGCCCUGGGUCACCUACAUGCAGGAUUUUCUGUUCAGAAAUAAAGCAUAUGUGUUUCUAAAAUAAUGCCUUUGUGAUCAAACCCAGACUGUGGUUAAGACAAAUUCUUAAUUGUCCACCCCACCAAAAUCUCCCAUCUAGGCUUCCCAUCAUGGACCCUACAAUGGGCUUCCAAUUGCUGUUUUGAAGCAUAUAGAUGAGGAAACAAGUGGAUGUUUCAUUAAUAUUACUCAGUCAGCAGAUGCAAAUCCAUAAAAACCAACUGGCACAAUUGCAAUCAAGAAUUCACAGACAGAAUGCAAAAAGCUAGCCAGCUGAAAUGUGGCUCAUUCAGUAUAUUUUUAGAAUUUCACAAAUCCAAAUGAAAAGAUGAGGGGAAGGGGAAGGACACCAGCAAUGGCCCACAACAGCAGGAGUCCUCAGGCAUUUCUGCACAGCAGGCUCUCUCUAUGUGUCCACCUACCUGCACUUUUGGUCUGGUACAAACCCACUUAGGGUCACUGUGUAAACUGAGGUUUGUGGUGUUGGGUAAAUGAAAAAGCAGGUAGGACUAAACUCAAAAGAUGUUUUUCUUUGGAAAGGAGAAUCAGGGUGGGGUAGGAAGUCAGGAAACAGCUAGGUAAGGCUUGGAGAUGCAUGUGCCUACAACAGUUCCUGUUUAUUAUUGUGGUUCAAACACAAUUUUCUCUCUGGGUUACUUAAUUAAUGGAAAUAUAUUUAUUCCACUUUCCCACUAUAAAAGCAUUCAAUGGAGUGUACAACACCAACAAAUGAAAACAACACAUUUAAAACUAAUUGAAUAGUUUUAUCGAUAAAAAGGUGUCCCAACUGGUUAAUAUCAAUAGAUAUUAUUCGCCACCAUUUUCACCAGCAGCACCUCCAAUUAAAGCUGACAGUUCUCAAGUGAAAGCUUUUUGACUUGCCCUUCAGUUAUGCCAGAUGGAUUUCUUUAUCUGAGGAACCAAUUCCAUGCAUGCUGGGGAAAUAAUAUGUGAACAAGUUUGUGGGCACAUACAAACUCUACUUGUGUGGGCUUUGCCUGUACAGUUGUGGGCCCCUGAAUAAGCAAACAAAUCGAGCAAACAAAGUCUAUUUGCAUACCAUUUAGAUUGUGCAGGCCAUAGUUUCCCCAACUUCCCCUCCCCCGACCAUUUGCUUAGGGUCUUGGUGGACCACUUACCUCUUUCUGCAUAUAGUAGCACUUGAAAUACACUAGGCUAGAUGCUGUGUGAUUUUCAGAUGUAGUUUUUAUUGUGUCUGUUAUUUGUUAUAUCAUAUUUAAUUGCAUUACAAUCUGAAUACCAUAGAACUCUAUAAAUUUAAAAUAUUAAGUGUCCUUCACAGAUAUGUCAGAGACCACCUGAAGGAAAGUCAAUGGCCACUGAUUGUCCAUGGACCAUAGUUUGGGAACACCUGGUGUAGGAUCUUUCGCAUAAACAAGGCAGGGGGAUGAAGCCCUGUGCAUACAAUUUGUUGUUGUUUAGCCGUUUAGUCGUGUCUGAGUCUUCGUGACCCCAUGGACCAGAGCACGCCAGGCACUACUGUCUUCCACGGCCUCCCACAGUUUGGUCAAACUCAUGCUGGUAGCUCCAAGAACAUCCAACCAUCUCAUCCUCUGUCGUCCCCUUCUCCUUGUGCCUUCCAUCUUUCCCAACAUCAGGGUCUUUUCCAGGGAGUCUUCUCUUCUCAUGAGGUGGCCAAAGUAUUGGAGCCUCAGCUUCAGGAUCUGUCCUUCCAGUGAGCACUCAGGGCUGAUUUCCUUAAGAAUGGAUAGGUUUGAUCUUCUUGCAGUCCAUGGGACUCUCAAGAGUCUCCUCCAGCACCAUAAUUCAAAAGCAUCAAUUCUUCAGUGAUCAGCCUUCUUUAUGGUCCAGCUCUCACUUCCAUACAUCACUACUGGGGAAACCAUAGCUUUAACUAUACGGACCUUUGUUGGCAAGGUGAUGUCUCUGCUUUUUAAGCAUACAAAGGACCAUAGAAAUACCGGAUGGGGGGUACUCAGGCACUGAUUCUUCAACUAGAGAGAAUUAUACAUAUCCAGCUGUCCCUAUUUUACUUUGUGGAGUAUUGUACAGCUUUUAUAAAGCACCAAAGACUACUUCAGAAGCUUUCUUCAGGCAAACUUUGUCCAAGGAAUGUGCUGUUGUUAUUGAUAGAGGUGCAGGUGGACUCCGCAAUAUAAUUCUUUUAAUACUGAUAUGCUGUUACUCAUGGAUAUUUUUGGUGAAUAACUGCUGCUUGUGAAUAGCUGAUCAGACGCUUCCACUUACUUCAAACACUAGCAUAACUUUAUUGAACAAACCUCACAGGUACCUAACCUAGCGCUUCCCUGCUACUUUCUAAGAAGCACUUCCUAUGUGGGAGAGCUGCUUUCUUUCAAAGUGAAAAGCACCUGAUCUCUAAGAUAUAUUGGUAUAAGAUAUUAUAUCGGAUACUAUAUUACAUUAUGCUGGGUAUUGCAUACAUUUGGACCUUUUCUUUUCUUAUUCCACCUGAUAUAUGCACUCAACAAACAUCAGAGAGGUUCACAGGUACAUUUUUCGUGGCUCACAGCAUUCACGUCAAAGAAGAUGUGAGCAUUGCAGGCCCUGAAUUCUUCUGGCUUAAUUAAAAAUCCAAGCCAUGGAGGAAUUCCUGGUUUACCCCCCUUCCCACCUGUUCCACAACACCCUUUGUCUCCCUUUGGUUUAGACUCUACCUACAAGUCUGAGUUUCCAGCAAUGGCAUCAGCAGCAAUAAUGACGUUCCAGUCACAGGGAGAGAGAAGAAGGUAUGGUCUCUCCCUACCUUCUCCAAAGCCUGGAGGCUUUGGGGAAAUGUACUGCACCUGAGGGCCAUCAGCACCAUUUUUCCUGGUGUGCCCUCUAUAUAUUGCACUGGACAAGGGAAGGUGUAAGUUGUGGGCUUACUAUAUGCUGCUACUGUUGCCACUACCAGAAAAUGGGACUGGAGGAUUGGGGGAUCAAAGGGCUGGGUGACUAGGAGAAAUAGGGCUUUGACCCAGAGAUAAAGCAGGCUAUUGCUUAUUUUUGUGGUGGUAGCUCAGAUUAUUUCCAAGACAAAGCCAUCACUGCUCAGUAGUAUCGUUUGUGGUUGGAUCGUAUGUGGUUGGCUCUCUGAUUUAUAAAGGUAAAGGUAAAGGUACCCCUGCCCGUACGGGCCAGUCGUGACCGACUCUAGGGUUGCGCGCUCAUCUCACUCAAGAGGCCGGGAGCCGGCGCCAUCCGAAGACACUUCCGGGUCACGUGGCCAGCGUGACGAAGCUGCAACUGGCGAGCCAGCACCAGCGCAGCACACGGAAACGCCGUUUACCUUCCCGCUAUAAAGCGGUACCUAUUUAUCUACUUGCACUUAAGGGUGCUUUCAAACUGCUAGGUGGGCAGGAGCUGGGACCGAAUGACGGGAGCUCACCCCGCCAUGGGGAUUCGAACCACCGACCUUACGAUCAGCAAGUCCUAGGCACUGAGGUUUUACCCACAGCGCCACCCGCGUCCCUAUAUCUGAUUUAUGGUAUACUGUUAUUUGUUCCAUGCCCCGUUUCCAUAUUUUUCUGGCUUUUUCUUAGUCAAACAAAUGCAAAGCUUAAUACCAAGUCCCUAGUAUGUUACCCUUUUUACCAAAAGUACCUUUGAAAUUCAAAACUUUUCACUUGUAUCUUUUACACCCAAAAAUUUCAAUGCACCCGUGAUGUUGCUCAUGUUACUUAGUAGGAAACAGUGGGUUUGUAUUUUCAAAUGAAAUAUCUGUAUAAUGCCUAACCGAUAAUACAUAUUCCAUACAUCUACUUUGGGGGAGAAUUCUGAUCCAGAACCUAAAGAGAUUUGCCAAUAAAUUCAAUAAACAUUUGCAAACUGCUGUUAAUUAUACACUUGAAAGGAUAUAGAGUUACAUUCGUCUUUGACCUAGGUUACUGUAGUACUCUUUGUUCUAUUAAAAGGAUCAGAAUAGCUCUUUCCUUUCAACAGAAAGAAGGGGUUUGAUUUGUUUGCUUUAAAUAUGAAACACAGAUAUAAUUCCAACGUUCAUCUUGUUAAACUGAAUACAUAUAUGUAUAUAUUUCCAGGUUAAUUUGAUUGCUUUUGGUGUCAUUAUCUAUAAAGUAUUUCGACAAACAGCCAUGCUAAAGCCAGAAGUUAGCUGCUAUGAAAAUAUAAGGUAAAUUUCAACUUUGACUCUUUUUAAAAAAUGAAAACCAGUUGAUUUGAAAACAGCUACCCACUGAUGUAAUUCUAUAUUAACAUCACUCCUGAAGGAAAGUGUACUUUACACUGCAUUAAGGCUUUUUUUCUUGCUGACAUAUGACUGUACUUGGGUGUCCAUUUACCUGUGAGUAAGCCCCACAGAACUCAACAGGAUAUGUAGCGGAACUUCCCCACCUUCUCCUCCAAGAAGGGCCCAGCAACUCGGCCACCCUACACCACGAUUCACCUUUCCAUAUGAUGUGAUCCGUUGCCCCAUCACCACUGCUCUUGGCACUUCUUCGGUGCCUGGAGAAGACACCUCACAUGUGCAUGGCAGGGAAGCAGGCAGAACUUCCCCCUCAGGGCUGCCAGCAACCGCCCACCGCAGCCGCGGCUGAUUCCCACACACAACCUGUCACCCCAAAGCGGCCAAAACCCUGACCAUCACUGCCACAACCCUGACCAACGAAUGCCUUUGUGGGGUGGGGGCAAAGUUGUUGAGCUUUCUUUGAGGGGCAAAGUUAUCCCCCAAAAUUAAGUUUUUAGGCUUUGGGGGGAUUUUAAAGAAAAUCAUCAUACUUGUUGCCAUAUGUCCUUUCCCCCCAAUACAUUUUGCUGUGGGAAAACUCCUAAGCCAAACUCGAGGCAUAGUCCCAACUUACAGUGCAAUCCUAUGCAUGCCAACACAGAAAUAAAUUCUACUGAGUUCACAGAGACUUACUCCCCAGUAAGUGAGUAUAGGAUUGCAGUCAGGAUGCCCAUUUUUUUCACUAAGGGAGAGCUCAGAAUUUGUUUCACUCUCCCAUUGAAAUCAAUGGGGUUGAAAAAACACUUCUCUUCUGUCCCCUUGCUUUCUGGGUGAUGCACUCUGUUGGUGGAGGACAGGGAAAUAGGGGGAGGGUUCAACAAACCUACCUUUUCAUUUGUUUGUCUCUCGGGAUUGUUUAAUUAUUAUUUUGUGUGCUGCUAUGAUUUCCCGAUCAACUCAUUUUCUUUAAAACUGAUUUAUAGAGACCUUGAAAACUGUUUGUGCUGGCAAGGCUGGAGUGUGUGUGUGUGUGUGUGCUACAGGGACUACUGAAAACAACUUACUGUUUUUGUUGCUUAGAAACACUCCUGCAGUUUCAACUCGCUGCGUUAGAUUUAUAGUUAGGAUUUAGCAAUUGUUUGAUUGAUCACUUUUCUCCUGUUCCUCGCCCUAUCAGCUUCACACAGUGCACUGCUUCUAAUGAAGUCAAAAAUUAUUCAUUUUUCUGGAAGCAGCACCAAAAUAGAAAAAGAAAAAAAAAGAGGAGGGGGGAGAGAAAAGGCUUUCUUGUGGAAAGGAAGUCCAGCAACUGCUGGACUGAAAAUGAAAAAGAAAAACUAAUCAAGGAGCUCAUUUGUGAGACAACAUGGUGUAAUUUGUCAGAGUCCAUGAGCAGGGCUGGGUGUACUUAGACUACAGUGUGUUAACAAAAAAAGAGGGUGGGGGAAUCAGAGGCAAUUGAUUUGUAUGCUAUUAGGACAUCAGUAUUCUGACCCUGCCACAAUUUAAAGUUCCCUUGCAUUGUAAAAGCGAAAUCCUUUUAAUAUAAAGAGAAAGUCUGAUUUUACAGCCAGCACUAUCUCCGAGGCUGAAACUGAGAAACAGCCCAAAGAUCCCUUUGAUGUCAUGCACAUGUGCUGACCUAAGAGCAUACUAUACAUUUUUUCCAAGGUUUCUUAGGGGGUAUACUUCAUAACAGACAUAUGUUUUACCUUGGGGAAUUACACUAACAGUAGAUUUAAAAUCAAAUCAUAUGGCUCUGCAAUACACCAGAGAAAACAGAUUUGAAGAUUAAGACAGGCAGUGUUUUUAAAAAACCGUCCACUUUUUACUCUUUCUUCUGCGAUUUUUGUUGCUGUUCUUUUUUUUCCCAUUUCGUUAUGAGAGCAAGAGAAUAUCAUUUUGGCAACAGCACCGCAGCACACCCUAAAGGAGGAACCAUGUAACUGCCAUGCAGCAUUCAGGGAUUUUUCAACUGCAAAAAUCAUUUCCUGCAUAUGGUGGGAAAGGGAGGGAGAGAGAGAGAAAAUUCUAACUCUCUUGCUUCUACCUAGAUCUUGUGCACGGGGGGCUCUUUCCCUCCUCUUCCUCCUCGGGGCAACGUGGAUCUUUGGCGUGCUUCAUGUCAUCCAGGGAUCAGUGGUCACUGCAUACCUUUUUACAAUCUUCAAUGCAUUUCAAGGACUGUUCAUCUUCAUAUUUCUUUGUGUUUUGUCACGAAAAGUGAGUACUUCUUCUACCUAGAAAUGCUUCAUGUGGCACACCUGUGCCAAAGCCUCCCUUGAAAUUUGUAAACUGAAAAGUCCCCUCCUUUUUAAACAUCCCUCUCAGAAGUUUUCUGCCCCCCUCCCUUUAACCUCAGAGAUUGCUCUCGCACAGGAGUCAUCCCAAAAGGUACAGGCAUGGGAAAGCUCAUCUGGUAGGGUAUUUAAAGGGAAGUUGAUUCAGCUGACCCCUUUUUUCACCCCAGCUCGGGGAUUGUGCUGCCCCUUAGCAGAAGGCAGCAUGGUGUGCUCUGUGUCUGAGAAGCAUCAACAGAGAGAAAAGGGUAAAAGAUUGUCAGAGGCAGAGAAGCUAGAAGAUUUACAUUACUGUCCUAUCCAUAUUAGCUGGGCAGUCCCAUUUAUUUAAAUGGGCCGCACUUAACAAGUAAGUGUAUUAAGGAUUGCAGCCGUAGAUGAAUAAAAUAAUUCGUGCACAUACAUAAUUCACAAUCAUGUCCUAAGACUCUGAAAUCUGAUUUAUGUCUCACAGAUCUACAAUUUAAGAAGCAAUGCAUUUCAGAUUGUACAGCAAUAAUCCUAUGAAAUAAUUAAAGAGGUUUACUAACUAUAGUCAUCUGAUUCUGGAUUGAAGCCUUUAUGUAAGAUCCUGCAGUCUGCAUUCUGAAAACCCCUUCAGCAUCGUCCCUAAUCCUCUCUGAGGCCAAAUUAUGUAAAAACCUUUAUAACAGAAUAAGCCACAGUCUCUGGAAGAUGCUUAAAAUACAUAUAUUUACCUGUUAAUAAGCCACUGUGUUCAUUCCAUCUUUUCAUUUCAGAUCCAGGAUGAAUACUCUAGGUUGUUCAGAAACGUCCCUUGCUGUUUUGGAUGCUUAAGGUAAAUUGAUGGAAAGCUAAGAUGAGCAGCACCGUGGAAGAAAGGAGAAAACGAGAGGCUUUAGAAAAAUUGCUAUAUUGUGAAAGUAUGAAAUGAGCUACUGAGCUGUCAUCUCUCUUAAAUCAAUUACUUUCUCUCCAGUAUAGAUAUUGUACUUAAAUGUGCAUUCAGGCACACUAUAUUGUGUACAAACAGCAUAUCUAUACAAGACAGACUGGUUUAUUGUGUAACAAAUAAGGCUUCUAAAGGAGCUCAGGACUCUUCAGGGCUAAUGGUUGUAGCUCAGAAGGGAGCAAACCCAGUGUGCAAAGCUGUUUCUGAGAGUGGCUUUGCUAUUAAUGUCAUACCUGCUGACUUGGAAAUGAAAAUAAUUUAGCUUAUUGCUGUUUAAAGAGAGUAAAUUCCAUUAGAGUGUUAAUAAAAAGAUUUUACUUUUAUCAAAACUCAGUGUCCACUGUUGAAAACAGCUAGAUUAAAAAUAAGGUUUCUCUCUCUUUCUGUAGAUACAAUUGUGUGGUUCUGUGUGUGCAUCAAUGCCUCAUUUACAUGGAAACAAUUAAGGGGCUUGCAUCAUGAAGGCGGUGCACACAUUCCCAUUUAUUCCAGUUCCCAUGCGCUCCCACCACUGCUGUUUGAAGCUGAGUACACAAGAUGUUAGCCACAAUCCAUACAUACCCCGUAGUAUGCCACAUUAACAUUGUACUUAAGCUGAGGUGUGGGGCAGAUGGUCUCAUCAACCUGUGAACGUAGUCCAUCUAAGAUAAGGAAAACGCUUAUCCUUAACCUCCACUGCCUUGCAGAACAUCUUAAGUAGAAGAAAAGGCCAAGGAGUCCCUAAGAUGGUUGGAUGGGAUCUUGUAACCUCCUUCUGGCAACUCCUGCAGCCAAGCUGGUGCCAAAUGUAUUGUUCUGCUUUCCUUUGGACUACAUCAGCGAGGCUGAGAAGGGGUCUUGAUGUCUGGGAACCCCUGCCUGCCAGGUUUACGUCCUGCUAACACAGCUGCUUGCCUUCAGUCCCGGAAUCACAUUCCAUCAACUCUCGAGACAGAUGGGCUUCUUCACUGAAACGCUGGAGCAUAACUGCUAGUUUGUGUAGACAAUACUGAAGUUGAUGGACCAAUGGUCUGACUCAGUGUAACACAAUUUCCUGUGUCUGAGCAAAGUAUCUUGCAUAAAACGAUCAAAUUUGAUUCCAAUAAGAGCUCUCCAUGUCCAAUUUAAUCACUGACAGACUGAUUUCAAGGAGUCAAAACUUAUUUGAGAUCUACAGCUAGAGAGUCCUUCAGAAGCGCACGGUUCCUCCAAGAGGGUUUGGUAAAAAAAAACUAAAUUUACAGGACCAUUCAAAUGGCAGGUGAACAUAAAUGCUUAGAUUUAAGUAUUAAACUCUCUGCCUAUUGAGUGAAAUGAAUCCCUUCUAUUAAAUCUAUCAAUAACAGUGCUGCAAUACCAGAGUGGCUGCAAAUAAUGUUGAUGAUGAUGAUAAUAAUGAUAAUAGAUCAGUGUUCAGAAAAGAAAACUUUGCUCUACUAAAAGUAAUUUGCCCCCUCCCUGUCCACCAUUCCAUCCUGUAUUUGGAACUGACUUUCAAAGACUCUGCAGUUAUGUAGGGGACUAGGAUUUAAUUAUGUUUACUGUAAGCACUGGAAAUUUCAAGCAGCAAGUGUAGUGUUGCAGAACAGACGCCCUGUUACCACUGUCUGAUAUGAAGAACAUACUCCCAACAUUUCUCUGAUGAAAAUAGGGACAUCCUGUUCCAUAUUAAUAAUAAUUUUACUAUUUAUACCACACCCAUUUGACUGGGUGGUCCCAGCCACUCUGGGAGACUUCCAACAUGUAUAAAAUAUUUUUUAAAAAAACCUUCCCUAUACAGGGCUGCGUCCCAUCCAACAUUUCUUUGAUGAAAAUAAGGACAUCCUAAGGAAAAGCAGGACAUUCCGGGAUCAAAUCAGAAACAGGGACAGCUUCUGAAAAUUGCAUGAUUGAAUGCUCCUCAAUAUAAAAACAAACAAACAAAACCACACAUAGAAAAGGAGCAUGUGGUGAGGAAAUUAGGCUGGAACUCUUUUCUCCAAAACCUACAGUUGCAGUAUUUUUAUGAUUAUUAUUAAUGAGCAACAUACAGUCCCCACCUACAGUGUGAAGUUGUGCAGUCUAAUCACAGGUUUUCUAUCUCAAUGAGAACCACACCUUAAACACUGAAUGCUGUUUGUUCUUGACUCUUCCAUUUUCUGCUGAACAACCGCUUCCCACUGUGGCCAUUCUAGCAUUCAAACCACUUGGCAACCAGAGGAUUAUAUUUAUAUAAUUGUAAUACUAAUGUCAAAUGUUUUUUGUUUUGUUUAUUUUUUUCUUGUUUUUUGCUUUAAAAAAAACCCAAACACCUCUGGACACACUAAUUAUUUACUCACCUUGUAGUAAUCACUCCUACUUUCCAAUUCCAAGAACCAUAUCUUCUAUUAAACACAUGUAUUGUUUUUUCUUCAAUGCACCCCGCACAUGGUCCUUCCCACACCCCCAAACUACACCACCAUCCCUGGCAAAGCAUGGGGAGCUCUUCAGGUGUCCAGAAGCCUUCCUUGACAGAGCCCUCCUUCUAUGUAAGGGCAUGUUAUUUUUAUGUAACAUGCUAACUUCUAACUUGAUGAAGGGUUGAAAUCCCUUCUAGAUUUCAUGGUUUGAAAGCCGCAUAAAGAAAUAAUCAAGGGCCUAGGAGUCAAUUUGAUUUUAAUUAAUUUUUAGAAUGAAAUGUUUUUAGAAUGUUGGAUUAUUUGAUUGUUGUUAGCCG